GGCGACCCUGCCAGAGAGGAGUGUCGGGGGGAUUGCCAGGAACCAGUUUGAAUUGGAGUCAUCGCUCCUGGAGAUGAAGUAGAUAGAAAACACUGGGAAACGCUGCUGUGAGAGCUUUACAUAUUAUUUAUUCGGUGUCUGUUUAUAUAACGGCUUCACACUCAUAGCUGCUAUUACUGCAAUGUACUUAGUGUAUAGUGUGGAGCUAAGUGUGCAGUGUUACAGUAAGGAAGAGGCUGUGUGAUGGCUGUAGUGUGUUUUACUAUCAGGGCUAGUCACUAAUUACGGAGUUGUAGUGAAUAUAAAAUGGUUUUGAAGACUUUUUUUUUUCUUUUCCAAUUUUUUAGCUUCAGUGUAACCUAUGUCAGGGUUAUUGUAUUUUCUGGCAUGUAAGAUGACUUUUUAACCCUGGAAAAUCUUCUCCAAAGUCGGGGGUCGUCUUAUACGCCGGGUAUAGGGUUUAUAUGGCUGCCGGGGGCGCCCUGCGCCCCCAUCGCCGGCCCUUCUAAUGCUGCAGCCGCCUGAUCGCUCUAUAGAGAGCGCUCAGACGGCUGCCGCACUGCCUCUCUUCUCACCUCCCCUUCCCCGUGCAGAGUGGGUGGCCGAGCUCCUCUUCGUCCUGUCAGUCCGGCCGGGUACCGCGCGGUACAGGAGAUUCAGUUACCUGUUCCCGGCCGGACUGAAAGGAAGUGCACACUGACAGGACGAAGACGAGCUCGACCACCCACUCUGCACAGGGAAGGGGAGGUGAGAAGAAUGUAGGGAGGAUCUGGGAGGGGAGUAAAAAGAAUGGAGGGGGGGUGGAGUAAAAAGAAUAUAUCGCAAUUAGCCUCCUCAGUGCUAGACCAGCAGGCAUGGAUUAUAUGCCCAAACAGCCUGGCACAUACCUGGGCUUUAAAUGCUAUUUCAGAUUAUCAUUAUUUAAUGUCUUGCUGUGUAGCUCUGUCUGCUCACUGUACAUCAUGGCUAAUUUUUAUUUGGUGUGCAUUGGAAGAGGGGUAGUCUUAUACGGCGAGUAUAUCCCAAACUCUAUAUUUUAACUGGAAAAGUUGGGGGUUGUCUUAUACGCCCAGUCGUCUUAUACGCCGGAAAAUACGGUAUUUGGUAAAGUGUGACUUGUCAAGUAAUCAAAGGAAGUUAGGGUUACACUACAAGACAGUGAAACUGGACACAGAGGCGAAUUAACCUUUUAAGGGACAAUCUUUGUUUGUUUUUGACUUAAAGGACAACCUUCAACUCAACACUAUUGUUUUUUAACAUUGUGAUCAUUUUAAUAAGUUUAGAAAGGAAAUAGAUUUGUAUGACUUUGUCAUUGGUUCCAAUAUGGACCAUGACAGCUGGGUCAUCCCCAGCCCCUCCCAGUAAUCCCUCCACUCUGUCGACAACAUGCCGGACCCGAGCACCCGGGUGACAGCAAAUUGUCCGGUUGAGUCGAUCAGAGUGGCAGAUUACCCUAACUACUCUAGCUUUCCUUAUCCUCUCAACCCCACCCGUACUAGAGGGGCUGUUCCUACGGCUGUUAGAAGGAACAGCUUCCUGUAGUACAGCUACUCCUGAGCUGAUGCUCCCAUGUCUUCUCCUUCCUGCCGUAUUAUGGAAAUGAACGAAUAUGUCCAGUCGUAAUUCACUGGAUAAAGCUGAAAAAGGUAACAUGUCAGCUCCUAUACCUAAAAAGGCCACGAGCAAAUCAAAGUACUUGUGUUGUUUAGAAUGUGCUGUUCCUCUGCCUGACGGAUGUCGUAAAAAAACACCUGUAAUCAAUGCUCCAUGGAAUUGCUGGAAACAUCCAGCAAAAAGAAACGUCCUCAUUCCUGUGCUGGUUUCAGGAUAAUUUUUCACAGACCUUCGAGUCAUUUAAAGAUACCGUUAAAAAGACAGCAGAUUUGUUACUAUUCACGUAAAACAAACAAAAACAAAAAAACGAAGGCGAGAAAGAUCCCUGUCUGAGGUUUCAUCAGGUGAAUGUUCAUCUUCUUCCCUUUUGGAGGUUUCCAGUCUGGCUUCAAGUCUGGAUGAAGGAUUUCCACCAGAAGAAAUAAAAAAGUUUAUCAGUGAAGUAUCAACAGUUCUUCAGGAAACAACCUACCAGGGGCGAGGUAAAAGUUUUCCAAGGGUUAUGGAAAUAAUGUGCUUUUAUUUCCAAGCACUUCAAACUACUUUUUAAACUACAGACUGAGGAAAAAUGGGAAGACCUUCUGAAAGUCGAUAUCCAAGUGGCGCAAUUAUCAAAGAAAACCACGAUCCCUAUUGGUGAGGUUUCUGGUUUAAAAGAUUCCAUGGACAAGCGGGCCGAGACUUCCCAUUGGCCAUUUUAACUCACAGACACUGUUUUGACUUUUCUACAUGGUGCCAUCUCGCUGGUAUUUGGUGCACAAAGACACCAUUCAGUAGUUUUAAACUACAGAUCAGGGGACACAUUUAACAGUAAUUAUUUUUCAUAUAGCCUGAAUAUGUUCUGCGGAAUCUGCAUUAAACCGGAUCUUCCAAACUACUGAACGGAUCUGGGUGAAUUUUGGAUAUGUGGUUCACCCAGAUCCCCCGGUUCCUAUGAUUUUAUGGGGUUAUUGCAUGUUUUGGGGUCCCUGUGAUAUGUUUUAUAAUACUGUAUUUUCCUGCCUGUGAUAAUUAAGUUAGUCUAUUGUGUUGAGAUAAUUGUAUCACAGGCAGACGGGAGGAUUUCUGAUGUAAUGAAUGGGAGUGUUAGCUGUGUUGUAAUGUGUUGAUUGGUUGUUCUUCAAAACCCUGUGGGCAGUACUAUGUUUGUAGAAUGUGAAUAAAAGAGGCUGUAUGUGCCAGUACAGUCAGUUCUUCUUCACCCUCAAUCUAGAGUCCUGUCUCUUAUUGGGAGAAUCGCUAUAUCACUACAAGGGAUUGCUAUGCUCUUCAUACUCCCUUAGCUAAUCACUGCUAAGCUCUUUUAAGAGCUUGUUCCUGCUUCACUCUCUUGGAGGAGAGAUUCACCCACUGGAACCUGGAGCCUUGUCGUAGGUCCAGGGUGGCUAGGAGACGGCGAGAUCCCAACCAAGCUGCAGCAGUUCGUGGGGUCUGUGGUGGUGUCUGGCGGAGCGCUUGGAGCCCUCUGUAAGCACUCGGAGCAUCCUUCAAUGGAGGUACCCAGGUGAUCCGUUACAGUACACAUCACAAAAGAAAUCGGAGGCCCUCCUAGGAGAAACCCUACUCCUUUUACGUAAGGGCGUUAUAGAGAAAGUACCCAGAUACCAGGCGUUUCAGGGGCUUUACUCUCGCCUGUUUUUAGUUCCGGAACCAGACAAAUCCUUCCAUCCUAUCCUAGACCUCAAGGAUGUCAACGCAUGUAUCCCUUAUCAGAGGUUCCGUAUGGAAAAUAUAUCAGUAAUGCACAUCUUGCAGAAGGGAGAAUUAAUGGCAAAGUUAGAUUUGAAGGAUGCCUACCUCCAUGUUCUAAUGUCUGUAUUUUCUCUAAAGUUUUCUAAGGUUUGCAAUACUUUUAGGGAAAAGAAAGAUCCUUCACUUUCAGUUGAAAGCCCUUCUGUUUGGCCUUUCAUCAGCUCCUGUAUCUUUACAAAAUUUCUGGCUCCUAUAGCAGCUGGGAGCAGUAUAUAUGUAUAUAUUAUUACAUAGCUGUGCUCAGUAUAUAUUAUUACAUAGCUGUGCUCAGUAUAUAUAGUAUUACAUAUUUGGGCUGAGUGCUCAGUACAUGUCUGGGAGCAGUAUAUAUUACAUAUUUGGGCUGAGUGCUCAGUACAUAUCUGGGAGCAAUAUAUAUAUAUUAUUACAUAGCUGUGCUCAGUAUAUAUAUUAUUACAUAUUUGAGCUGAGUGCUCAGUAUAUAUAUUGCAUAUUUGGGCUGAGUGUUCAGUACAUGUCUGGGAGCAGUAUAUAUAUUAUUACAUAGCUGUGCUCAGUAUAUGUAUUAUUACAUAUUUGGGCUGAGUGCUCAGUACAAAAACAGGAAAGUCCCAACCUUUGCUGCCUGUCCCUCACCUGGAUCUUCAGCAUGGGAUACGUUUUCCCACUAAUAGCCUUAAUACCAAAGAUUUAUUCAAAAAAUCAGAUGGGACAAAGCAAAGGUUCUAGCCAUUGUGCCCUUCUGGCCAAACAGAAGAUGGUUUUCCGAAACCGAACGUGUGACGAUUUCACGCUAGGCUCUCCCAAAUUUAGACAACUUCAUAGAGCAUUUGAAUCUUCCAGUAGAGUCCCUGGAAAUGUUCCACCUGACCGCAUGGCUGCUGAAAGGAUGACCCUUCGGUCCGUUUAUCUACUUCUUAGGUAUAUCUCAGGAUUUGGAUAAAGGUCCGGAACUGGUGUGCUCAGAAAGGCUGCAAUCCAGAUAAUCUAUCUCUGAUAUUUUGUCUUUUUCGCAGGAUGGGUUUAUAGUUGGUCUAGGUGUUUCAACACUCAAGGUCCAAAUUUCAGCAUUGAGUCCCUUCCUUGUGUGUGAUAUAGCUUUUAACAUUCUUAUCCGCAGAUAUUUCAAGUCAAUCUUACUAAAACGACCUUCUAAGGUUUCGCCUUUUACUACCUGGUAUUUGUCUUUAGUACUUCAGGCUCUUUGUGAACCUCCAUUUGAAACUUUGCAGGAUGUUUUCCUAAAGCUGUUUACAAUCAAAACUAUCUUCUUGGUGGCCAUCACCUCCACAAGGAGAAUAGGAGAACUACAGGCUCUUUCUUCAACGUCUGAACUUACCAUCUUCAAGCAAGACAAAGUAGUCUUGCAUCCCAGAUCUUCCUUUUUAGCUAAGGUUAUUUCAAAGAAAUCUAUGGGCCAGCCUGUUGUUCUGCCUACUACCAGUCUCAAUCUUCGGCGUUUGAAAAAAAGUGGCAUCUUCUAGAUGUUAGAAGAGCAUUGGAAAUCUAUCUUCAGAGAUCACAAGGCUUUAGGAUCUCAGAUCAUCUCUAAGUCACUUUUCAAGGCUCUUGUAAAGGUAGAGGAGCCUCCAGACCUACUAUCGCCAGGUGGCUAACUGAAGCCAUAAAACUGGCUUAUGAAACCUGAGGUGUUCCCAUCAGAUUUCUAUUGAAGGCCCAUUCUACAAGGGCAAUGGCAACUUCCUGGGCAGAAAGACUUGCAGCUUCUCCAGAAGACAUUUGUAAGGCGGCUACUUGGUCUUCAUUCCACACCUUUAUAAAGCAUUAUAGGCUUGACAUAUUCUCAUCCUCUGAAGCUACUUUUGGGCGGAAGGUGCUCCAGGCAGUAGCCUUUUAAUUUCCCAUCCUUUGUUUGUUACAGGGACCUCGCUAUAUCCCACUUGUACAGUACUGCCACUAUACUAAGAAUAAAGGAAUUUACGGUAAUUAAAAUUACUUUUUUCGACUUGUAUUUGUAAGAGGCGCCUUUUAAUGUAUGAACAUUUUUUUUUCUUUAGUCUUAGAGUUGCCUCUGGGAAUUCCAAACUCUUAUAUUUAGUUUCUUCUUUUUUUCACCCCUUUUAUUUGCUUUUUCCAGCUUGUCUAACUCGUCUGAAAACAGGAAUCCCCUGAUAAGCUUGAAAAAGAAGAGGUCAACGCGGGUGUGAAUUUAAAAACCAAAUAAGCCCUAUAAAUAGUGUUAGAAGGAUUCCCUCUGCUCAUGUCAGCAGAGGGAUUACCUUGUUGGCCUUAAUCCUAAUCUGAAUAAAAUUAGUAAGCAGACUUUUAUUGUAGCAAUAGUUCAGUGCAACAAUAGAACAUUUAUCAAAUGCUUGAUAAAGGCUCUAUUGUUGAGAAGAAACUUUGCUACAACAAAAGUCUGGGUGUAAAUAGUAGGAUCUGGGAGCAGCGCCUGUGAUGGAAUUCCCAUGCUCAGCGCAAUAUGGAUGAGGGAAGGCAGAAGACACGGAUAUAGUGUAGUAUGUUAGGAUCUUAAGUGAUAAGUGAAGGGAAAGGAAUUGCACUUACAAUUUUCUGGAGUUUAUACUCCGCUACAGAUAUGUGCGCCUGGGCGGUAUAAUACCCAUCUAUGGGUAUGUAGAUGGUCCUUGGAUGUCCUCAAAAAGGGGGUCUCCAGAGGUAGUAGAGCAUUUUUCCUUUCCAGCAGUGGGCCGGUAUUUGAAUAGUUAGUGAUAUAUAAAAAAGAGGAUAGAAACACAAAAUAGUGCUCUCUGGAUGAUACAGAAUAAAAUGAUAAAAGAUGGAGGUUUUGCUCAAUAUAUGUAGGCGUUGGUGGUAUGAUCCCCACCAAGGAUGUCAGUCCUCGAGUCAUCCAGUGGGGGUGUUGGAGAGAGUUGAAGGGAAUUAUAUAUAUAUUUUUUUAAAUAAAAUAGACUAAAAGCAUAGGCUUAGUGACUCCAAUAGCAUAAAUGGGCUAUCUUUAUUGGAGACAAAAAAAAUCCGUAACAUAAAACCGUUUUAAAAUCACUAACACAUUUCUCCUGCAAAGAGACUUUAUAAAAGGGCUUUGAUAAAGCCUCUUUGCAGGAGAAACGCGUUAGUGAUUUUAAAACUGAUUUAUGUUACUGAUUUUUCUUUUUUUGUCUCCAAUAAAGAUAGCCCAUUUAUGCUAUUGGAGCCUCUAAACCUAUCCUUUUAUUCUAUUUUUUUUUAAAUUUAUUUUUAAAUAUAAUUCCCUUCAGCUCUCUCAAACACCCCCACUGGAGGAUUUGAGGAGUGACAUCCUUGGUGGGGAUCAUACCACCUACACCUACAUAUACUGAGCAAAUAUCCCAUUUGCUCUUCACUUGUGAGUAUACCUCCAUCUUUUAUCAUUUUAUUCUGUAUCAUCCAGAGAGCACUAUUUUGUGUUUUUUUAAUAUAUCACUAACUAUUCGAAUACUGGCCUACUGCUAUUGGGAAGGAGAAAUACUCUACUACCUCUGGAGACCCCCUUUUUGAGGACAUCCAAAGAUAAUCUACAUAGCCAUAGAUGGGUAUUAUACCGUCCUGGAGCGGAGUAUAAACUCCAGAAAAUUGUAAGGGCAAUUCCUUUCCCUUCACUUAUUAUCACACUACAGUUUUGUCUAUGGAAAUUUAAAUCCCCAUUGGAAGUGCUGAUUGUGGAUCUUACUCUGAACUCAGCAUACAGCUCACUUGUCAAGCUUGGUGUAAGCAGGAAUUUAACCUUGCUCACACUACAUGGGGAUUGAAAUCCCAAGUUAAAUGUUUUUUUGCAGCAUUUACUUUGAGUGCUGCAAACAGAGCAUUGGUCAGUCUGAGGUCACUAAUUCUUGUCCCAGUUGACAAAGCAGAGCCAAUUACCUUCAAGGCAAUGGUCCCUGCUGGUAAAAUAGAGCAUGACAGAAUUAUUCCGUCAUAGAUUCAUAAAGCAAGGACAACCAUGACAAAAUAAUUCCGUCACAGGUCCUUAAGGGGGUUAAAGAUUUUUUUUUUUUUUUUUCUGAUAUUCUGAGAAAAUCUCACUUUGACAUUUGACAUCUUGACUAUAGUUGUAUGCGGUGCACAGAUUCAACAUUAACCUUGUCUGUACUCUUUUUCCGGACUGGUUAAUCAUGCUGCCUGAGGUUACAGCAACUUAGACUAUCUCUAUGUGUACAUUGUUUUUAGUAUAAAACUUAGAACUUGCAGACUCCUAUCACCAUGACCACUUUAAAUCACUGCUGAGGUCAUGGUUUUGGAAUAACCUUUUAAUCAGAGAGGAAUUUUAAAAGCCAAAUGUAGGAAAAUUGAGCCAAAUGAAAUAAGGUGAUAUUGCAAAAGCAAAUUCAGCUUUUAGAGAAUAGACACUUUAGAGUCACUAGACAGUAUGUAAUGCAUUUACUAAGCACUGAAUCGUAGUGGAUUGCAAAAUUCAUAUGAACAUUUUCAAGCUGUGAGAAUUUUGAAAAAUACAAGUAGGUUUUGAGUUCACUACUUUUUGAUUUUCAGUGAGCAAACCACUGUUUACAUUUUGCAGUCUGUGGUCACUAUCUCUCCCUGUUACUUGGCAAUGCUGUUCCUUCAUUGUAGAGUGAGGAUGCCAGAUAACAUCACGAUGUGACAUUAAGUAAAGAUUUUUCAUAAAAGGUUAAUGCUGUCUUUUGUACAUAACCCUUCACAGGCAAAUCAUCAUGACUUCUCACAAAAUGUAGCCAUCUCAUAGUGUGCAAAUCUGUUGGUUUAAUGCUAAUACUUAUUUUUUAAACAGUUUAAAAUGACAACUCCCAACAAAACACCCCCUGGUGCAGAUCCAAACCAGCUGAAGAGAACUGGAACAGUUAGAGAAAUUGGUGCUCAGGCUGUUUGGUCUUUGUCUUCUUGUAAACCAGGUAUUACUUGCAUAUAAAUUUUCACCCAACAUUUCCCUAUGGAACUCCUAAUGUAUGAAAACGGAAGCCGUUUCCAAAUUCCCUUUUAUAUGAAGAAACAGCUAUAUGUAACUAGCUUUGUGUAAAAUCGUACUUUAGACAACUUUGUUUUUUUACUUUUUAGAAUGGUUGUGAAAGUUAACUUCCUUAUGAAAGAUCUAAGACACAAGGAACUGGUUAAAGGACCACUAUAGUGCCAGGAAAACAUACUCAUUUUCCUGGCACUAUAGUGCCCUGAGGGUGCCCCCACCCUCAGGUUCCCUUAUCCCGCUGGAUGGCGAGGAAGGGGUUAAACACUUACCUUUCUCCAGCGCCGGGCUCCCUCUGUGCUGGAGAAUCUCCUCCCUCUUCUUCCGUCAUCGGCUGAAUGCGCAUGCGCGUCAAGAGUCGCGCAUGCAUUCAGCCAGUCUCAUAGGAAAGCAUUCUGAAUGCUUUCCUAUGGACGCUGGCGUCUUCUCACUGUGAAAAGCGCCUCUAGCGGCUGUCAAUGCGACAGCCACUAGAGGCUGGAUUAACUCUAAACUAAACAUAGCAGUUUCUCUGAAACUGCUAUGUUUACAGCAGAAAGGGUUAAUCCUAGAGGGACCUGGCACCCAGACCACUUCAUUAAGCUGAAGUGGUCUGGGUGCCUAUCAUGGUCCUUUAAGAAAAGAAUAACUAGCAAAUCUCAGCUCCAUAUAGACCUUCUGAAGGAGCUGUAAUGUGCUAGUGGUUUGACUGACUUCAGUCUGCAGACCUCCACACAAGGGUGGAAUUUUCCUUUAUAAUUUAGAUUUUUUUAGAAGGAAAAAAUAUAUAAAUAUUAAUGCAAAAUAUUAUUACAUGUUUACAUUAUUACAUAUUAUUAAAUGCUUUGUGUAUAAUGUACCUGCUUCUAGCACAUACCGCAUCAAACUAUCUGCGUGUGAAUUUGGUCAACAGACAAUAAAGCAAGUUGAUGUUAGUAAAAACCAUUUCUAAAUGUAAAUGCAUAGUUACAAGAUAUCUCACCAGUAAAUCUAUAUUACACAGUCUAAAUCUGUGUGAUAUUAUUCCUGGGACUAAUGAAAGUAUUUAGAAAAUUGGGCAGACUAGAUGGGCCGAAUAGUUCUUAUCUGCCGUCACAUUCUAUGUUUCCAUGUAAUGCUAGAUUGGGAUUAACAGCACUUGAUAUCAUUUCUCAUGACAGAUAAAAAGUAAUCAUGAAGAGAUACCAAGUGAAGUAAAGCUGUAAUGUGUAACUCAAAGGGUUACUCCAGAUAACAUGACGACUUCAUGUUUUGAAGUGUUUGUGGUGUUUAGAAACUGUAUUUUAUUUUGCUGCUGGAGCUGUAACUCUUCCUGCGGCAUUGUCAUUAGUAAAUCAUUAACCAGCCAGAAAUAAGAUUUUUUGGGGCGUUGGCUUAUGCCAUUUUUGUGUGUGAUCUAUGCACAGAGGGGUGAUUCAUUGGCUGAGAUUGAUCGGCUGUGUCUUUAAUAAAUGGCAAGAUCGACAUCUGGCUUCUGCAUCACGUGCCUGAAAAGAAGCUUGGUGCACCGUGACGUGCCAGGUAAGAGGACAAACCAUUACAAAAAGGUUUUCCCUAUUACCAGGCAGCGGCACUAGGAUAGUGCAGCCGUAGUGGUGAUAAUGCUUGGAAUAACCCUUUAAGAAAAAUUAUAUAUUGUCCCUUUCACCUGUUCAAGUUUGUAAUAUAAAAUAGCCAAGGAAUUUUAUUACACCGGGUUUUAUUGCUGGUAUGUAUGUGAUUGCAGAAUUUGUACUGGAAUUUAUAGAAUUUGAAGUAAUGUGUGUCUGAUUUUCCCCCUAAAGGAUUUGGAGUGGACCAGUUACGAGAUGAUAAUCUAGAAACCUACUGGCAGUCAGACGGGUCGCAGCCUCACUUAGUGAACAUUCAAUUUCGGUAUUAUUCCUUUCUUUUUGAGGUUGUUUCAAUGCUUUAUUUGAAUUUUAAAUGGAAAUAUAUUAUUGUAUUUUAUGGUGUGUGUAGACACUUAUCAGCCAAAACAUUAAAACCAAUGACAGGUGAAGUGAGUAACAUUGAUUAUAUCACGACAAUAGCACCUGUUUAGGGGUGACAGCAAGAAAAGUCUGUUCUUGAGUUUCAUUUGUUGAAAGCAAGGAAAUGGGCAAGCGAAAACUUCUGAGUGACUUUGACAAGGGCCAAAUAGUGAUGGCUAGCCAAGUAGGUUAAAAGAUCAAAAAAAUGCCAAGUCUUGUGGGGUGUUCCCAGUAUGCAGUGGUUAUAGUACGCACAAUAAGUGGUGCAAAGAAGGACAACAGGUGAACUGGCAUGAUGGUCAUGGGUAGCGAAGGCCAGUCUGUCUGGCUUAAUCACGCAAAAGAGCUACUGUAGCUCAACUUGCUCAAAAACGUAAUGCUGGCCAUGAUAGAAAGGUGUCAGAACAUACAGUGCAUCGCAGUUUGCUGCAUAUUUGGCUGUGUAGCUGCAGACCGGCCAGAUUUUUCAAUAAUGACUUCUGUCCACUUUGGGUAGUGUUCUGCUGGGAAACAUUCCUGGAAUUCAUGUGGAUGUUAUCUUGGCAUGUACUACCUACAUAGAGAUUGUUGCAGACCACGUGCACAUCUUCAUGGUAAUGGAGUUCCCUUCAGCAAGAUAAUGCACCAUGCCACACUGCAAAAUUGUUCAGAAAUGGUUUGGGGAAAAUAACAAUGAGUAUAAGGUGCUGCUUUUGCCUCCAAAUCCAAUUGCACAUCUGGGAGAUGUGAUGAUACAACUAAUCAAAUCCAUGAAGGCGCCCCUUGCAACUUAAAUAAUCUGCUGCUAAUGUCUUGGUGUCAGAUAUCACAGGACACAUUCAGAGGUCUUGUGGAAUCCAUGCCUCGAUGCAUCAGAACUGAUUUGGCAAUACAACGGGGACCUACACAAUAUUAGGCAGGUGGUUUUAAUGUUGUGGCUGACCAGUAUAUAAAACACCUUGCUAAUAUGGUGGUAAAGUGGAUCACAGGCUUUUUUUUUUUUUGGUAGUUUAAUUAUAUAAAAGCUUUAUAAUAGGCUUACACUAUCAUACAUUAUUUGUAUAUUAAGAGUGCAAUAGUUCUAGACUAAAAUUAAAAAAAGACAGGUGAGUCUAGUUGCCAAAGAAGGUGCAGUGAGACCAAACAUUGUUCAUAAUUUCUGUGCCAAGAAAUAUCUUAAGUUUUGUCAACUAUCAAAGAAUUACCAGCUUGAUAUACAAAUGAGCACAGACCGGCAUUAUAUUUCAGAUUUUUUUUUGUUUGUAGUUUUUCCACAACCACAUCUGAAACGUUCUAUAGCUCAACUACCUUUCAACAUUUUACCCGUUCCAUGUCUUAAUGGGCAGUUAUUAAACUUGAGUGUUUUUCUAUUAAAUGUAAUCAAUUAUCUUUUUAACCUUAAGGAUAUGCAUGCUUUCUAGUAAUGUGUACACAUCUUAAAGGGCCACUAUAGUGCCAGGAAAACGAACUAAUUUUCCUGGCACUAUAGGGUCUUUAGGUCCCCCCACCCUCAGGGUCCCAUUCAAGCUGGGCUGAAGGGGUUAAAACACUUGCCUUUCUCCAGCGCCGGGCUCCCUUGGCGCUGGGGAACUCUCCUCCCUCUGCCUACAUAAGCUCCGAAUGCGCAUGCGUGGCAAGACCUGCGCGCGUAUUCAAACCGCCCAUAGGAAAGCAUUUCUCAAUGUUUUCCUGUGGACAUCCAGCAUCUUCUCACUGUGAUUUUCACAGUGAGAAGCACGGAAGCGCCUCUAGUGGCUGUCAGUGAGACAGUCACUAGAGGCUGGAUUAACUGUAGUGUAAACAUAGCAAUUUCUCUGAAACUGCUAUGUUUACAGCUCUGGGUUAACACUAGAGGCACUUGGCACCCAGACCACUUCAUUGAGCUGAAGUGGUCUGGGUGCCUAUAGUGGUCCUUUAACCUUUGAGACUUGGCAGCCUAAAUAUAGGACUAUUACUUUUUUAUUUUUAAAACUUCUAUGAAAUUAUUGUGAUUAAUUUUAGUUUCUGGUGUGAUAUAUAAUUUGUUUAUCUUACAGACGAAAAACAACUGUGAAGGCCUUGUGCAUUUAUGCAGAUUACAAGUCAGAUGAGAGCUACACGCCAAGUAAAAUUUCAGUCAGAGUGGGAAAUAACUUUCACAACCUUCAAGAAAUUCGGGUAGGCUCCUCUUUAUGUUUUCAACUUUUUUUUAACAAGAUUAUUAUUUGCUUUUAUUUACCUGGAAGCUUUUUAUUGUAUUUACAUUUUUGAAUUAGUUUUUUUUAUUUAUAUAUUUAUUUUAUUAUUUUUGUGAACAGCAUAAAGACAUACACUAUGUUGUUGUUGUUGUUAUUAUUAUUUAUAUAGCAGCUGCAAAUUCCGUAGCCCUGUACACUAUAUGGACAAAAGUAUUGGGCUGUACCUCUUAAUUAUUGAAUUCAUGUGUUUUAACCAGACCCAUUGCCACAGGUCUAUAAAAUCAAGCACCUAGUCAUUCAGUCUGCAUUUACAAACAUUUGUGAAAAAAUGGAUCGUUACGAAGAGCUCAGUGAAUUUAAGCAUGGUAUUGUGAUAGAAUACCACCUUUGCAAUAAGUCCAUUCUUGAAAUUUCAAUCCUGCCAAAUAUUUCACAGUCAACUGUUCGAUAGAAAAACAAAUGUAAAUGGUAAUUGGAAAGUGGAACAGCAGCGGAAGACCAUGCAGAGCCACUGAAUGCUGAGACAGAUGGUGUGUAAAAGUUUCCAACGCUUUGCUGAUUCCAUAUCUGAAGAGUUCCAAACUUCCACUGGCAUUAAUAUCCACACAAAAACUGUGCGGUGGGAGCUUCAUGGAUGGGUUUCCAUGGCUGAGUAGCUGCAUGCAAGCCUCUCAUCACCAAACACAAUGGCAAAUGUCGGAUCGAAUGGUGUAAAACCUCCACUGGACUCUGGAGUAAACGUGUUCUGUGAAGUGACAAAUCACACUUCUCUGUAUGGCAGUCUGAUGGGCAAGCCGGUGUUUGGUUGAUGACAGGACAAUAUUACCUGUCUGACUACAUUGUUUUUCAGGGGUUGGGCUAGACCCGUUUACUCCCUGUGAAGGGAAAUAUUAAUGCUUCAGCAUACCAAGACAUUUUGGACAAUGCUAUGUUUCCAACUUUCUGGGAACAGUUUUGGGAAGACCCUUGGCUAUUCCAGAAUGACUAUUCCCCAGUGCAAAAAACAAGGUCAAUAAUGACAUAGUUGGUUGAGUUUGGGAUUGAAGAACUUGACUGGCCCCACAGAGCCCUGACGUCAUCCGACGUUUGUGAUGAAAUCAAACGGAGAUUACGAUACAGGCCUUCUCAUCCAAUACUAGUGUCUGACCUCAGAAAUGCUCUAUUGGUUGAAUGGGCAAAUAUUCCAAUUAAAAACACUCUAAACGUUUGUGGAAAGCCUUCCCAGAAAAGUGGAAGUGAGGAACCAAAUUCAUUUUAGUGUCCGUACAUUUAGAAUGCAGUUUUAAAAAAAUCCCUGUUAGUGUUAUGGUACGGUGUCCCUAUACAUUUGUCCAUAUAUUGUAUAUACAAUGUCAGAACUGUAACAAUCCAUCAGCAUCACAAGUAGAUGCCUUCAGUCAACAUUAACAACAGGCCAAUUUUAUGCUUGAAAGAAGACGAGAGAGAGCGGGAAAAAGCAGGACAGGGCAUCUUCUACAUUACUGUAGGGUCUCCUAAUAGUGCUGAUAUCCUCGUAUUUCAACCAAAGGGUCCAUGCAGAAUAACCAUAGCCAUUAAUCAUUUCAUUAAUAAAUUAUGUAUUUAAUGUAAAAACUUGGCUGGAGGUAGCAUCCCACUUGUUCUGGAUGUACAUCAAUUUUUAUAACAGAUGUUGGUUUAGAUAAUAAGCAGUACAUGUGAUCUAGAGAAACUAGACUGUAGAGGACAGUGCAUGGUAAGGACAUUAUGGAUUCGUAAAAGGUAACCUUUUUUGAAUAUUUUUUUGGCACCACGUGUGAAGGUAACUGCCAUGAUGUCCCCGGCCUUUUUGUUUACUUUAACUUAGUUCUAGGACUCACAACUCUAUGUAGGACAAUUGGUUAUUAACUGUAUGAAACUGACCACAUAUUUGUUAUAAUAAUUUUGAAGUUUCAAAUUCAUUUGUAUAAUUAUUUUUUUUUUAUUAUGUGCAAAUUCAAAUUUAGUUUUAGAUAAAGAAUCAUUUCUAGGAAUCCACAAAAAAAGUAUUUGUGUGAAAAUGUGCCUUGAAAUGAUUUAAGUACAUUUAAAUUGGACUCUGCAUGCUGUGCACUCACAAUAACAUAUGAUUUGUCAGUUGUAACUCAUACUAAGCAAGGACCAAGUUAGAUGACAUUAGUUACAUUAGCUGGAAAAAAAAUGAAAUCAGAUAAUCAGGUAUUUGUCUUUGCGUGUCUUAUAUGAAUUAACUUAAAGGGACACUAUAGUUACCUGAACAAAUACAGCUUAAUGUAGUUGUUCAGGUGAGAUCUAUAGCUCCCUGCAGGCAAUCUAAUGUAAACACUGUAUUUUCAUAGAAAAUACAGUGUUUACGUUGAUUGGAAUACCUCCAGUGGCCGUCACUCAGACGGCCACCAGAGGGACUUCCUAUGAUGUAUGGCCCUAAAAAGGCCAUGUACACGUCAUACGUAUUAAAAUACGUCUGACGUGUGCAGGAGAGAGAAGGCACUGUGUGCCCGCCUUCUCUCUCCUGCCUAUCAGCAGAGGAGAGGGGGUGGGCAAAGACCGCGAGCUGAGCUGUCAGUCAGCUCAGCUCGCGGACGCACACACUGCGUGCAUGUGCAGUAGUGCUCUCAUGACUUCAUAGGGCGAAGCCGCGCAUGUGCACAAGGGAGCAAUGACGCUUCCAAAUGGAAGCGUCUGAUUGCUCCCUGCUCGCGCCCGCCUAUUUUGUCAUUUUAACGAAAUAGGGGGCGCGGCUUCACAAGGCUCCCGGCGCUGGAACCAGGUGAGUAAAAACGGCUGCCUGGAGAGUCCCUUUAAAUCAAUUCUCCAUUUUACUUUACCUCUUGUUAGGCCUAAAUAUAGGUAGUUGACAUUUUCUAUUUAAACAAGGAAACAAAAUUACUUUAUCAAGGCGACUGCAGCAGUAAAUAAUUAAACAUCAAGAAACUGCUAGAAUUAUAUGCAGCAAAGCCGACAUUACCUUUGCUGACAAACAAACUCCAAACAUAUUUUCUCUGUGCAAUGACCAUUAUUUACCAUAUGCCGGAUUUUUCCUGGUGGAAUGUAAGUGAAACAUGUCAAGUAAUGUUUCAAAUAUGUGUGAUAUAAGAAGAGGGUGUAGCGCCUUUAGGGAUUCUGAGACGUGGAUAAAUAUGUAAAACGAGGAAGAGUACAACAAAAUAUAGUGUAGUUUUUCUAGUGCAGAUUAAUGAAAGAAAUGCUCUUGUAGUGUGUAGAGCUUAGGCUAGCUCUACUUUCAUGUGCCUGGGCGGUACAAUCCCAGCCUAAGGAUGUCUGGUGUUUUCUUUUGAUCCAGUAUUAAGUGCUCCAAGGGAUAUGUGGAAUAAACUGAUAAUAUAGCCAAAUUUAAAUAAAUAAAAAAAUACACUCACAAUCUAUAGAGAUACAAUUUCUUAAAAAAAACAGCGUAGAGUGGUAUAAACCCCACUUAAACAUCUUAUUUGCUUGUAGAGGCUCUCUUGGUGUGUUGUAUAGGUAAAGACAAGAAUAAAAAAUAUAGUGCUCCCUGUUUUAGGUAAAAUGUAAUAAAAGGGUAAGAGAGGUACUCCGCUGUUGUGCAAAAGUAAAUUUUUCUCAGUCUACAGGGCUGAAGUGGUAUUUCCCUUACUAAAUGGAUAUUUUUUCAGGCUCGAAACAAUCAAGAUAGGUCCAGGAAUAACAUUUUAGAAAAUUAAAAAACAAAUUUAUUAGAAAAAGUAUAUUCUUAGAUAAUAAAAAUAUAAUAUUUAAAAAAUAAUAUAAUAAGUACAAAACACUAAUGCCUUUCAACAUAGAGGCUUUUUCAAAUGUUACAUACAUCUGAACAUACACAGCAUUUUUUAUAGGGAGCACAAUUUCAAAUAUUAGUCACAUGAUGCCACUGACGUGAUCAGAAAGUACGUAACAUUAAAACAAUUAAAAACAAUGUUUUAAAUUAAUGCACGCAUGGUAACCAUGAGCUUAUUGACCAAGUAAAAUAACAAAAACAAAGUUUAUUUUAAAAAGAAUGUGUUUAAAACUGUGAUGAUAAAAAUCCAAGAUGGCACUGUUACUCAGAUCAUAUUAUUGGCACGGCCGCGUGUUGGGAAUGUUUAAAAUGUGGAAAAAAGAUUAGCUGGAGGUUAGGGCCUUGGAGGGGGGCUAGGGCCUAGUAUAAAGGGGUUUGUCUUUGGUUAUAAUCUCAGCUAACCCUAACUGAAGCAAAAACAAACCAUUUACUGUCUAGAAGAUUAAGCUGAUUAAUCACAGUGAUUACAUUUCUUUAGCUGUCAGCUGAUUGAUGCAACCCACGGUUUUGGGGCUUUAAGGCAUUUAUGAUGGCAAUGUAUAGUGUAAGUCAGCAAUCAGAAUGGGGUUAAUAUAUUUUUUAAUGCGUGAUAUAAUUCCUUAAAGGAUAGCGGUCAUCAAAUUUUCAACUCUCUACCUGAUUAAAUUAUACUUGAUUAUAAUGUUCCAUAUUGAUAGUGGCAGUACAAAACAGCAGUUCUUUUCUUUGUGACUUUUCUCAAGCACAGAUUUUACUCUGAAAAUAAUUGCCGGCUGUCUAAUAGACAGCCACUAAAGGAUGUUUUAGUACUGCAAUUGUUUUUUGUUUUUUUAAAAACUGCAGUGUUUUAUAUUUCAGGACUAAGUGGGACAGGGACAUUGCAUCGAGACCACUUCAAUGAGCUGAAGUGGUCUGAGUGUCUAUAGUGUCCCUUUAAGAGUAGAGAUUGACCAAACAUGUCUACUUAGCAAGUUUUAAAGUGAUUUUGUUAUUUUAAUUUUGAAAAUUUGAAUAUACAUUGUUUAAAAAAAAAAUAUUUUAAGAUAUUUAAAAUAUUUUAAGUUUAAUUGAUUGUAAUAAUAAACAAGGAAGAACACUGGGCACGGGUCUAAAGUGCAGGCAGAUGAAGAGCAACAAUGUUUCUGCUCCUAACAGAGUUUUAUCAAGGUAGCUAUCUUGAUGAAAGCUCUGUUAGGAGCUGAAAUGUUGCUCCUCUUUAUCCUGCAAUUUAGAUGCUCAGUCCUUUUUCCUUUCCUUUCCUUUUCUCUUUUUUUUUUUUCCUUUCAUAACUGUCGCCAUUUCUACUUGUGCCUACCCAGUCCUUUCCUUUUACUAAAUGUAAUAAACCUUUAAAAAAAUUAAAGGUAAAAAUUUAAUGACCAUUAUCCUUUAAAUUUGGUGUUUGUCUCUUUUUUUGGUAUCUUUUUUCAAUACUUAUCCCACCUCCUCUCAUUUACAUUUAAUUUGUAUGUCUUUUGUCUGCUCCUAUUCUCAAGUUUAUUUCUGUUUUUAAUGCUUCUUUCUCUGACUUGGACGUCAGUGUUUGCUUCCGCAUGUUUUGUCGAAAGGCGUUAAGUGCAAACAUGAAGGGAAGAUAUAUUUUGCUACACUAAGAUGGCCUUCAAGUAAAAAAAAAAAAAAAAAAAAGUCAAUAGUGCCUCAGCUAUCAAAACAUUUUGUUUCUAUAUUUUUUAAACAGUACACUUAAUAUGCAGACUAAUAUUUUUUUGCUGGUAGAACACUAUGCCAAAAAAGGGGCGUUCGGAAUUAAGCUUUGCAUUGCUAAAACAAACAUGCAAACAAAGAAUGCCUUACACCACUAGAGAUUGGUAAGAUGCGGUUUUAUUUCACACUGAAAUGUGCCUGUUGCAUGGGUAAAAAGGAUCAGCAUUCCAGUUUAUAUAUUAUACGGCUCAGCUGAAAAAGAUUUUUCACUGAUAUUUUAAGGCCACUUGGGAAUUUUUUAUAUGCAUUUUCCUUUCAAGAUGUAGACUCUUCCUGAGUAGGCAGAAUAUGAAAAUAAAUGUUAAAAUGGAAUCCUUGGUACACACAGCUGUGUGCCUGUCCAUGUGAGUGGUGUCUGGCUUAAAAUUUGUAUUUAUAGAGUCUGCAUUUAUGAUUAGGUUGCUGACAAUAGUAAUUCAGUACCAUGCUAAAGUUAAAUUACUCCACAAAUGCAAAAUAAUAGGGUAUUUAAAAAUAUUCAACAUGCCAAGCAACAGUGCCUUCAAAAUAUUACAAAAGCUGAAUAGGAAUGUUUAGGAUCAAAUGCCAAGUUGGCAGUGGAGAAUUUCUCAGUCUGCCUCGACAGUUUUACAUUCAUGCUCUGAUAUCAGUAUGGAGAAUUUACCAGUAUGGACCGUGAAAAUAAAGUGAUGGCGAGAUAAUGACAUUUUAUAAUUCACACUUAAUUGUGAUGGUGACAGGUCUAUUGUGUUUUGUUAUUCAUAUAUACAUUAAAGCCUUCAUAUAUAUAAUACAUCCUAAAGAUAGUGUAUGUGUAUUUGUAUCUUCUUACAUCGUAAAAAUGAAAUGUGUGUUUUUAUUAUGCAAUCUAUUGGUUGUAAGUUUUUUAUUUUUACAAGAAACUGAUUAAAGGCACCCAGAUCACCUUAGCUCAUUGAAAUGGUCUGGGUGCAGUAUUCCCAAGUCCCUUAACUCUUCAGUGGUAAUUAUUGCAGUUUUAAAUAAAUAUAAAUAAUUGCCUGCCAGGGUUUACUCCACCUCUAGAGGGAGUUCCGGGUGGUUAGGCGACUUUUUGUCACGCUAUGCAUGAGGACAUCCAGCGUCCCCUAAUGGAGGAAGUCCUAAUGCGAGCACAGCGCAUGCACAUUAAGGUAACCCCAGGCAGCUGACAGCGAGGAGGAGCAGGGGCGGAGCUUGAACCAGCACCAGGGAACAUUUUUUUUUAAAGCAUACUCCACCAUGCAGGGAGGGGGGGCACUAUGGGGAGCUAUAGUUAGAGGAAACAACUUUGUUUUCCUGGCACUAUAGUUUCCCUUUAAAUGAAUUACUGUCUUCAAAAUAGCAUAAUGCAGUGCUUUGAAAUUGUUAAACUUGAAAUUGUAUUGACACUUUUUAAAUUUACAGUAUUUUAUUAUUUUUAUCAUUACAAUAAGAUAAGAUUUAGUUUUAUGUAAUGAACAGUCUAGGGAUUGACUGAUAUUGAUUUUUUUAGAGCCGAUACCGAUAAUCUGUGAACUUUCAGGUCGAUAACUUAUCAACUGAUAUUAACUGAUAUUCUGUAAAUUUACCAUUUUGAAAAAUAAACUCUUUCUAAAGGUAAAUGCACAAAAUAUACAUGCCACAUGUAGUGGAUGCUGUGUGUGUUUGUGUAGUGUGUGUGUGUGUAGCGGAUGCAGUGUGUUUUUGUGUAGUGUGUAUAUAAUGGAUGCAGUGUGUGUUUGUGUAGUGUGUGUGUAUAUAAUGAAUGUAGUGUGUGUGUGUGUGUGUGUGUGUGUUUAUAUAGUGAAUGCAGAGUGUGUGUGUAGUGUGUAUAUAAUGAAUGCAGUGUGUCUGUGUAGUGUGUGUAUAUAGUAAAUGCAGUGUGUUUGUGUAGUGUGUGUGUGUGUGUGUGUGUUUCUGUAAGUAUGUAAUUUGUGUAAAAUGGGGGGUGGGGAAGGUAAGAGCUUGCUGCGGGCCCCCCAUGACUGCCAGACUUGUCGUGGGCUCGGUGGUCCUGGUAUGUAUUAUUGGCAAUAUCGGUAUCUCUAUAGGCCGAUACCGAUAUUGCCGAAAAUACCGAAUAUCAGCCAGACCGAUAAUCAGUCAGUCCCUAAUGAACACUUUCUCUGGGCUUUCACACACUGCAUUCUCUCUUCCUUGAUAAUCUGCUUAUUAAAGAAAACUUCAGAUUCUGAUUUGAUGUUAGCAGUAAUGAAUCCUUAGACAUACUUUAAUCCUGUAUUUUACUAAAACAUUUAAAAAGGUGUCCAGUUACAGUACAGAUUGGCUUAAUGUAUGUAACUGUGGAUCCCUUGGCUUUCAUAUAUGACCCAGGGCUCUGCUUAUGUUUAGACAUGGCUUGAAUUGAUUCCAUUAGUGUUGACAUUGAGUCUGUUCUCAUUUACAUCAUAACUAUACUUGGUCUGUAACAUUACUCUUGCCUCCACGCGAUGAGGACUGUGGCUGGUCCCCGUCCCUUUUCGCUUUAUCACUCCACUUUUGUCUCUGUCUCGGCCUAGGGUCAAAUUACUUUUAUCUGUCAUCAAACUAUAUUUUACUAUGACAUAAACAAUACAAGACCCCAAUUUCUCCAUUGUGUCUCCCAACUACUAGACCCUUUACUCACCAUUUAUCCUGCAGAAAUGUUAAAGUUAAUAAAAACCACAAACUCCUUAUGUCCUUCUAGGUAAUCCUAUAUUGUCAUAUAAAUCCUCAGUUAGUCCUAUACCACACUAAAACUGUUAACCCACAGUCUACCCAGCGUGCUGUUAACUAGGCCCAGCACCAGGAAGACAUGAAAAGCUUUAUGCUCCCAGAUAGUGGGAGUAGAUUAAUAGCUCUUGGCCCCUGACCGUAGUUGCCGCUAAAACGAAUUUUUAUAAAGCAGAAAUGAUGCUACUGAACGCACUAGCUUACCAGUCAUUUGCCUAGUACGCCCUGUGGACAUUCUUGUAAUAACCAGCCCUUCUAGACCUCAAACCUGGAUCCACUUUCCAUGAUGUAAUCAGUGCUAUAAUAAUUCUGUUAAACAGGUUACAUUUGUUAAUUUACUGGCAUGAUUUGGUGAAUUUUCCUAAUUGGCUUUAAGCACAUUUUGACAAUUUGAUUUCAUGCAAGUCUUUUCCAAUAAUAAGUGUCAUAUGUCUAAGCAUACAUCGGUAAUGUAUGUUUAGUGGGCUCUAUUGUGCAGAAACAAAGUUAAAAGGUUUAAGGACACCGUUGAAAAUGUUUUGUAAGUGAUUCUAUGCCUGUAGAUCAUUUAUUCUGCUUCGAAUUGUAUAUACACAUGCAGGGAUAUUCACUAGAGUGUAAAAUAUCCACAAUCCAAAGUGCAUUUUAAAUUUUAAGACUGAGUGGAGAUGUUCUCUCCAAACCUAAUCUGGCCUACCCAGCCAAAAAUCCUUUUCAAUACAUGACAUAAAAAAAAAAUCAAAAAAAAAAUCAAUGGGCUUCUUUGCUUUGCUUCCCUGCUAUGUAUUCCCUGCUUAUUGUUACUUUUAUUUAUAAAGCGCCAACAAAUUCUGCAAAGUUGUAGAAUAGGUGAACUAACAGACAUGUUAAACAAGUUGGGCACACUGGAACAGAGGGUAUAGUGACACAAAAGGUAAGGUAGAAAAUUAGGUUGCUAGUAAAGUAUUUACUGAAGGCUUAGUGGGUGAUUUCUUUUUUAAAAUAUUUUUUAUGGCAGUUGCAAGAAAGGAAUCAGGGUGUUAACAGUUUAAGAUGCUUUCCUAAAGAAGUGAGUUUCUUCAUUGAUUUGGAAGCUGGGUGGAAGUCUAAUGGAGCAGAAAAGGGAGUUUCACAGGAAUGGAUCCUGACAACUAAGUUCUAUGUUCGUUUAUUUCUGUUCCUUUAAAUCAAGUUCCUGUUCUCCACCAAUAGUGGCCUCCCUAGCGACUAGUCAGCACCAGUCUCUCACCUGCAGAGCAUGAAUCAAGUCUGCUAUAAAAGGCCACACCCGACAAAACCAAAGGCCUUUACAUUGAAGUUGAUGUUCUUACGGAAAGACUUCAGAUCCUGGCUCCUGAGAAGCAACCUGUGACUUACCUUCAUUACUUCCAACCUGAUUUACUACCAAUCCUGAUCCUCACCAACCUGGAUUGCCUACAACACUGCUUUAUCCUGCCAACCUGAUUUACUAUCAAUCCUGCUCCAUACCAACCUGGAUUGCUCACAACUCUGCUUUGUCCUGCCUACCUGAAUUAUACAAACCUGCAUAACCCCUAUCUGGACAUUGCUGCUUACUCUUAUUUACAAGGUUUUAUUUUCUUACCCUGAAACCUUAUUGUUCUUUAUACCUGUCUUACUAUUCUACCUAUACUUUUAUCUCUAGAUUUCUUAUUAUUUACAAACAACCUGUUUAUUAUCUUUAUAGGGCAUAUUGCCUUAACGUUUAUUUCUCUCACUUUCCUUAUUAUUUCUCUGAUAAGUUAUCCUGAUGUUAUGACAAUACCUACCAAUAAAACCUUUUGUUAACUCUGGCCAAAGCCUCCUAUCUGACCUAAACAAGAUCAUGACUGUAAUGAUGCAGCCCUUGAGAAGUCUUGAAAGCGAGCAUCAGAGACAUGGGAGGUGCGGUUGGACAUGAAGAUGAGCCUUGUCGCUGCAUUCAUUAUAGACUGUAACAGGGAAAGUUGGGUACACAUAAGACCACUGAGAGGCAAAUUGUAGUCCAAGCAAGAUAGGACAGCGGCAUGGACCAACUCCGUAGCUGCGUACAGUGUCAAAUUGGGGCAGAAGCGCGCUAUGUUUUUGAGAUGGAAGAGGCAAGAUUUGGGGGUAGACUGCACAUGAGGGGUGAAGGAGAGGUUGGAGUCAAAGAGAACACCUAAGCAGCGAGCCUGUGAGGUAGAGCUGAUGGUAGCUCUGUAGACUUGGAGACAGAGACAGACACAGGAGUAGAAACAGUUGAGGGAGGAAAGUUCUGUUUUGGACAGGUUGAGUUUCAGGAAGUGAACAGCCAUCCAGUUGGACAUAGUAGAGAAGCAGUCAGACACGAGUCAAGGGGGGUGGAGAGAGAUCAGGAGAGGACAUAUAGGUUUGCGUGUCAUACGCAUAGAAAUUUUAUUGGAAGCCAAAGGAGCUGAUGAGUUUACCAAGGGAGGCAGUAUAGAUCGAUAACAGUAGGUGGCCAAGGAUAGAACAAUGGGGAACACCAACAGAGAGGGGUUGGGGAGAAGAUGCAGGGCUGGAAAAUGAAGGGAAGAGGAGGAGAGGGGCCCAGGCAAAAAGUCACUCCAUCAUUUAACAAAUCUAGUGCUUUUGUUAUGUUAGGUUGCCAAAUUUCUCAUAGCAUGGCAUUUCUCAGCCCAGUGAUUUACUGGUUUGUGAGCAGCUUGAAUUUCCUCUAGUUUUAAUCUGGGUAUCAUUAGAGUUUGCUGUUUCUGUAGUCUGCUAUAUGUUUUUUUUUUUUUCCUUGGUAAGACUGUGUACAUACAUUUCCCCCCCUCUUUUUAAUAAAAAAAAAUAUAGAUUUUCUCCCUGAUCUCCCCUCCUUCUGCCACAAUAUAGACCCCUGACACACACACACACACACACACACACACAAUGCCUCACACAAACAUGCUGCACCCCUCUCCUCACACACACAGAACCCUCACACAAACACACAGACCCCCCACACACACACACUGCACCCCCUCGCAAACAGAACCACUCACACAAACACACUGCAACCCCCUCAUACACACACACACACACAAAGCAUCCCUCACGCAAACACACACUACACACACAUUGCACCCCUCACACGCACUAUGAACCCCUCUCACAAACACAGCAUCCCUCACUCACACUACACCCCACACACACACGCUGCACACCUCACACACACUCUGCACACACAUAGAGCCCUUUGCACAAACACACUGCACCCCCCCACACACCGCACCCCUAACACACACACAACUCCUCACACAAACCCACUGCACCCCCUCACACACACACACUGCACCCUUUCACACAUACACACACACACACACACAAUGCACGCCACGCACACUGCAGCCCACACACACUGCACCCCUUACACACACUGCACCCCUUCACACACACACAAACUGCACCCCCCACACACACACUGCACCCCCCUCUCACACACACUCUGCACCCUUCACUCACACACAAUGCACGCCACACACACUGCAGCCCACACACACUCUGCACCCUUCACACAAUGCAUGCCACACAUACACUGCAGCCCACACACACACACACACACACACACACUGCGAGUAGCAACAUCAUCAAUACCAGCUGACAUCACACCAAAGAGAAUCAGUUCCAGCCAUCACAUUAGGAGUGAGUUUAUUAAAUGUUUGACCAAAUACCGCAGGCUAAUUUUUAAGGUGAUAAUUUUGUAUGGCCCGCAAAUUGUUUUAAAUAUCCAAAUGGCCUUUGGCAGACAAAAGGUUCCCCACUCCUAGCUUAAAGGACCACUCUAGGCACCCAGACCACUUCAGCUUAAUGAAGUGGUCUGGGUGCAAGGUCCAGCUAGGGUUAACCCAUUUUUUUUUAUAAACAUAGCAGUUUCAGAGAAACUGCUAUGUUUAUAAAUGGGUUAAGCCUUCCCCCAAACCUCUAGCGGCUGUCUCAUUGACAGCCGCUAGAGGCACUUGCAUGAUUCUCACUGUGAAAAUCACAGUGAGAGCACGCAAGCGUCCAUAGGAAAGCAUUGAUAAUGCUUUCCUAUGCGACCGGCUGAAUGUGCGCGCAGCUCUUGCCGCGCCUGCACAUUCAGCCGACGGGGAGGAACGGAGGAGGAUCGAAGUCGGAGAGCUCCCCGCCCAGCGCUGGAAAAAGAUAAGUUUUACCCCUUUUCCCCUUUCCAGAGCCGGGUGGGAGGGGGUCCCUAAGGGUGGGGGCACCCUCAGGGCACUAUAGUGCCAGGAAAACAAGUAUGUUUUCCUGGCACUAUAGUGGUCCUUUAAAGGAACACUAUAAUGUCAGGAAUACAAACAUGUAUUUCUGACACUAUAGUUCUAAAAUAUGCAAUUUAGGCUCCCAGCCCACCCUUGCCCCAUAGAAAAGAUGUAAAACUCCCCUUUUAUCAGCCCUUGCUCUUUCGUUGAGAUCAUCAGAGUUUAUGAUCUCAGCCAAUCCAAUGCUUUCUUAUAGGAAAGCAUUGGGAGGCUAUUGUUCAUGCACUGCAAAAAGCUGUGCUACGCCAAUCAGUAUGUCCUCAUAGAGAUGCAUUGAAUCAAUACACAAAAAUAGGAUAAGCCCUAGAAAUAUCAACUUGGUAUAUAAAAGUGUAGGCUGCGAACGCUGAGUAUAAGGGAUAACCUCAACCCCAUAUAAAGAAGGGAAAGAGAAAUAUAUUAAACACAAUGCAGGUUGCGCCAAAAAAACUGAGCCCAAAGAGUCCAAUAUAUGCUUCAGGUACUCUUAAUUGGUAACCGUCUGGACUCCAAAAUGCUUGUAGAUAUUUGAAACUAAAGCCGAAAAUAACCGGUGUGAUAUAUAUAUAUAGUUUUGUAUUUUGGCGCAACCAAAAUACAAAACAACCUUAUAUAUUAUUUUGAGUUUAAUAUAUUUUUUUUAAAUCAAUGCAUCUCUAUGAGGGACAUUCAGUGCCUCCUUGCAGAGUCUGGAGAUGCUAAAUGUCAGUGCUGCAUAUUGUGCAGCACUGACCCAUGAAGCACAUCUAGUGGCCAUCUGAGUGACUGCCACUAGAGGUAUUCCUAGGCCGCAAUGUAAACACUGACUUUUUUUCUGCAGGGACAUACUAUACACAGCAGAAUGAUUACAUUAUCCUGUAGUUUUUGUGACUAUAGUGUCCCAGCUCAGGGGUGUCAUUAGCCAAGAAAUCUUGCUCUUUUUGUGACGAAAUCUGAACAACCAAUUCUGAAUAGUUUAAAAUGUUUUCUACAAUGUAACUUUUCCCUCACUGGUGUGUUAUUGUGCUUUAGCUCUGCAAUCUGUCCCAUUAACGUGUCUCUGUUUAACCAAAUUAAGCUUGAUGUGGAAUAAUAAUUUUAUUUGAGAAAUAUAUCCUAAACUGUACAUUUUCAUGAUUAAAUACAACUAUUGCCUUAUAAAAACUAAGCAUGAUUGAAUUAGCUGAAAAUGUGUGACAUCCUGACCUCUCCAAAUAAAGAAACUGGCGCAAUAUAUUGGUUCUUUGGAAGCUAAAUUUUCCUUUUUGGCUUCCACUAGGUGUCAGGAUUGGUUUGGUUUUCAGUGCAGCGAAGCUACAUAUUAUUUUUUUGUAACCACUGAAGCUAAAAUGUUUGGAAGGCUGGUAAAGUCUUCCUAAUUUUUUAAAUUUAGAAUUGUUCCCUAUGUAAACCACCUUCAAAGUGAAAUAUACAAGCAAUUUUCAGUUCACAAAAUUUACAACCGGAACUUCAAAUGGUAAAGGAGUAGUCUGCAAAUAAAAGGUCAGAAUUAAACUAUGAUCCAAUACGUUAAUCUUUCCAGUGUCUGUAGAUCUGCAGAUGUGGGAUAGAUCUUCAGUGUUGCUUUAUGAUCAAUCGGGUCAUGUUUUCCUGGUCUUAGAACAAAUUGUUAUGCAUACUUGGAAAAUUACUAUAAAGAGAUCAAUCGUUUUAUUUGGUGUCUAGUUGUGCAGUACCUGUCAGAGUUUAAUAUAUAAUGUUCUAGUUGAUGUACUGUUAUGACUUGUCUUAUUUGUUGGUUUACACCUAUUUCUGUAGUCUUUAAAUUGACUGUAUUCUUAUUAUUCAUUCUCUGUUGCCUGCUAUAACCAUUUGACAAUUUUAUUGUUUAAUUGGCUUUAUGGCUUCCUGGCACUGACUUAGGUUUAAUAUACCAACUCUGUCUGUUGCCUCAUUAAUCACACAAAGUAAAUUUUUUUGUACCAGUUAUACGUUUAUGCCAGGGCUGUAACCAGCCCCAGACACACAAGUUCAAAUAAUUCUAGAUUGUAAGCUCUCUCGAGCAGGGUCCUCGUCAACCUAAUGUUCAUGUAACAUUUUGUUAUUGUCUCAUCUAGUGUUAAAUUUCCCCCUUCAUAAUAUUGUACAGCGAAAUAUGUUGGGUCUAUACAAAUGAUGAUAGCAAUAAUAAUAAUCUCUGAAUGUGCAGCAUUUCAAGCAGAAGCUCUUCAUAUCCACACUCCUACCACCAUGACCACUUCAAAUCACUGAAGUGGUCAUGGUGGUUGGAGUAAUUCUCUCUAAGCCUAAAUAUGUUUUGAGGGGUGGUGUCCCUCUCAAUAAAUCCUUCACUUAUUGUGGCACCUGCAGUUUAGGUCAUCUUUAUGUACUUUACUUAGGAUUCUGUUGUAUAAAUGGCGGUGCAAGGCAGAACUUGCAUGCAAUGUUUUUUGCUGCUUAGCUGAGGGCUUGACAUAUCCCAGGUCGCCAUGGCGAGUAGGAAUUUUGUCCUGCCACCUGGGUGUUUGUCAGCCCAUUCAGAACUGGCUGUUUUAGAUCCCCCUUCCACCAAGGCAGGAAUGGAGGUGGACGGCAAGGGAGCUGUGAUCUUUUUGCUCUUCUUGCUCUGCUCCAUCUCGUGCCUUGCUGUGAUGCCUGGAGCCGGUGUAUCUUCUGACAUUGCAGUGAAGGAGAGAAAGUCGCAUAAAGGCUAUCGAUGGGUGAAUGAUAGUUGUACGAAGUAUCAAUGGCCCCACAAGUAGGCUCGGCCUCCUGAAGCAAUGUAUAGUGGGCAGAAGAAAGGACAGGGCAAGGAACAUUAGAUAGUGUAAACUAUGUACAUAUUCUAGCUGAUAAUUUGUUUUCAGCUCUUCUGAAGGAAUCUAGAGGCUUAGUAAGUGCCCAUGCAUCCGUAGCAAACGGUUUACCCAUAAUAAGUGUUAAUAAAGUAGUGACUUGGAGCCAAAUGGGCGUGAGUUUAGGGGAUGUCCACAGCAGUGCAAGAAGGAUUCUAUUUCUCCACAACCCUUCCAGCAGAGGUCCAUGGGUAUCACCUACAUUUGUGACAAACAGAGAGGAGCAAGUACCAAUGAAAGAGCAUCGUAUAUGAUUGCUCUUUAUGGCUAACACAUAUUGUGAGGGAAGAUGUAGCCUCCCAUAUAUUGACUAGUCACUAGAUUUCCCCAGUGGUCCCAAAUCUAUUUCCCAAGCAUUAAUGUAGAGCAAUAUGAUUUGUAUGGAAUAUUCCACUACAGCUAUAUAUAUAGUGUGGAUAUCGGACCCCUCUGGUUAGGCACAUCCAUACACGCCCUUUCAAAUAAGGUAAUGGAAUUGUUGACUGCUUGAAAGCCGGCAUAUUAUGUAAUUGAAUGUAUCUAAAAUAGUGAAAUGGUGUUAGAGUUGAUGAGUCUGGUAAGUCUUUGUAAGCAAUUAUUUCAGACUGGGAGUAAAGAUGACAGAAUUGACUAAUAUUUCUGUCUUCAAAACAGGCAAAGAGGUUUGGAGUCAGUCCUGGGGGAAACAUUCUAUUCUUUAAGAUAGAUGUCAGUGCUGAGACAAAGGACGAAGUUCAUAUUUAUUCUUUAAUUUAUCCUAUAUAUCUAGAGCAUAAGUGAUAGCUGGGUAUGUGGGGGGGGGAACCAGUGAGCAAUAUUGUUUUGGUAUCGACAUGUAAAGAGAGGACAAAAAUAAGGUGUUCAAGACUUACCCGUCUUUUCUGCCUUGGUGGUGCAUGUCACUGUUGAAUGGCUACUAACUGAGUCGCUUUGUAGUAAUGUUUAAAAUCCGGUAAUCCUAGUACACCAUGCUAAUUGGGCACAUCUAAUGUAGCUCUGUGAAUUUGAGGUCAUUUGUGAUUCCAGAUAAAGUUAUCUAUGGCAGUUUGUAGAUGUAUUGAAGUCUGAUUGUUUGAUAGGGAUGGGGAGUAUCUGAAUGAAGGUUCAGUUUAACAGAGUCAACCUGGCCCAACCAGGACACCCCAAGGCUCCUCCAAUGUAGAAUAUCUCGGUGUGCUGCUUUUUAAAGAGGAGUGUAGCUGGUGUCAUAAAGAGAAGGAAGAGCUAUAGGAAUAUUAAUCCCCAAAUAUUUGAUCUGAGAUCUGAAAGGGGUAUUUGGCUCGUAUAUCAGACAAUCGUUCUGACUUAGAGAGAUUACAUUUGUAGCCGGAUAUGGUAAAAUAUUGUUGUAGAAGGUCUAAGAGUGCUGCUUUGUAGAAGUCCCCUGCUAGGUCCGGUACCCCCACCCAAGGAACUGAUGUGACUAGUCCAUCUUCCCUGAGGUGAUUGACUAUCGCACGCCUCACAGACAGAACUACGAAGAAGAUGCAUUCCUUUCCCAGCUACUGCUAGGAAAGCAGAGUUGUUUAGACUUUUAAAUACUAAUACCGACAACUCUGAUGCUGGAGAAGGGCCUUGUGGGUCUCAGAUGCCGGCUCUUCAUGCCAUGAUGACUUUAAUAUCAUCCAUUGGCACUAUUAGUGACAGACUGGAGAAAUUGGAAGCAGUGUGUUCUUCCCAGGUUCCUGCAGGAGUAGCUGUCAUACCCGGUAAUACUCUUGCCUCAAUUAAAGUCCCCGAGAGUAUCAACCCAUCGCAUAUGGUCCCAGCUCAUCUUAAAAAGGACAUUCUGGAAGGCAAGAACGUUAACCGAGUCUAUCUCCUCAUUGCCUUCCAGGAUGUUCUUGAGAACAGGACAGUUGCGUAUGGGAACAUUUCUGUGGUACUGUGGGCAAGAGGUCCCAGGUUAAACAAUUAAUUAUCCGUUCCUGAAUUUGUUUUGGGUUUUGGGAUUUAUAGGGAUGUAUAUUGCUUGGUAUAUCCUGAGAAAAGAGAAGAAUUUGACGUUUAUAUGCACAAGCUGGUGGAUUAGCUUGGAGGAAAGACGAGACAGGGGGGAUAUGAUAGAAACAUUUAAAUAUAUAAAGGGAAUCAACACAGUAAAGGAGGAGACUAUAUUUAAAAGAAGAAAAACUACCACAACAAGAGGACAUAGUCUUAAAUUAGAGGGACAAAGGUUUAAAAAUAUCAGGAAGUAUUACUUUACUGAGAGGGUAGUGGAUGCAUGGAAUAGCCUUCCAGCUGAAGUGGUAGAGGUUAACACAGUAAAGGAGUUUAAGCAUGCGUGGGAUAGGCAUAAGGCUAUCCUAACUAUAAGAUAAGGCUAGGGACUAAUGAAAGUAUUUAGAAAAUUGGGCAGACUAGAUGGGCCGAAUGGUUCUUAUUUGCCGUCACAUUCUAUGUUUCUAUGGAUCUGGGGCACAAAUACGGUGGUACAGCCUUUUAUGACUACCACCGUUCCUUCUCUGCAAAAGUGGCUGCAGCUCUGACUCGGUUCAAUUACAGCAUAAAUUGGAGUAAGCUGGACACUGAGUUAUUCUGCAGGUAUUUUGCAGGCCUCAGGACUCCGGCCUGUGCAGUUUGUGCAUCUACGGCGCACAGUACAAAUGUUUGCCCUAAUACGGCAGAAGUUGAGCUGGGCCACUCUGUCCCGAACUCUGCAAGACCAACCAGGAUCUUGAAGGAUAAGCUGGGUAGGGACAUUGUCUUCCUUGGCAAAUCACAAAUUUGCAACAAUUUUAAUGCGGGCACUUGUGGUUUUAGUUCAUGUAGAUUGUUACACGUGUGUACUCAUUGUUUCCGGGCUCAUGCAAAAUUCAUGUGCCCGAAUAAAGUUUUUCCUAAACCAUACCACACUUGCAUCAACGUCACGUUAUUGGCUGCGCUCUUACACCACCACCACCCCUCACAGCAUUUGACAUUUCACCCACACUUUGGACAGAUGCUGUGGCAAAUACUGGUUUCGCAGCCAUCUGGGGGAAUCAAUGGCUCUGGGGUUCAUGGCCUACACACAUUACGUCCCUGCCUAGCUUCUCCUCUACAUUGGCCUUGUUCGAAUUAUAUCCGAUCGUAGCAGCUGCCAUUGCCUGGGGACCGAGGAAGUGGGCCAGUCACACUGUCAGAUGUUAUUCGGACAACCUAGCCUCUUGUCACAUUGUGAAUAAAGGCCAAUCAUCAUCAUUGGUCAUCAUGAGAAUUUUGAGGAAACUCACAUGGGUAGCGGCCAAUUGCCAAUUUUUUAUCACAUAUAUUCACGUUCCUGGUUUCACAAACAUAUCAGCUGAUCACCUGUCUCGGUUUAGUUUUCAGGCUUUCUUCCAGACUCUGCCCACCGCUUCCCAGCUGGCUACCCCUGCCUCGCCAUUCCAGAACAUGCUCAUGGAUUAAAUGUCUUAUUGACUCAUGCACGACACAUUUUCCACUUUGCACUUUUGGUCAACACUAGGAAAACGUACGGUAGGGCUUUUCACAUCUUCACUAAGUUAAUAGCGGAAUUUCAAGUUCAGGACAUGUUUGCUUUGGAAUCUAUACUGGGGUUCACUUUUGUUUGCCACCUUUACUUAAAAUUAUCUUUUAACACAAUUAAACUGUAUCUUAUGGGCAUCCAACACCACAUGCUUCUACGACACCCUAAUAACAUAGGAUUCCUUUUAUCAUAUCAGAUAAAGACCUCCCUGAAAGGAAUCCAAAAGAUAAAUACACAUGUAUCAUCUCAAAAACUACCCAUCCACAACAAAAUAUUCCAUUCACUUUCCGAUUUAUAAGAUACAGCUCCUUUUGAACAUAUAACCAAUAUAGUAAUAAAAACAGCCAUCUACCUAGCGUUCUAUAGCUUUUUACGUCCAAAAGCAUUCACCACUAGAAAUGUAACAGCCACAGAAUACAUGAAAACAGCUGAUAUCCACAAGACCUUAGAUCAUUAUGUACUCUCACUUCAUCAUUCUAAAACGAGCCCAAUUGGACAUACAGUCAAUAUACCUCUGUUCCCUACUCACAAUAAAUGAUGCCCCGUAAAUUUCUGGACACUUAUUUUAACACUUUCCAAAUACAACCACACCAGCCAUUAUUAGAACUUCACGGCUCCAUCCUUACUAGGUCUAAAUUCAUGCUUUAUGUUCGUUUACUGUUAACUAGGCUCGGCCUAAAGGCAAACCUUUUCUCAGGACAUUCCUUCCGCAUAGGGGCAGCAUCAUCCGCUUCCUCCAACCACAUUCCAGCUCACGUAAUAAAAGCUAUGGGAUGCUGGAAAUCUUCCGCUUAUACUCUUUACAUUCCAAACCCAGUUAAAGUGUUACGGUAAGCUUUUCAUGACUUUUCCAAAUAAGUGAUGUUUGUUAUAUGAAUAAAUUUUGUAUGGUACACCUCUUUUUGCCCUCUUUUAUUACAGGCCUACUGCAUUGUCGGUUCCGGCACACCACAACUGACUGGUGUCAUUUAAUUUAUGAUUAAAGGUUAGAAAUUAUGCUAUGUUACCUUAUCAUCACGGCAAUAUUGCCCCGACUACAAAUUUAAGGCCUGGGCCUGUAGUUGUGGGAUGGGCUUAUUAUAUAUAAUAAAUGUGGGGGCACUUAAUAUGAAAGAGGUGAAUUACGGUUGAACAGACAUAUAGCAAAAAGACUAGGUUUUGUUUAUAUUUUGUUUUGAAUGUAGAGGCUAUCACUGAAUUAAAACAGGUGUUAAAUUGGGAAAAGAAUAAUAUGUUUUUGCUAGUAAAAGAUAAUUAAUAAAAUUCACCAUACAAUCUAUAAAAAAUGAAAAAGGACAAAAUCAGCGUUUAGACCGGGUAUAAGGGUUUUCAGAUUAAGAACCCAGAGCAUUUAAUUGCCCAAUAUUGUCUUCAUGUCCCCACCUGUCUUCACGGAAAACAGCAUUCAGGGUUAUUUUGAUGCAGAAUAAAAUGUUUUGACAAUGUAUGGUUUCGGUAUGCUUUUUUUUUUUUUUUUUUUUAUAUUGCAACAGUGUUCUGCUAUUUGCAUUUUUAAACUCCUAGAUGUCAUUCCCACAUACUGCCGGGCAUUCUAAAAGCUAAGUUACAUUUUUUUAUGUAUUACAAGUGAUAAAAUAGUUGAUCUUAUAGGAUUUGUUUGUAUCGUUGGUCAUAAAAAGUGUAGUUUUAUUCUGGUCAGUAUACUCAGUAGUUUUACAUACAAUACAUUUCUUACACUUAAAAAAACAACAACCUUUGGUAUGAGUUAAGUUAUUUUUUUUUCCCUUUAGUAAAGUUUAAUUACAUUUUAAUUUAAUCCAGUAUUUUAAAGGAACACUAUAGGGUCAGGAACACAAACUUGCAUUCCUGACCAUAUAGUGUUAAAUCCACCUCCUAGCCCCCUGGCUUCUUCUUACCUCCCUAAAUAUAGUAAAAUCGUACUUGUAUUGAAGUUUGCAGCUGCUGGCUCUGCCCCUGUCUGCCUCUCAUCUGCCUGCUGUCUGCUAACAUAAUCAGAAGUGGUGGUCUGAGUCAAUCAAAAAGCUUCCCCAUAGGAUUGGCUGAGACUGUCAAGGAGGCAGAUCGGGGCAGAGCCAGCACUAGUCAAACACAACCCUGGUCAAUCAGCAUCUCCUCGUAGAGUAAUUGAAUACCUUCUUCCCAGAGAUAAGGUUUGGUGUCAUGACAUUAUAUGUGUUACUGUUUCUAGCCCUUGCUAGGCCUAAAUAACCCUAACACUAGCUAACCCUAUAUCGAUCAUUAGCCCUAAAAAUUUACUCUUUAGUAGAUUGGCCCACAGGCUGAUUAAUUACUUGGAGUCAAUCACAGUAAUCACAUUGCCUUAAAUAACAGUUAAGGCAAGCGAUAACUGUGAUUGGCCUCCAGAAUAAUUAUCCAGACUGGGAGCCAAUCAUUGCCUAUUUCUAGACUGCCUUAUUGCUGAGGCAGUCCACACUAGCCAAUUGGCCGCUAACUUCGGCAUACAAUGCUGGGGCAUCAGAUGUUUUUCACACCAUAGGUCGGUUGUGAUUGCCUCUCACUAUGGUCUUAUGGCGUGUGAAACCCUUUCAGGCUGUUACUGGACAGCUACUUCAACAAAAUAGCCCAAUCUCCCCAACUGUGGUGAGUCUGUCUUUCUAAAACCACUCGUAACGGUCAUGGUAUAUAGUACAGUGGGCAUCUCAAAGUGCAUAAGCAGUUGCUCUCUGUGGAGGCCGUCACAAAAGGGUGACAGAACCACACCAAGCACAACAAAGUGAGUAAUUUUGGGGAAUUCACCAAAUGAUAAUGCAUUGAAUGAUAGGGGCCCUGCAGAAAUAAAGAAAGGCUAAAAAAAUUUCCCCAUAUUUUUCUCCUCCUGAACAAGAAUCUUAGUGUCUAAACUACUGCAAAUAUAUUCCUUCCCCCCAACCCCACCCCCCCCCCACAUAAAAACUGGUGCGUCACUGCCCGAGGUGCCCCUAUGCACUAGCCUCUACUGCUCAAACUAGAGGAAUGUCACAAAUACCCCUAGAAUAAACUGUAGGGAUGAUUUGACUACACCAUUAUUGACAUAUAAUUUAUUGGUCUUUGUCUAACAAUGAGAAAACUUCAAAUUAGUCACAACAUAUUGGAGUUAAUGCCUGAAAUAAAAAAGCCAUUUCAUUUUUAUUUACACAUUAUGUAUACAAGAGGUUGAUAAUGGCUGCAUAUCUCAGCAGUGUAUACAACUUAUUAGAAGUGUCCUUACUGCCCUGUGUUACACAGCUCUAUCACACAGAUCAGUGCUGUAGUUUAUACUUAUAUCAUGCUUAUCUGUCCUUCAGUGUCUCUGGAGCUUUCUGAAAUGAACUUCAUGUUUUGUUUUGCAUUACAUUGUAUGUUUGACAUCUAGGAGACAGGUCAUGGAGAAGAAUAUUUGUGCCUAACUUCCUACUGGAAUCGCAUAGUUCAUCAAGCCUGCUAUUUAAAAAGUUAUCUGGACAUUAGUAUAUGUAUGUGGAUUAGGAAAUGGCCACCCUGAAAUAGUUUUUGUUUGUGUUUUACACAUUCCUUUCUGUGUAUCUACAUUCGUGCAAAGCCACAUUUAAUGACUAUAUUACCACUUUCUGGAGUUCCUGCAUCUUUGCUUUCAUUUUUUUGCUUUUAUUUGUUUGUUUAUUUUUACCAUUUUGUAAUCUUUUUAGUUAUCCCUUCUUCUUAAAAAAAAAAACCCCCCAAAAAAACCUCCUAAUUGAAUCCUUUUUGUUUGUUUUUUUAUUUAUUUUUGUUAUAAUUUUUGCAUUUUUAAUAGAUCAGAGCCUUGUUGGUGCCAGGACCUAAAUUUUCUAUGCAAGCAUUCUCAAACGCUCAUUAAAUUAAAGGGACAUUAUAGUCACCUGAACAACUUUAGCUUAAUGAUGCAGUUUUGGUGUAUAGAACAUGCCCCUGCAGCCUCACUGCUCAAUCCUCUGCCAUUUAGGAGUUAAAUCCCUUUGUUUAUGAACCCUAGUCACACCUCCCUGCAUGUGACUUGCACAGCCUUCCAUAAUCACUUCCUGUAAAGAGAGCCCUAUUUAGGCUUUCUUUAUUUCAAGUUCUGUUUAAUUAAGAUUUUCUUAUCCCCUGCUAUGUUAAUAGCUUGCUAGACCCUGCAAGAUUAUGUGAUUAAAGUUCAAGUUAGAGAUUGAGAUACAAUUAUUUAAGGUAAAUUACAUCUGUUUGAAAGUGAAACCAGUUUGUUUAUUUUUCAUGCAGGCUCUGUCAAUCAUAGCCAGGGGAGGUGCGGCUAGGGCUGCAUAAACAGAAACAAAGUGAUUUAACUCAUAAAUGACAGUGAAUUGAGCAGUGAAAUUGCAGGGGAAUGAUCUAUACACUAAAACUGCUUUAUUUAGCUAAAGUAAUUUAGGUGACUAUAGUGUUCCUUUAAGCACUGUUAAGAAAGAGAGCCCUUUACCCCCCGUUUCCCUUUUGUUCUAAUCAGGUGGUUACUGUGAAAGAAAACUUGGGGUCUCUUGAGGGUGGCAAGAGGACAUCUCAAGAACAUGUUAGUCCCUUACAUGGCUGCCACUUGUAAGAUUUAUUUUCUUUCCAAUCCCCUCGCACAUUUGUGCUUUGUGCAGGAGUAUGUUGUUCUCCAGCAUUGUCUUACUAUGUUACCUUAGUGGCCAAGUUGAAAAUGUUAUCUUUCAUUGUAGGCAAACCUAUACCUUGAGAGGCAGGCUUCAUAUUGUAAAAAGUGUACUUCUCUUGGUGUUUAUAUUUUCCACCUGAAAUAGCCAUUUUUAGUGCAUGUAUCACUAGUUCAAAAUAGCAUGCUUUCUAAGGGAUUGUGUUAUUUUGCAAUGGCAAAAUGAGGGACCUGCAGGUAAUCUUAAAUGGGGGUCAUCCAUUUGGUGUUAGAAAGCACAGGGGCUUCCCAGCUAGGACAUUAGAGUUUUUACUCUAAUGUCCUAGCUGGGAAGACCCUGUGCUUUUGAACACCAAAUUGAUGAUCUGUAUGCCUAAAAAUGAAAUUGGGAUUAGCGAGAAUUACAUAUAUAAUUAUAAUGUGAUCCAUCUCUUACCCCUCACUUCUGCCCUGUGACUGGGUGGUUAAAUAAAUAAAGCUGUGGCAGGUGCAGCUCCCUACCCAUUCUUAACUCCUUUUCUUUUAGCUGUGGGAUAGGGGAUAUGACUAAAAUAGGGCAGGAUGGACCUCCCAGUAGUCCUUUUUUUUUUUUUUUUUUUUACCCACCCUCACCAAUGAUUGGGUGGGUAGCUAAAUACACAGAUUACAACUCAUAUUAUCCCCAAAUAUCCCCAUCCAAUUCUCUUGGGAUGGGUUUUGCAAUUAGGUAGUAGUUGCUGUUGCUUAUCAAUUGUACAUUUUAUUUUAUUUUUUCUUCGCAAACAAUACGAGUUUGUUUAUAAGAAUUCUGUUAUUUAUUAAUAAUGUAAAGACAAAAUUUUUUUUUUUGUAGAAAUGAGAAUAGACGGAGGCUUGUAUGAAAGGCCUUGAAAUAUGGAGGUACCUGCCCACUUCAAGGAAAUUUUUGAUGUAAAAUGCAGUUUUAUGAAUAUUAUGCUGCAUGAUUGGACAAAGUCACUAUCUGAAAAAUGUCUUGUAACCAUCUUACAUAAAGGAAUACUACAGGCUUACAUUCAGCACAGUAAUAGAAUUUUCAAAAAUGUAAAUACCUUCCUUUUAAACUUCCUAUUUCUGACAAGCUGUCCUUACUGUUUAAUAGAUGUAUCCCUGCACAGGCGAAUGUGAUGUCUAAAACGUACUAUUUCUGUGUGCAGUUAGUAUUGCAAGAUUACAGAACCGUAAUGGGUACAGUCCCAACCCCCUCCCUACUCACACACACCGAGGCAGGGCUUCACACAUACAGGGCUCAGAGACCCCUUUAGUGCAGGAAAAUCACCAGGCUGUCCAGCUCCCGGUGUUUUCUCUAUCCUCUCCAUGCAGUACUUCCUUUCCUGCAUUGUGAACUGACAGACAGUGGGUGAGCAAUACAAUUUAUGGUUAUAACUGGUUGUUUCCAAAUGCAACUGAAAUGCUGGUUAUAAUUAUAGAUCCCUCAUGUGCAUCAUGUAUACUAAUCAGUGUUUUCAUAGUCUGGUGUACACAUAAAGCUGGCUUAUGAAAGUGCCAUUUAAUAGACAUGUGCAGGAAGACAAAAAUAAGGAUAGGACAGGCUGAAAUUUAGUAAUCUACUUAUCUGUUUGCCUUGGUGUCUUUUCCUUGUAAGGCAGACUUUUUGUUUGUCUCUUGUGUAGCUAUGUUUAGUUGUGAGCAGUUUGCAAUAUCUGGUAGCAAUUUGCUGGAGCACUCUCCCUAAUAAUAAAGUUUAUGUUUGCAAAAUUCCAAUUGGGAUGAAGUAUUUUUUGUUUGUUUUGUAGUAGAACAUUCAGUUAAUUAUUAUGCCUUGGAACCACAAACAAAAACGGGAUACGGCCGUAUAAUCUAUGGAGAGAACAUACAAAAACAAAAUAGUGUAAUACAGUAUAUACAGUGAAUGCACUCACAAGAUGAUGGAAAAGAAGAGCGUUCAUAAGGUGCCUCCCCUGAUAAUAUGGGGGGGGGCUAGCAGUCCCCCUUGCCAAUUCAAAGCAGCCAAUGGAACACGGGACUCCAGGUAGGUAAUGGACAAAAUCCAAUGCUUUCUAUUUUUUUAAAAGGUGAAAUACACCAUAAAAAUAAAAAUUAAGAAUACAGCAAUGGGUCCAACGCGUUUCGUUCCAACUAGAACUUCCUCAGGGACCACACUAAUAAAAUAACAUACAAUAUCACAGAUUGUAAAAUAAUGCAUCCUACUCCCCCCUUAACACAAUCCCUUUAAAUAGGGUUUGUCCCAUUGGUCCAUACUGUAGGUGUUUUCCAAUAGCCAGCUUUUCAUUGGUCCUGGGGUAACUCCUUCCAGCUGAUAAUAUUUUCGACACUUGUUUAAAACAAAUUUGGGCGCAUUCAAUGAAAAGGACGAAACCGGAAGGAGACACCGUACGGCCAAAAGAUAAUAAAUUAACUUAGUAUAGUUAUUCUCUAUGUAAAAAAAGAAGAAGUUAGUAUCUUAGAUGUGGAAAUUAGGGUAUCAAUAUAGCCCACAAACUCUUGAGCAUAUGUUUUAUAAAUAUAUAUUUCAAUAACCCACACCAUUUUAUAAUUUAAACAGUCUAUUUAAAGUGACACAUACAUCAUUAAUAUAUUGAAAAGCCAUAAUUCAUUAUUUAUUAUAAAUAUUCUCUGAAUAAAGUUAAUUUAUUAUCUUUUGGCCGUACGGCCAUUUGAAGGAUCAUUUGCAUUGUUGUUUCUUGUUGAUGUGAAUGUGAUAUGGAGAUGGAACGCAUUUGGAUCGCAUGUGGAACGCGGAAGUAAGAGAUUGCGUCUACUUCCGGUUUCGUCCUUUUCAUUGAAUGCGCCUAAAUUUGUUUUAAACAAGUGCCGAAAAUAUUAUCAGCUGGAAGGAGUUACCCCAGGACCAAUGAAGAGCUGGCUAUUGGAAAACACCUACAGUAUGGACCAAUGGGACACUGGGACUAGCCCUAUUUAAAGGGAUUGUGUUAAGGGGGGGGAGUAGGAUGCAUUAUUUUACAAUCUGUGAUAUUGUAUGUUUUAUUAUUGUGUGGUCCCUGAGGAAGUUCUAGUUUGAACGAAAUGCGUUGGACCCAUUGCUGUAUUCUUAAUUUUUAUUUUUAUGGUGUAUUUCACCUUUUAAAAAUAAUAAAAAAUAAAAAGCAUUGGAUUUUGUCCAUUACCUACCUGGAGUCCCGUGUUCCAUUGGCUGCUUCGUAUUGGCAAGGGGGACUGCUAGCCCCCCAUAUUAUCAGGGGAAGCACCUUAUGAAAGCUCUUCUUUUCCAUCAUCUUGUGAGUGCAUUCACUUAAAGCGCACAAUUCAUUGUAUAUACUGUAUUACGCUAUUUUGUUUUUGUAUGUUCUCUCCAUAGAUUAUACAGCCGUAUCCCGUUUUUGUUUGUGGUUCUAUGUAUUUUGUAAAUAUCGUUCGUUGUGGAUAACGAUCUCGGGAGGCUGCAUAUUAACUGAAGUUAAGUAACUUACAUUAUUUGAACACUAAGUUUGUGGUGUUUGUUUGUUUUUUCGUUUUAAUUAUUAUGCCUUGGCUGUGUUAUAUGGAGAAUUUGUGAAUUGCGUAUGUGAUCAUAUAGAUGAGCCAUACUAUUACCAAUAGAGCUGGCCCAGCUUUCCUCCAAGUGGAAUGCAUAUACAGGAGAGGAAGUAAGGCAGGGAAGGAGUCUUCAAAAUCAUAAGUAGGAGUUUGAAAGUGGAAUAUCUAAUCACACAGUCAUUGGUGCAUUGUCAAAGGUUAAUUUGUAAUUUUUAGCAGUAAUGAUGAUGAAGAGGUUUAAGGGAGAAGUGAACUCUCAAGUGAAUGUUCUGAAUUGGAGUAAAGACCGUAUAUUCUCUCACAAAACUGUUGUACCACAGAAGUCCAGCAAUUUUUGGUGUUUAUAGAAAAAGAUUAAGCUUAUCAAGACCACUUCACAGUAGUCGGCUCCUAUAUAUCUGCUUUGGUGCAUUCUGUUGAAAAGGGAGACUUGUAGGAGCCUUUCACAACAGUGUCCAUUAGGAUGAGACAUCUCUGAAUGUGUUUUGUAAGCAUCUGUGUGUCUAUUCUUUUGGAUUUCAAGCCAAAUGAUGGCAGAUAUGCAUUCUUGUAAGCAUGCAAAGUGGAGGUUGGUGCAAUUAUGUAGUUUUUUUUUCUGUUCUUUAAUAACAAUCAUGUUAACUUUUUAAAGCGGCACUGUCAUGCCGAACUUACCUUUCCUCAAUCUCUUCCUCUUCUCCCCCUCUCUCGGGAUCUGUUCUUCUUUUCUUCCUGUCUUCUUUAGUUUUCUUUAAAAUCAUAAGACAAAGUAGGGACUCUUUGCCUUAUGGAGGUUUCCUCCAUUUGACCAGCGGAGGAGCAAAGUGUGCUUCAUUUCCGGUGGUCAGAGCAAUUUUCCCAUAAUUCUUACCUUUCCUCUGUGAUCUCGCGAUGCUUCCUGUCAUUUUAGACGAAACUGCUGAAUUGCGUUCUAACUGAAUGAGAACAGUAUGUUUGUUUCUUUUAGAACUCAAUUCGGCACUUUGUUCUUAUCGGAAUUUCAUUUGAAUGAAUGAAACUCCGAUCCUAUUCAUUGCCGCGACUGCAGCUUGCAGCUGCUUAGUAGAUAGCUCCCUAAUUCCCACGGUAUCAGGGAGUUAUCUACCAAAAGGCUGAAAGACCUAAAUUGGUCUUUCAGCCAACUUUACUAAUACUAAGUAAAGAUUACUUAUUAUUAGUAAAUAGUGAUGUCCUGAACGGUUCGCCGCAGACUCAUCAUUGAGUAAACUUUGACCCUGUACCUCACAGUCAGCAGACACAUUCCAGCCAAUCAGACCCUCCCUCCCAGACCCUCCCACAUCCUGGACAGCAUCCAUUUUACAUUCAUUGUGAAGCUGCAUUCUUAGUGAGCUGUCCACGAGGUGGGAGGGUCUGGGAGGGAGGGUCUGCUGCUGAUUGGCUGGAAUGUGUCUGCUGACUGUGAGGUACAGGGUCAAAGUCUACUCAAUGAUGAGUCCGCGGCGAACCGUUCGGGACAUCACUAUUAGUAAAUGAUAUGACCCUACUCGCUAUACUGCGAGCAGGGGCAUGUCAAGUAAACAGUGGGCAGCCUGUUGGCCCCACCCCUGAGCGGUGGGUGGGGGCCAUAAUGGACAAUCGGGGGGGGACUUACUGUCCUCCCCCCAGCCCCCACCCUUGAGCAGUGGGUGGAGGCCAUAAAUUACAAUGGGGGGGGACCUACUGUAUUCAGGGCGCCGCCAUCUUUGUGUGGGUAGAGGAAGUCCCUGUGGGACACGUCAUCUGCCCGCACUAGAUAGCACUGUGAGAUUCUCGCACAUGCCCAGUUAAACACUUGGACAUGCGAACGGGAAUUUCAACUAUUCAUUCAUUCAUCAGAAAGACGAAUGAAUGAAUGAAUGAAUAGAAAAAUCAGACGAACAAACUAACACUGUGUAUCAGUGUUUGUUUGUGCAGUUUAUUACAAGGAGGGAGCUACCGCCGCGCAGCUCCCUCCCUAUGGGGAUCAUAUUGACCCACUAUUUUUUAGGGUGAAGGGGGAAGGUAGGGGGCUACUUUUUUUUUUUUUUGGGUGGUGGGUGGGUGACUAAGGGCUUGGGGACCCCUAGUGUGUGACACACACACACACACACACACACACUCACUCUCCCCUUGUAGGUGUGCUCCCAGUGGUUUUGUCUGUUGCCAGUAUAAUCUUUGCACAGCAUUAACAUUAGGAUGCUUGGAACAGUCACUUUUGCCAAGUGUGCAACUAUCCCCCAGCACAAUAGUGCAAAUAUCUCUGUAUGUGCAGCAUUUCUUUAAACCAUUAAAGCGGCACUAUCAUGGCCGAAUCCCGUUUUUAUUUUUAACCCCCCUCCCGACUCUACAUCUAACUGACCCCCUAGUCACCCCCAAAUGCCCCUAAACCCCCCAGAUUAUCUAUUUUUGAUCUUUAGUUUCUGACCCGAUCUAUACUCAAGGCGCCACCAUUUUGUAUGGGUAGAGGAAGUCCCUGUGGGACACGUGUGUGUAUGUGUAUAUAUAUAUAUAUAUAUAUAUAUAUAUAUAUAUAUAUAUAUAUAUAUAUAUAUGUGUGUGUUUUUGUCUGCCGGGACUCCUCCACUGUAGCCUUCAGCUCCACCUCUGGUGAUGUCCGCAUCCAAGCUGAUAAAGAAACGCAAUCUCUUCCGACUAGACUGGAUGUAGGUGUAAGCUGCAAAAUGUUGCGCUUCUCCUAUCAAAUGUUGCUACCAGCAGCAUUUGAUCCCGCUGACGUGAGGGCUGUCACCAUGAGGCCGGGAUAACCCCCGCCGGCCAUGGGGGGGAGCGGGGCCGUGCCGCCGAAAAGCACUGUUUGUGCGGUAUCAGACUCUGGGCUCUCAUAUGCCACCUGCCCCAUUUAAAUGCUGCAUGUGUACAGGCUCCCAGCCAUGAGUAAACCGGGGAUGUCCGCAUCUGCUCUCCCGGCAAUUGGUGACUUGCAGUUAUCAGUGUGGAGCUGGGUUUAUGCUCUUCUCCGUGACUGCAGAGAAGUUGCCUUUGAAACUGUCUGCACUCACUUUUUGUGCCACUUUCACAUGUUCGGGUCUGGAGCUAAAGCUUACGGCUGCCAGUCGGCUCGGUGGCCCGGCCCUGUGAUAUACAGUUGUAUCAUAUGGGAAAAGCCCCCACAGAUGCAUGCUGACAUCUUUGCAGCAAUCAAGAAACUUAUCCACACGUGGUGUUUUUUCCCCAAGGGCGAACAAUUUUGGAAACUUGUACAGAAGGUUAAGUAAGGUCCUUGGCAGAAAUAUAUCCUUAGAUCCUUGGAAACUACUGCAGUCUAAGCCAUGGGACUGAACCCCAUCAUGUGAUCGAAAAGUUUCAGUAAGAUUGCCUUGGCAGCCAGUAAAGCUUUGAACCAGGCAUGGUUAAAACUGUGGUCCCUGGCAGAGGUGGAAGAGAGUACAAGAUACAUAUCUUAUAGACAAACUAACGGUCUGGGUCCACCAUUCGGAGGCUUUCUUUGAUAAAGUUUGACAGUAGAUAAAUUGGGGCUCCACCCCAUGUCCUUAUUCCUACCCUAAUUCAUUAUUCUUCUAUUAUUUAUUUCAAAAAGUGAUUUAUUCAGGGGUGAGGGGGGGCCUGACCACUGAGCUGAGUGGACACAGAAUAAAUCUGCUCCUGCUCCUCAAGGCAUAUUCCCUGCAUUAAGAGCCUUUAACGAAUUGCAAAUUGCUCCAACAAGCACCCAUAGAAAGGCGAAACCGGGGGCUACAUGUUGAUACCAAACAUGCGGCUCAACAAGCAGGAACCAUCGAGGCAAAACCCAAGGCACACCAACAUGGUAGGCGCUAGGGAGAAGGCCGCUCCUCUGUUGCCUCCAAUGGCUAAUAUCCUGUAUGUAGGCUCUCGUCCCCCCUAUGGACCGGUGGGGGAUAUCCCAAGCUCAGGAGGGACCCUCCGGAGGCUGUGUCAGCAACCCAAGCUGAGGCGCGCUGACACCAAAAUGGCGGAGACUGUUACUGGGCAAACUGAUACAACACACAUUCCCGACAUUCUGGCGCAGCUGGAUGCUAUAUUCGAGGCCUUCUGGAGGAAACUCGAUGAGCGCCUGAGUGCCACUCAUGCCCAGAAUGAGGAUACACCGUUGACGCUACCUUACCACUUUUGUUCUGGAUGUACACCCAGCAUAGCAGAGAGCACCAGAAAAUGGCACAGAAGAAGACGCUGUCUCUCGCCGGCAGAGAAACCAGCGCGUUGACAUCUGUCAGCUUCUACCACUCUGUGCAAAAACAGCAAGCCUCAAUCAAGCACACCACCACGGCUCAACUCAACAUGAGAGCCACAAAGAGCCUGAGCCUAUACACAAGCUGGAACCAAACACAUCUGGCAAGCAUCCCUGAUGGUUCUGCAGUAAGCCUCUACCCCCGCACGCAGACAAGCCUGUCAUUGGGGCACUCAGGACUGAGAUCUGGGAUGGGUGAGUACCACUGCGGGAGACCCUUGCAGGCAUAGGCUGAAUGAGACUCACUGAGACAUGCUUUUAUAAAAGUGACAUAGCCAUGCCUUCUACACAAGAUCCAAGACACCCUUUAAUUGUUGGGCAGUAUGCUUAACACUUGGGUCUUAACCUUCUGCUUUAGCAAAAGGUGCAACCCUAUAGAUUCUUAAGCAGUUCCAUACCCAUACCUAUCGGGAGACUGUGGCAGCUGUAGGUGGGGGCCCCCUUAAAAGUUACAGCUAAUGGUUGUUGCAAUGUUAUGCCUUGUUACUCUAUAACCCACACAAAUAAGACCUGUCUUGUGACCCCACAAUCUUCCCAAAUGUCAGUAUAUUAAUCUGAAUCAGUACCUCGUCUGCCUUAACAUUGGCUUAACUCUUGAUGAAACUACCUUAAAAUAUAAAAUGUACAAUGUUAUGAAGUGCCAAACAACUGUUUGUAAAUGUUGACCGACGCGCUGGCAAUCGCUGUUGAGGCAUUGCUUGCCUUGUAUUUUUCUUACAUGACAAAAUAAAGAAUUUAAAAAAAAGUUAAUUAUUCAAAUUGGCAACAGAGACAUUGAUUUUAAAGAAAAAGAGCCAUUGGUCGUUUCCUACUGUUAGAUAAUUGUACUUCAACUUACAUGUAUUUUUAUGAUAUUGCAAUAUAUUGUAUACAUAAUAAUAAACUAAAAAUAACUGAUGCAAUGUUUGACUUGUCAAAAAUAAAAAUGUCAUGUUUGCACUAACCACAUCUCUUUUAAAUAAUGUAUGUUCUGUGUCCUUAAAUAAGUUUUUAGAUUUUUUUUUUUAAAUAUAAACUGAACCAAAAUUGUGAAACCUAAUGUGUAAGUAGUAAUGCAUAUGCAAUUACUGCCCAAACUUUAAAAAAAGGCAACAAUAAAAAGCACUCCUUAGUAUAUAUACCCCCAAUGAAAACAUGCAUGCAUUUAAUUAUGCAUUUUUCCAUUGGAGGUAUAUCUAAAAUAGCUUGCAACAGCUGUUUUUUCCCCCAAACAUAAAUUUCAGAGUACAUGCAUAGAAUGGUACCACAAAAAAAUAACAUCUCAGAACAGAGCGAUACAUCAUUUGGAAUUAUACAUUCAGACAAUAUGGUGCACAUGAUGGAUGAAAUACAAGUAUUGAGUAACUGCACAUUUUUAAUAAUACUGAAUUAAUGUUUAUUCUGUUAGCAAAUAUUAUAAUACAUACCAGUGAGGCUAUUGUUAAUUAAACAAAAAGUCAACUGAUAACUAGAAAAUAUUCAAACAAAUGAUUGGUAGCAUUAAAGGUAUAAUCUCCUAGUAGCACAUGCUAAUUUUAGAUCCGUGGGCAAGUACAUCUUGUGGCAUGUAUGACUUAAAGAUAGUCAGAACUAUAUAGCGUGAUUCUAUCAGCCAACGGAACCAGGCAUGAAGAAAAACAAAACAUAUAUUCAAAUAAAUUUCACUGUAAGGUAAAAGAUGUAAAUGUAAGCAAUGCAAUAAUUAAAAUACAUGUAAAACAAUAAUAGUGCUGUUCAUGUUGACAGUUUGCUGGACUUAGGCGAGGCUUUUCUGCGCACAAAUGGUGUAAUUUGGUCUAUGGACCACAAAGGAUGGGUCGUCACUGAUCUUAAUCCUUCUGGUAACCCUAUCACCACAAGUAGUUAGGAGGCUUCCAAGAGAUUGGUAACAUGGUAGAUCUUGCUGCCUUUUUCCACUAGAAGCCUGUGUGGGCCCCACUUGUAAGUAAUAUUAUGGUCCCUGAGUAGUGGUGUGAUUGGCCAGAAUGACUGCCUUUAUAAAAUAGUAUGGUGGGACAUGUCCCAGUAGAAGGUAAGUUGACAGCACUCAAAGGUCACUGAGGGAGUACCCCUGGUUGCACCCAUAAUAACCUCUCUGUCUAAGUCCAGCACAAACUUGAUGAGAACAUUAUUUGGUGCCUGGAGGUGCCCUGAAGGCCUUUGACAAUUUAAAACCGUAAUCCAACAUUACAAAUUUUGCCUGUUUCAGUGGCAUCUGAGGAGAGAGGAGCCAUCUGAUAAAGUGAGGCAGUUCUUUAGAUGUACUGGCCUCAGUGACCCCCUGAGCCGCACAUUCCUUGCUUUGGUCCUGUCCUCCAAAUUAGCCGUGCGGUUGGACAGAUCACCACUGCUUUUCUAUAUGACAUUAGGGGCCGUGUCAGUAGCGUCUGCGCCACCUUCGUGUUCCAAAUCUUCCUUCACUGGCAGAAUUCGACCAGUAACUUAAUAUCAUGUAGCAAAGCCUUAAUGUCAACUUUAGUUGAAGGGGCAGUAUUCCCAAGUGUAGUGGUCCCUUGGGUGAUUCUAGGUACCAGGGCAAAUGUGGAUACAUCAGCCAGUAGGCUGUUCUCAUACAAGGAAGCUGAAGUAUAGGACUCUGUGGGCACCAUUAUAACAAUCUCUGGUCUAAUGAGCUGUCGCAUAAAAGUCCCAAUAUAUCGGAAUCUGGAGCCCGGAUCGACCCGGUGCUCUUCCCCAUUGGUAUUGGAGUAUAGAGUAACGCAAGCCGAUUCGUGGGUGCGGUAGAAUGUGCAGGCAUGUGCCAAAGUUAGCUCCAGCAACAUGUGUCUGACUGGCUGUGGUGCUUGCUUUGCCCAACCAUUGUAAUAUUAAAACCCACGUGCAUGUGAUUGAGUGAUAUGGAAAAAUUCCAUAUGCAACUGAGCUCUAAUUCUAUUUUUUCAAAUGCAUAGUUAUUACAUUUUUUCUGAAAUUCAUCUGUUACAUAACUGGUACAGAAUGUCUCCCCAUCUUUUCUAGGCUCCUUUGCAGAGUAAUAACUUACAGCACUUCUUUAUCACUUAUGUACAUCUUUGUGUGUUAACCGCAAAUAAUGAAGACCAUUUUAGAACUCAUCUCCAGAUGAUGGACUUCCGAGGAAAAGGGAAGAAUUAUUCAACUACCGGUAUAUAGCUGUAAUUACAUUGUUGGUACCCAGUGCUUACCUGUAUUGUGCAUUAGUAAUUUUAGUGUACUAUUUUUACUAUAUAGUGCAUAAAUUCAGUAAGUACCAAACUUGUAACCGCUAUGAAGAAAUUUGCAGUCUGUUUGGAAAUUGGAAGUAAUGGAAUAAUCCAUUUAUGCAUGUGUUUUCUGAGAUGUAGAAUAAAAUAUGUGUGGGAGUAUAGACCAUCCAAAAUAAGUCCAGUUAUGUGGUUUCUAUUAAAGCGCCAGCAAAUUCUGUUUCUCGUAUUUAUAGGAUCAUCUUUCCUGUCUUCAUUUGUAUAAUUUUGUUCACUGAUCAUUAUAUAGACCAAGUGUCCAGCAAUAUUUUUUCAGUUAUUUUGUAAAGAUGCAUUAUCCAUAUUUGCUAUGUGCUGGAGACAUUCAUUAAAAAGGCACAAACUGAGCUCCAUAUGCAUUACAACUCAUUGCGUCUGUUAUAGAGCAGAGAAUCUUUGUACACCAUCUCCUUGAUAUGUGUCAAACUUUUUUAAAGAGCUUUGACAAGAAAUACUUCACCCAGUGCCAAAUCUAGUCUCUAUGCUACUGCUUGUCUUAUGUGAAAGAUACAUUCUGUAAUAGCCCAAAUGACAGUUAUAGGCAGGUGAGAGAGAAAGUGUCUUUUUUAAAAUAUUUUUUAUUUAUUUUUACUUCUAAUGUGCUAGAAUCACCCCCCCCUUACAAAACUGUUUUGAAGGGACAUUUCACUGCAUGUAAUUAUGUAUUUCUUUCCAUUAAGGUUAUAUCUAAAACAACUUGCAAAAACUGCAGCUCUCUUGUCUUCAGGUUUUGGAUGCCCUUCCCUUCUAAUUUAGCCCAGGCUUUAUAUGGCUAUUCACUCACAGACCUGCCAAUGCAGCUUUGCAAGGCAGGUGCUCUAGGCAACUACUGCCUGUUGAGUUGAGCUCCACUUAGCUAACCAACCAGGAAUUAGCAAAAGCUGUUGUCUUACUGACAGCCAGGGUGUGUAACAAGUUUAAUUUAUAAAAGUGCCAAUUUCUGUUGAACUCUGCACUUUUUGUAAAAUUAAAAAAUAACAUAUUAUUCACAUAUAAAGCACUUCAGCAAGGUGUUUAGGGUGAUCCUUUAAGAUGUAAUUGUUUAAAAAAUGCCUAGAUAUUAAUAAAGUAUAUAAAAAUGUGCUAAUAAUUGCUUAUUUGCGAAGUUUUCACCAGUCAUUUUCAGCAGACAUUUUAUGGGUGCAUUGUACAUAUAUCCUAUUGAUCCCUGUAGUUCAGUAACACACUUUCUGUCAAAAUCUGUCUAGUUUGAGACUGUCCUGGCUGUACAUUCAUACUUACAUUCAGUGAAGCAAUUCGUAAAAUAAAAUCACAUCAAUGUGCAAUUUGUGUGAAUUAAACAAAUUGCUUCAUUGCACAUGGCAAACCUAGCUGUGGUUAGAUUCAUUAUUGUUAUUGGCAUGUAUAUAGCACCAACUUAAUCUGCAGAGCUUUACAAUGUUCUAAAGGGAGAAAUUUAACAAUAAUUUAGACCAUUACCAAAUGGUACAGGAACAAUAAGUGGAUGAAUUAAGCUACUUGUGGAAAGUGAUUGACCUUUUUAUUUAUUUAUUUAUUCAUUUGUAUGUAUUUAUUUUGAUCAUUUAUAUUGUUAGAAUGGUAGUUGUUUCUGCUUAUUUUCGUUCACUCUUUUUCAUUUUUCCUCUUUGAAAUUGAAGACUUUUUGGCUGAUAAGCCACAUGGUGUAAUGCGGGCGGAGAACAGACUGUGCUGACAGAUAAAUACAUUGCUUAAAUUCAGCUCUAUACAUUUCCAGAGUUACCCGCCUUAGAAACCAUUUAGUUUAUAUAUUUAUACAACUGUGUACUCUGUAUGAGUCAAAAGAAUUCUAAUCUCAAAAACAUUUUUGAGACCUUAGUGGGGAAUAAUUGAAGGGCAAGCUAUUAAGGUUUCUACCUAAGUAAAAAGGGUAACCCAGACGUGGACUCCUUGCUUACUGUGCCUAGAGGGGCAUUGGCUAUACCUCGCUGAUGAGGCCCAAAGAAGACCCAAACAAUUGGGUUUUUUGAUUUCGAUUGAAAAAACCCAAGGGCGAAACGCGUCUCGAAGCAAGCAUCAGCCCCAAUUUUGGACAAUACUUUAUUGCUUUUGCUUGUUUAUUGACUUUUUAUGUUAAUACUUAACAAAUUUAUUUUAAGUCCCACCGGCUGCAACUCCGUCUACUUCCAGUAAAGAAGGGUUACCCCCCUUUAGUGGAUAAUAGGCAUUUACACUCAGAGCCAGGUUUAUUUAUAGGCUCUGGCAAAGGUGAGAAAUAUAUAUUAUAUUUACCACUUCACACAUGGUGCCUUAUAUACUACACUAGAAGUCCCUUUCUCUGCUUUGGAAACCAACGAGAAGAGGGAAAGGUGUCACGUAAGUACACCAAAGCGAUCGUGAUUUGAGCCAGUCCCAUACUUGGCUCUCUAUUUGUGAGUGUGUUUUCUCUAUAUUUACAGUUUACUCCUUGUAUCAUUUGUACUUCACCAUUAGAAUCUUUUUUUAUUUUUUUAUUUAAUUUAUGUAAACUGUAUGGUACAUGCCUUUUGAGGGUGUAUGUCACUUUAUCAAACCCCUUACUUGCACUAAAUACUACAUUCGGUGGAUAAGAGAGACUUCCACAACAGUGUUGUAGCAGCUUAUAGCUUAUAUAGUGGCAUUUCAGAAAAUGUUUUAUUUGAAGCGCCUAAUUUAAUGCACAGAGCACUUUUCACAGAUAGUUAGGGGUUGCUGUAUUGCUCAUGCAGAGAGAACUUGCUAACAUUUUAAAUUUAAACUGUCCUUUUGAGCGAGAUCAGUCUGAUAUGUAAAGUGUGUAUGUUCUCUCUGCAAUGGCGUAAGUGAGCAAAAAAUUUUUUUGAGAUCUGAGCCUAACCUCAGGGCAAGUUGAGGAUUCUCUAAGCUUUGACUGUUCUCAUAUUCUUUGUUUUUGUCGCAAAAUAAUAGUAAGUGUGCAUAAAGUAAAGUAAAAAAGCAUAUACUCUGCUUUAUAUACCCUCUUAAAAAUACUGCAUAUAUCACAUCUUAUCUGGAUGAAAUUGCUGCAUAUGUUCAAAUACUAUCAAAUGCAGUGAUCGCCCAAUAUAAUUAUUUUCAAAUGGAAACAUUUGACUAAAGCUGCCCUAUUGGAGCUCUCACUUGUGUAUACUGUACAUUACAAUUGAGUGUCUGUGUGUCUGGCGGUGUUGCGUGGAAUAUGUAUUCUGUCUGUUUAAUAUGUUAAAGAGUGAUGUAAUAUUACCAACAAAUAUUCCUUAACAGCUGAAGUUUACAAGUAAAAAUAUGUAAAAAAAAAAGCUGUGAAAAUAAGGUGUUGCGUAAUUUACAAAUUAAUACAACAUAGAGGGGAAAAAGCAUUCAAUUUAAAAUACUUUGUGACAUUGGAUCUUAUGUCCAGGACCAUAUAGAAUGAUAAGGACUGGCUGCAACAUAGCUAAAAAUGCAAAUAAAGUAUUAGGCACAAAGAGCCUUAUUACUGAAGGAAUUAUUCUUUGAAAGUCUCUAAUCCAUACAAAAUCACAUGUAAUAUACUCAAUAAGGCUAGGAUUUCUUUAGACUAAGCAAGUCUAAAGGUUUGUUCAUAGGCGUGCGCACGGGGUGUGCCUGGGCACACCCUAAUCCCGCGGCUGCCUAUGUAUUAAGACCGGCAAGGGAGAUCUCAGACAGCGCCGGCUCUGCUCAAAGCCUCCCCUCACCGACCCACAGGCGGUGAGGGAGGCAGGAGAGGACCCGGGGAGCUCUUGCCAGCAGCUCCGCCGGGUUCCUCCCGUGAGGUCGGAGCGUUGCCGCGGCAAUGCUCAGAUCUCGCGAGAGUGAACUCUAGCCCCAGACUAGAGUUCACUCUCCACUGGACCAUCAGGGAAGGCAGAAAGGAUCCCCCCUCCCUACAUAAGGUAAGAAGGGAGGGGGGAUAUUUACUAAAGAACCCCACACAAUACACACAAUCACCCAAACAUACAGCACACACACCCACACACAGCAUCUACACACAUACAGCACACAAACAGCACCCACACACAAUACACAUACACACUAACCGCUCCCUCACACACACAUCACCCUUACACACACACUAACAGCACCCUCACACACUAACAGCACCCUUACACACACAGCACCCUCACCCUUACACACACACACAGUGCCCCCACACACACACAGCAGUAUAUGUGUGUAUGUAUAGAUAUAUAUAUAUAUAUAUACACACACACACGGUGCGUGUGUUUGUGCUUUAGGGUGCACACCCUUAUACAAUAGGCUGCACACGCCUAUGGGUUACUCUCCACUGGACCACCAGAGAAGGCAGAAAGGAUCCCCCCUCCCUACAUAAGGUAAGAAGGGAGGGGGCAUAUUUACUAAAAGACCCCCACACAAUACACACAAUCACCCAAACAUACAGCACACACACCCACACACAGCAUCUACUCACAUACAGCACACAAACAGCACCCUCACACACACAGCACCCUCACAUACACACACUAACUGCACCCUCACACACACACACACACACACACACACACUAACAGCACCUGUGAUGGGAUUUCAACAUGGUUAAAAAUUUAGUAGGCCUGAAAUCUCCAUGUGGCAUAUACAAGUACUGGUGUUUGUUGUAUCUGUUAGUUAGUAACAUGUAGCUAAGAUACUGUCAUCAAUGUACUGAGCAUGUGCAUCAACUGUAGUCACAUUCCUUUGUCCUUAAAAGGAGUCAUACGGUCUGCCCAUAUUAGGUGAUCCUGAAUAUCCUGGUCACUGAUUUGUCUAAGGGUAUGUGUGAGUGGAGCUAUGAAUGGGAGAAGUUAUUGUUAAUAAAUAGCCUGUGCAAACUAUGCUCUGGGCUCAUACCUUUUGAACACAAGUUCAGUGUGAGACCCGAUCGGUGUGUAAAUAAAAGACCUGUUACUUCCUGAAGACUUGUGUCCAUAUCUCUAUGUGUGGCUUCUGCGGUUUGUUCCUGUUAUUCCUCCGUUAACAUUUUUGGUGCAUUGGGUCCGGGAACCUCAUCGCACGGAAGCUGGAGCAGAGAUUUGAGACGGUAAACUUUUUACCAACGUUCUCCACGGCUGCACCCCUGGACUACAUCACCCUCACACACUAACAUCACCCUUACACACACAGCACCCUCACACACACACACACACUAACAGCACCCUCACACACAUCACCCUUACACACACACACACUAACAGCACCCUCACACACACAUCACCCUUACACAUACACACUAACAGCACCCUCACACACUAACAGCACCCUCACACACUAACAGCACCCUCACACAUACACACACAGCACACACUAACAGCACCCUUAUACACACAGCACACACACACUAACAGCAGUAUGUGUGUGUGUAUAUAUAUAUAUACAUAUACAUACACGCGGCGUGUGUGUUUGUGCUUUAGGGUGCACACCCUUAUACAAUAGGCUUCGCACGCCUAUGGGUUUGUUCCUUUUCUUUGGAAGCUCCACCUCUAGAAUGAUUGAUGGAAAAGUCUGUAAUCUAUUUAACCUAAUUUAUGCUGCCUCAUGUGAAUCUCCACAGACAUCUAUCAGAUAUAUUUGCAUUGUGAUCUAUUGCCUGUAUUAGAGAUGUUACCCUGCUGGACUAUUGUGUCUUUUAUAUGUAUUUUAUUAUUUAAGUCCACAUGUAGUUUAUGUUGCUGGACUUUUUGGACCUUAGUAUGUUUUAUGUUUUAUUUUAAUCUACUGGUUUAUUGUACUUUUUUUUUCAUUUGAUGUUUGAUUAUACAGUUCCGUUAUAUUACAAUGUUAUUCAUCAAUAUUGAUGAACAAAGAACACAAUACAAAUGUUUACUGGUAUGUAUUUCGUGUUCAGUAAUUAUAAUGGAAAGAUAUAUAUAUAUUUUUUUAUUUGUUACACAGCUAUAAUAAUUGUUUGGAACAAGUGAUGCCGCCUUUGGGACAGAAUGUGGUUAAAAUGUAAACCUGUUUAUGCUUUCUGCCCAAUAGGAAAUAGACAUUUAUAAGAAAAUGUGAAAAGCAGGUAGCAGAUGUAAAUUCUCAAUAUGUUUCUGCAAGAAGAUACUUUUGUUUUCUUCCUUGAAACAAAGUAGACACGUCUGAAACAGGCUGAGAAGGAAGAUCGCUUUACUGUUAUUGAAUAAACCCCAAAAUUAUACAAACCAAAAAUAAACUUUAAAUCUGCAAUAGAAACAAAAUGGUGUAUUUUAUCUAAAACUGUGUAAUACAAUGUGUAAUAAGGGAUUUUGUGGUUUUACAGCUCAGUGCAUGUCCUCGAAAGCUGUGCUCUCAGCAACGUGGGUGGCAGGUUAUCCUACUAUAUAAUGUAUUGUAGUUGGCUCUCCGCACUUGUGAGAGUUAGCGCUCAGCCAUUCGUAAAAUUUCCCAUUGUUCUAUCAUGUGAGACCAAGGCUGUUUUAAAAGUGUCCCAAAACACUUGAAAAGCUUCUAAUUAGAAAGUAUUAGUUAGAUUUUAUAGUUAGAUUUUACCUGUUUGUGAAAUCAGUUAGUUUUUUUGUGUCAAAAGCAACUUAUCAUUAGUAGUUUAUUUAUUUUUAAAGUACAAAUGUAUAAUUAACAUGCAUUUUUUUUUCUACUUUAUAUUUGUAAAUGUAGUUUUCUUUUGAUGGACUUUCUCUUUUGGCUGCUAUUACAUUUUUAGCAAAUAAUGCUGUUCCUAGUAAGAGUUAUGAAAGAAGGAUAAAAAAAGCACUUUGUGUGAGGUCCUUGUAAAAUAAACCUCUGGAACGUUGCGUUAUUUCUGCAUUUUUUAAAUUUUUUUUAUCAUUCGUGCUGUCCUCUUAGUGUUGUGAAAGAUUUAGUUUGGUGUUAGGAGCACAUAUCUUUUGAGUAGACAAGUUGAAUGUGUUUUUCUUUUACUAUAGCUAUUGUUUAUUAGUUUUGUACCUGUUUUUUUUUUUUUAGAAAUUGGCACCCACUGAAAUAAACAAUUAUGUAAUUUAAAUUCCAUUGUGCCAGCACCUUAAGGGCACUAUGAAAAAAAAAAAAAACACUUUCCUGCUGUGCUGUAUGUAGUAUGCGUAUGUGAACAUCAGUGCCUAAUGUUCACACAUCAUUUUUCACAGAAUGUUCCCCUUGGAAUAAAGGCUCUGUGUUAGCAGAGAGCACUGGGACACUUGUUGUUCCUUGUUUGCAAAGGCAGCGGAUUAAUUUUGUUUUCACAUUUGCAUUUUAAGAAUAUGCUCUUUCCACAUUUAUCUAACACAUGUUCUCUAUUUUAAACCAUUAAUAUUUUCUAAGAAACUUGCAAAAAGUUUGUCUGGUUGCUUAAAUGUGUUGUAUGUAUAAAACAAACUUGUAAGUAUAUUCAAUUACAUUAAAAUGUGUGCAGGCAUGUUUGUGAUCAUAUUUUCAAGCAUCUUCAUCACAUAAGCCAUGCAUUGACAGUCAUAAACAAAUUUUAUUUUACAUUUGUCUAAACAAGGGUAUUUGUAUAUAGCUGGCAUACUGUAUAUAUGCUAAGCAUUUUAAAUUAUGUGUUUCUGAGAUAUAAGCAUUAUGGAAAUAAUUUGAAAAUGCUCAAAAAUCUUGUUUAGGAGAAAAUAGUAUAUCAGGAAAUAUUUUUUUUUUUCAUGGGUGUUCUACAUUACAGAAUGACAGCAGUGUUAUAAUUGGGAUAGCUACAACUAUUUUAUCUGAACCUAUUUGCUGGCAGUGUAUAUAGCAAUAAAAUUGCAAUAUAAACACUUUUAAAAAUUAAAUGUUCUGCGUACUUUAAGUCGUUUAAUCUUAUUAAGCUGUUCAGCAUUGUGCUGAAUUCAUUGGCAGCCAAGGUUGUAGAAGACAGUAAGUACAGGAUGUUGGCAUUUGAGAGCAUUCAAGUCACAUUUGUAAAUCAAGUAUAAAACACUUGAAAGUCAUAAUGGGAAACCACAUAGUUACAACUAGAUUGGUUAUUUAAUUUCUCAAUAUAUCAAAUGUACCUAGAACGGUAAAGGAAUCUGUUUGAAUUAAUAGAUAUUUGAAUCUUAACCUGUUGCAUGUAAAAAUAUCCAGAAUCGCAGUUGUGAUAUAUGAUUGAAUCUGCGGUCUUUUUAUUCUUCUAAUUGUGUGUUUUAUGCUAAUAAAAUAGCAAAACAUCAGUCAGGGACCCCACCAAAAAAAAGUAAACUUUGAAAGGGUUCAAAACCCCUUUAAUUCACUUACCAGUGCCUAUAUCUGUCGGCACUUGGUCAGGCUUCUCCUUCACCAAAUUUGGCAGAUUCGGCCUUCCUCAUAGGAAAGUUCUGACUUAAUGCUUCUCAGUGGGGGUUUGUAUGAUGCUGGACGUCUUCAUGCCAAGCUUGAAGACGUCCAUCAUUGUUUCACGGAGUAAAACACUGUAAAACUGCAGGAACCUCUUCUAGUGGCUGUCUCGUAGAACAGGGAACAGGAACAGUGCAUCCAGACCACAAUGAGAUGAUGUGGUUUGGUUGUCUACAGUGUUCCUUUAAGAGGAAAAAUGUUUAAAUGAAAGUCAGUGGCACUAAGCAAUGUUCCCAACUGAUGGCAGAGAUGAUUAAGACAUGCUGCAUAGGGGGCGGAGCUUAACCACGGAACCAAACUGUCGCACACACGGAGAGCUCCGGCCAAAACGAGACAAAAUCAUGAGAAAAUAAAACUAAAAGAGCCCAUAUACCUCUGGAACCCAACAGGCAGACCGGGAGAGCAAAGCAGACACCCGACUGAUGCCCUUUACAUUCCACCAGACGGGUCGGAAAGUCCGCCACCAAGGCCUACCCAGAUUACAGGGCCCUUGAAACGGCGCUAUACAGCGCAGCACUCUCCAUAACCGCACAGCCAGCAGAGAAACACACAGAUUCGGACACCAUGGGAAGAAAAUCCCAGCGGACGGCAGCAGGUGCGUGUAAAGACACCCAUGACAUUAGCACCAUGCUCCAGCGCCCGGCGGGCCCAAAGAUGGCGGCCAGGCCUGACCACAUGCUCGGAUCAUGCUGAGGGGGAUACACCAGACCAACGGCCAUCCCAUGACAUACAGGCUGACCCAGAUGCGCUAACACCAGCCACCAAACUGGACAUUAAAAACCUUUUACUGGAACUAAAACAAAUGUCAGCGGCAGACAUAGCCAUAAUAAAAACAGAGAUCGAAGCGGUCACGGACCGCGUGAAAUCCACAGAGGAAGAUAUAAACGACAUACAACAAGAAAUAAAAGGCCUUAAAGAAACAGUAUCACAGUUAAAAUCCUCUCAACUCUGCUCAGCAAACUAGAGGCGACAGAAGAGAGGAGCCGCAAAUGCAAUGUAAAAAUCAGGGGAAUCCCUUUCUUUUACCAGUUCUACGAUUACUUAUAUACCAAGGGUUUAGUACCAAUUAGGGAAUCCAGCAGGGCACACACCCAUAUAACACUUCCUUAAGUUAAAGGGCCACCUCACAGGCGAUGACCCACAUAACGCAAUUACCGGAGACCCACAAAAGCCACCGCCAAGCCGGAGCCUGCUCAUAUACCAAUAGUACCAAUAGUACAUCUCCACCACCCCCCAGAGGCCCCCUUGGUUAGGGGUCAAGGACCCACACACAUCGUACAAUCAUCUACGAAGCACACAGGACAACUUAACGAUAGAGAGACCUAAGUUCACGCACAAUACACCCAGCAACAAUGCCCUGGACUAGGGAUACAUUGGCGAGUAGUGUGGUACGAACCUGAGUCGCCAGAGCAUCCACUAGGACCCACUUACACGAAAUAAGCGACCAUAGUACACCAAUCAGAGAUGAACAUGCUAUGCAACACCAAGAUAACUACAUGUAACUUAUCACCUUAGGGGGACCUAUGGCGACACAAUGAUAGAUCAAACAGAAUUGUUGUAACAUGUAAAAUUAACCUUAUAAAAAACCUGUGCACUGUCUUUUAAUGCCAACUGUUCAUCUAUGUUAUAUGCUUGACUACCUGAGAGAGCUGUUGUGGCAUCUUCACCACUUGUAAUAAGCAAUUGCACAACAAAAAUAAAGAAUAAAAAAAGACAUGCUGCAUAAAUCCUUCUGUUUGUGUACAAUUGUUAUCUGCUCACAUAUAGAUCUCUCUGAUGUGUCUAUUUCAUGCUCUUUGUUGCGUAACUUGCUUUUGUCAGCUAUUUAUGAUGAAGUCUCCUGUUAGAAAUUCCUGCAGAGAAUGUAUUUUCUCAUGGUAAUUGGUAAUUGGUAUGGUAAUUUUGGCCUCCAUGCUCGAAGCUUCUUUGUUGAACGUUGGUAAACUUUCCACCAGGAAUUCUGCUUUGCAGGUUCUCUUAUACUCUAUGACUUGUGAACUGAUCAUCUGUUCAAUUUUCAAAAAACUUUUAAUGUUAAAGGACCACUAUAGCACUAUAGUGCCAGGAAAACAUACACCCUCAGGGACCCCCUCCCGCUCGGCUCUGGAAGGGGGAAAGGGGUAAAAACUUACCUUUCUCCAGCGCUGGGCGGGGAGCUCUCCUCCUCCGAUGCGCCUCUUCUCCUCCCAUGCGGCUGAAUGCGCACACGCGGCAAGAGCUGCGCGCGCAUUCAGCUGGUCACAUAGGAAAGCAUUAUCAAUGCUUUCCUAUGGACGCUUGCGUGCUCUCACUGUGAUUUUCACAGUGAGAAGCACGCAAGCGCCUCUAGCGGCUGUCAAUGAGACAGCCGCUAGAGGAAUUGGGGGAAGGCUUAACCCAUUCAUAAACAUUGCAGUUUCUUUGAAACUGCUAUGUUUAUAAAAGAAUGGGUUAAGCCUAGCUGGACCUGGCACCCAGACCACUUCAUUAAGCUGAAGUGGUCUGGGUGCCUAGAGUGGUCCUUUAACAUUGUAGCUACCAUUUUAUUUGCCCCAGGUUUUGACAACAUUGUCUUGAAGGGAUACUCCAUACCCCUAAGGCACUUUAACUUGCUGAAAAGCUUUCUGUGUGAAGAGUAGUUGUGGGAGGGGCAUGAUUUCCCUACUUAAGGACCGCCAGACCCCUCCUCAUUACCAUUGUUGGUCUGGCGAUUUGCAUACCUGGACUUCCAGCUGCAGCAGAUAGCCAUUUUGCUUACCUUUCGUGGAUACCUUACCUGCUCUUAGAGUGCCUGCCCGUUCCUGGUUCAAGUUUCCAGCUGUCCAAGGCCUCCUGGAUAUUUCCCCUCUCCUCUGGUUGCUUCCGCUAACUGUCCCAAAGCCGCAGUAACAGUGAGAUGGUUGACUUUUGCAACCCUGUCGCAGGCGCACAGCGUCAUAACGGGCCAAAUCUAUUUCUCAUACGUACCUCUAUUUCAUAUGCCUUCGUAUAGUUUUUCGUUAACUUCCUUAUGAACGUACAGUUCAGGCAGUUUGUUCACUAUUUUACUGCUUGUCGGUUCGUAUACAUUGGUUUUCGUGAUGUUGCGCUCACCCGUUCAGCCUUUAGUUCGUAUGCACGAACAUUACUUACGAUUAGCACAAACAUGUCUGUUAUAUGUUUUGUUAUAUUGGAGCGUUUCGGAUGUUAUGCGGCUCUUUGCUCCUCUUUUGGGGCCUUUCGUAUAAUUACAGCCGAAUGCUCUUUUAAAGUAAUAGGAAUUCCUUCAGUCCAUGCGAACAUUCUUAUAAGUAAAUGAAUAUGCUUGAAAAGCUGCUGACCUCUAGAGGUCAUAGGGGAGUACUACACGUUAUAUAAAUUUUGAUCAAAUACUUUGUUUAAAUUUUAAUUGAUCAGCACAUUGUUGCUAGAUUUUGUUCUGCUAUUUGAUCUGUUAUAAACAAGCUGUUUUAUAGGUUGCUGGGCUUGAACCUUCUUUUUGCUGUGCUUCUGAGGUUUUUCAAGUCUCAUAGGUUCUGGUUGACUCAGAUUUCAAUUGUCCAAAUCGCUUUAGGUGGGUCCUGUUAUUUUCUCUUCAAUUGGUAGUCAGUUAUGCUCUCUUGAAGUUCUAAUAUGGGUGAUAAUAUAUAUUACAGAUUGAAGUCUCUCUGCCAUUUCACUAUCAUCUCCUCCCUUUCGAUUCCUACAAAUUUCACAUCGGUUAGGGGUUUAGAUUUGUCUUGAGGAUCCACGAUCUGACCCUCACUGCUCACAUAACCUGUUUCCUUUUUAUGUUGUUAGGUGUUAUGCCCUACUGGUUAUACUACCACUUACACUCGGCCUGGUUCAUUUUUAGGCCUAUUCGAUCAGCUGGUAGGUAUCCCAUAUUAUUGUAUGUUGGUUUGGUACUAUUUACAGUCACAUUAUGGGUACUACUUGAUUACCUUUACUCUCGUAGGUAUUGCUCGGGUUUCAUCUACUCUGUCCUACUCUAUAUCCAUCUGAUACGACAGGUAGGUGUCUCCAGUGGUCGUAACCUCUCCUUCUCCCCCCCCCCCAAUCCUGCAACUACCACUAGGGUAAGACUUUGUCAACUGGCUGUUAGGUUUCAGAGUCCGACUAUUUAGUUUUUCUGGCCUUCUUGCCUAAUCUUAGAGGUCCCGCGAGGCCAACAGCCAUCCUCAUACUCGGAGGUACUCGUGCCCAAUGGCCACCUCAUAGUUAGUCGCCUGCAUGGUGGUAUAGAGAGGGCAUCUCCCUGUCACUCCCAUGCCAUCUUUUGCUUUACUGGUCACCGAGAGGCCACUACCCUGCCACAAUUUCAGUGGCCACAAAAUCUCCUCGGGCCAACACAUGAGCCUCUCAUGCCACUUAGAUCAUUUUUCGACACUUGGCAUUAGAUGAGCUAGCCAGUACGUUAUCACUUUGGUUACUUAUGAAUCUUUUGGUCUAUCCUAGCAUGUGUGAACUACCAGACGCUAUUGUGGUUUUGUCAAGUCCCAGCAUCCCUGCAAGGUCCAUCUCUCCAUCUCACGUAGGGGACAAUGCCAGCCUGUCUUCCCUCGGGUCCUGGAAGAUACCUACGAUCAUGGCCGAAUUAAGGUGCCAGGAAGGCAAAACGUUAUAAACUACUGAAUAUCAACACGGCUAACACUGGUGCUGGUGAGUGCCCCAGUGGUGCCCACUUCCAUGCCAUCCUGUCAUCAGUCUUGUCCUCAUUGGGACGGAUUACGGAUAGGUUGGACCAUUCGGAUGCUAGUGAUAGGCCAUUGGCAUCAUCUGGAUUGGUUACUCCAGAACCUGGUCUCUUAGGCACCCUGACUGGUAAAUGUAUUGGUCCACUACAGAACACUAAUAUCAUCAACCCAGCUCACAUGGUACCAGCUAAUAUCAAGAAGGCAAGGCUAUCAAUCUAGUUUCGCUCCUGAUUGCCUCCCAAGAUAUUCUGGAGAACAAGACCUAUUCCUAUGGCGAUGUCUCUGUCGUACUGAAGGCUAGGGACCCCAGGUUGAAUAGGAAGUUGUCAAUUCCUGAGUUCGUCCUGGCUUUUGGUAUUUAUCAGGACGUGGUGAACACAGAGAGGAAUUCGACCUGUAUUUACACAAGUUGGUGGACCUGGGGCAUAAGUAUGGCGGUACAUCAUUUUAUAAUUACCACAGAUCAUUCUCCGCGGCCCUGGCUCAGUUCAAUUUUCAGACGGACUGGAGCCAGUUGGACACGGAACUGUUUUGCAGGCGCUUCGCAGGCCUCAAGUCCCCAGCUUGUGAUAUUUGCUCUGCGUCCUCACAUGCCACAAACCUAUAUCCUAAUACCUCUGAGCUGAGUGCUACCUUUCCUUUCCCUACCACCUCAGCUAAACCUGAUUAAGUGAGUAAGGACAAGCUUGGCCAUAAUAUUGUUUUUCUGGGUAAAUCCCUGAUUUGCAAUAAUUUUAAUGCAGGUUUGUGUGGAUUAAGCGCUUGCCGGUUAUUGCAUGUGUGUUCUCUUUGUUUCAGGGCACAUGCCAAGAUGAUGUGUCCAAAUAAAUUGUUUCCCAAACCCUACAUGGCCUCAAUCAAUUUGACUUGUCUUGCUGACUUACUACAGAACCAUCACUCACCCCACUUGGUGGAGUUUUUGGUGACUGGAUUCACGGAAGGGUUCCAUACUGGAAUCAUUUACAUGCCAUUCGCUAUUUGUAGAAUGUAAGAACCUACAGUCUGCCCUCGCCAAUCCAAAAGCGGUAAACAAUCUGUUACAGAUUGAAUUGGAUCAAGGUUUCCUACUUGGGCUAUUCAGUUCCCCACCUUUCUCAGUAUGGAGAAUCAUGUCAUUAAAACCGCUAUCUACUUAGCUUUCUAUGGGUUCUUCAUACGCGGAGAGUUUACCACUACAAACAUCACAUCCCAAAACGUCAUUAAGAGAUCUCAGAUUGUCAAAAUACAAGAUCACUACAUACUAUCCCUCAACCACAGUAAAACCACACAGAGAAAUCUAAUGGUAAAGAUCCCCUGUUACCCCAUCAGCAACAAAUGGUGCCCGGUACAAGUUCCAGAUAAAUUCCUAACCAUUGUUCCGGGUUCUCCUGACCAACUGUUGUUUACCUUACAUGGCAAAAUUAAUUCUCUAUAUUAGAUUAUUAUUAUUAGAUUAUUGCUGGCUAGGUUAGAUCUUAAUCCAUCCCACUACUCAGGACACUCCUUCCACAUUGGAGCAGCCACCACUGCUUCCAGCAGAAACAUACCGGUACAUAUUAUUUAAGACAUUGGGACGGUGGAAUUCAUCGGCAUCUACCAGAUACAUACCCCAUCCAAUACAGGAAAUACGUGAAGCUUUUUGUAACAUGAAUAUGUGAUAUAUGCUAUAUGACUGUCAUUGUAGGCUGAAUAAAUCUUGUUUGAUAUACGCUUUUUGCCCUCUUUUAUUACAGGCCUACCACUUCGAGGGAAAAAUGGGAAGUUUUGCAAACUGUUAGGUUAUACCCCCAAUGAAUAAAUGCAUGAAUAUGUAUGUAUCCACUAAUGGAAUAUCUACUAAACAGUGGUUUUGAGAAUUUUUAUUUGCCCAUUUGGAAAGUGUUCCUUUAAUAUUCAAGUGUCUUCUUCGGCUCAAAACGAAAUAUUAAAGGGAUUCUUUAGUGCCAGGAAAACAAACCAGUUUUCCUGGCACUGAAGAAUCCUGGAGAGACCGCCUCCCUCCCAUCCCCCAUCCCGUGCCGCUGAAGGGGUCAAAACCCCUUCAGUCACUUACCUGAAUCCAGGCUCUGCACACGCUCCUCCCCCGCUGACAUCCGCCGGGGGAGGAGACCUAAUGUGCGGCAAUGGGGCUUUCCUACGGGGAUUCCGGCGACCCUGAAGGUCCUCAUGCCUAGCGUCAGGACGUCCAGCGUUGUUUAGACAACCAAAAGUCGUCUAAGAACCCAGAAAUCCCUCUAGUGGCUAUCUGGUAGACAGCCACUAGAGUAGGACUUAACCCUGCAAGGUAAUUAUUGCACAGUAUUACAGUGUCCCUUUAAGAUCUGUUGCCUGUAUGCUAUGUUCAUCUUUUUCAUUCAGGCUAUGGGGCUAUGUGUAAUUUUGUCUCCUUUCAGAUGCACAAAUGACCCUGUUUUCACAAGGAAAUAUAUGUGCUAGUUUUAAGGGGAAUCAGGCACUCUUCUUUAUCCCAUCAUGGUGACUGCAUGCAUUUUUGUUUCCCUAUGUCCCAGAAAUACUUCACAGAGCAGUCACUUUUUUAUUUUUAUAUUUCAGACUGAAUUACUUUAUUAUGUCUCUAAUAUCUUAAGUUCAUAUUACAAUGUCAAUGAAUAUUUAAUAAGAUGCAAAUUUCACAAAUUCCCCAUUUUCUAUUGGGGAAAAAAUGAAAGCCCAAAUAUUCCUACUCCAUGUGACUCACUGUCUGUCUUUGUAUGUUCUUUUAUGCUGAAAAUAUAUCUACGGAAGUUAGCUGUUUUUCACAUUUCCUCGAUCAGGACACAGUUUGUUUGAAUAAAUACAUUGAAAAGACUUCUGGCUUCUGGUCUAUAUAUGGACGCAGGUUGCACAGUGGCAAGUUCCACAUUACUAAUACUCAAGGGGUGGGUGCCAAAUUUUUCUUUUGUGUGUGUGUGUGUGUGUGUAUAUGUGUAUAUACAUGAGAAAAAUUUGGCACACAUAUUUAGGAAUUAAAUUAAAUAGCUUUGUUUUAUUUAGCCAUAGUCACAUCUCCCAUUUAAUAUGUUUCCUCUAAAGAGUCAUCUAAUGUUUACACUUCCUUUAUUACAAAUACUGUUUAAUUUAGAAUCAUCUGCUCUGUCAGUAGCUUGCUAGGACUUGCUAGGCUAAGAGCUUCCCAUCUUUGAAUAAAUUUCAAUUUACAGAGCAAGAGAUACAAACUUCUAAAGAAAGUUAACAUGUGAUUGAAAUUAAACUUUCAUGCAGGCUGUGUGAGUCACAGCGAGGGGAGGUGUGACAAUGGCUGCAUGUACAGAAACAAAAGUGAUUCAACACCUCAAUGGCAGAUAAUUGAAGAUUAUGCUAGCGCAGUGUACUAAUAAUCUUAAUUUUAGUAAUGACAGGAGGCGAGUAUUUUCAUUAAAGCGGCACUGUCAUGCCGAACUUACCUUUCCUCAAUCUCUUCCUCUUCUCCCCCUCUCUCAGGAUCUGUUAUUCUUUUCUUCCUGUCUUCUUUAGUUUUCUUUAAAAUCAUAAGACAAAGAAGGGACUCUUUGCCUUAUGGAGGAUUCCUCCGCUUGACCAGCUCUGACCAGCGGAGGAGCAAAGUGUGCUUCAUUUCCGCUGGUCAGAGCAAUUUUCCCAUGAUCCUUACCUUCCCUCUGUGUUCCCACAAUGCUUCCUGUCAUUUUACACAAAACUGCCGAAUUGCGUUCUAACUGAAUGAGAACAGUAUGUUCGUUUCUUUUAGAACGCAAUUCGGCACUUUAUUCGGAUCGGAAUUUCAUUCUAAUGAAUGAAACUCUGAUCCUAUUCAUUGCUGUGGCUGCAUCUUGCAGCCGCUUAGUAGAUAACUCCCUAAUUCCCACGGUAUCAGGGAGCUAUCUACUAAAAGGCUGAAAGACCUAAAAUUGGUCUUUCAGCCACAUUUACUAAUACUAAGUAAAGUUUACUUAGUAUUAGUAAAUUAAAUGCCCCUACUCGCUAUACCGCGAGUAGGGGCAUGUGUAGUAAGCAGUGAGCAGCAUAUAGCUGCUCACUGUAAAAAAAAAAAAAAAAACUAAUACCCCCCCCCAUGCCCGUGGGGGCCCGAAAUAAAGAUGGGGGGGGACCUACUGUCCCCCCUGGCCCCCACCCCUGAGCGGUGGGUGGGGGCUAAUAAACCUAAUGGGGGGAACCUAGUGUCCUCCCUGGCCCCACCCUGCUGGCGUUGGGUGGGGCCUAAUAACUAAUAAGGGGGGGACCUACUGUCCUCCCAACCCUGGCCGGUGGGUGGGGCUAAUAAAGCUAAUAAGCCUACUGUCCUCCCCGACUACUUGCCUGAGCGGUGGGUGGGGGCCCUUAAAAGAUAUGGGGGAACUUCUGUCCCCAAGCUACCCUAAGCCCUUGAGGCGCGCCGCGGAGCCCAGGCUCCGCAUGGGGCGGUCAAGGCUUAUAAAGCCUUGCCCUGCCCUGCAAUUAGGCUUAGAACACUCUGAUUGGUGGGUUUAAGCCAAUCAGAGUGUUAUGAGUCAUUUUACACAGCGUGGGAAAAUUCAAAAGAACUUUCCCAUGCUGUGUAAAAUGACUCAGAGCACUCUGAUUGGUGAAUAACCAAUCAGAGUGUUAUGAGUAAUUUUACACAGCGUGGGAAAAUUCAAAAGAACUUUCCCACGCUGUGUAAAAUGACUCAGAGCACUCUGAUUGGUUAUUCACCAAUCAGAGUGCUCUGAGUCAUUUUACACAGCGUGGAAGGACUACGCUAUUCAUGACCUGCUACCUCUGAUUGUCAAUGUUCUAAGCAGUAACAGGGCGGGCAGGCUUUACCUAAUUGACCGCCCUAAACUUGAUUAAUUUUUUUUUGCGCUCGUUUUUUUUUUUUUAAAGUGCGACGGGUAUAAUGGAUUUUUAUUUGGCCUUUUUGGGGGCUGAAGAAAGAAGAUUUUAGAAAAAAGAAGACGUCAAAUGGUAAGUUUAUUUUUUUUUUACAGGUUAGUUAUUUUAUUCCCCCCUCACUAUUUUUAGGGUGAGGGGGGUAGGUAGGGGAUAGGUUUUUUUGGGUGGGGGGGGGUGACUAGGGGCUUGGGACCCCUAGUCACCUUGAUUGGGGGGGUGUUUCAUUUAGGGCCCCCACCCACCGGCUCAGGGGGUGGGGGCCAGUGUCCCCUUAUUGUUUAUUAGGGCCCCACCCACCCAGGGGUGGGGGCGAGAGGAUGGGGUCCCCCCUUAUUGUUUCUGGGGCCCCCACCCACCGCGCAGGGGUGGGGCCGGGGUGGUAGGUUCCCCCCCUUAUUGUUUAUUAGGGCCCCCCACCCACCCACCACACCCACCCACCCAGGGGUGGGGGCGGGGGAGGACAGUAGGUCCCCCUUGUGUUUACUGGGGCCCCCACCCACGCUCAGGGGUGGGGAGGGGCAGUACCCCUUUGUUUUAUUUGGCACCCACAGGGGGUGGGGGCGAGGAGGACAGUAGGUCCCCCCUUAUUAGUUUUAUUGGGGCCCCCACCCACCGCUCAGGGGUGGGGGCCGGGGGGGGAGGACAGUAGGUCCCCCCCCUUAUUGUUUUAUUAGGGCCCCCACCCACCGCUCAGGGGUGGGGUCAGGGGGGGAGGACAGUAGGUCCCCCCCCUUAUUGUUUUAUAAGGGCCCCCACAAUAGGUCCGCCCCACUUAUUGUAAUUUGUCAUUUUUUUUUCAACAGUGAGCAGCCACAGACUGCUCACUGUUUAGUAGACAUGCCCCUACUCGUGGUAUAGCGAGUAGGGGCAUUUGGGAGAUUUUAAUCUCCCUUGUGCUAUUAUGGGGGUCAUAUUGACCCCCAUAGAGUGAGGGGGGCCUGGGGGGGCUUAUGAAGUGGUGGGGAGCACUGCUCCCUGACGCUUCUAUCGUUACAUAUUACAAGGAGGGAGCUGCACGCCGGUAGCUCCCUCCUUGUAAUAAACUGAACGAACAAACUAACACUGAUACAUAGUGUUAGUUUGUUCGGCUGAUAUUUCUAUUCACUCAUUCGUCUGUCUGAUGAAUGAAUGGAUAGAUGAAAUUCCCGUUCGCAUGUCCAGGUGUUUCACUGGGCAUGUGCGGGAAUCUCAGUGUCUGCCUGGUGUGGGCUGAUGACGUGUCCCACAGGGACUUCACCUACCCACACAAAGAUGGCGGCGCCCUGAAUAUAGAUCGGGGCAGAAAAUAAGGAUUAAAAAAUAGGUAAUGUGGGGGGCUUAGGGGCAUUUGGGGGUGACUAGUGGGUCAAUUGGAUGUAGUGGAGGCGGGAGGGGGGUUAAAAAAAAAAAACGAGAUUCGGCAUGACAGUGCCGCUUUAACUUUCUUUACUAACUCCAUAGCAGCAAAGAAAAAACUGUUAAAAGAAAGAACCAAUCAGAGUGCGUCAGAGAGUAUAUAAGUCCAAGCAUGACCAAUCAUUUCCUCUUGGCUAGAGCGACAUAACAAGUCCGUAAAAUAGUAACUUUGUCCAAUUCAACUUGAACUCUUAAUCCAACGUGGAAACAUUAGGGAAUAUAAACUUCUCCAUCCCUGAGUCUUGUUAAACUGAAAAGAAAGAGAGACUAGUAUCUGUGAUACGGAACAGGCCGUAUGAAGUACAUCAUGAAGCCUCUGAAUGAGGCGAAACGCGUUUUGCACUUAUCCUACCACUCACCUUCAAUACUGUAAGGUCUUAUUUCAUUUUUAUUCUUAUUUUAUAUUACUUGUGCACUUUAUAAUAAAGCACUUUGGAACUGUAUACUUGCUUCUGAGAGUAUACUUGGCUACUAGCAACAUAAAGAAGGCAGUGGGAACCUAGAUAUCCCACAAAGCUGGAAAAUUGAGCCCUAUCUAGAGGCUCUCUACUUGAAUACUUAUUAUUGAUACCUGUUCCAAUAAGAAGAAACUCCACCAUAUACUGUAUGUAAUUUUAAUUUGUUGUGAGGUAAAAGGGAAACUCACUAAGGUGUUCUGAGUACUUCUUAUUUUAUUCUUUGUGUGUUACACUGUAAUGGCGCCAUUCUGUAUCGUAUGAAGCACAUGUCUAGGAACGUAUGUAUAAGCUCCUAAAUGACUAUACUCGACUGGUAUUAAGAUGUUAUGUUAGUUAAAUCAUGUUACAAGCGAUAACAAUACUCUUCCCCUAUACAUAUGUAUUCGUACUUAACUCAUAUACUGGGGACAGCUUAUAUCUGUUAACCUUAACCUACCUCCAUAAGGGUGGGAGCGUGAAGAUGAAGGGGAGGGAAAUACUCGCCUCCUGUCAUUAUUAAAAUUAAGAUUAUUAGUACACUGCGCUAGCAUAAUCUUCAAUUUUAUAACAUGACAGGAGGCUUCGUAUUUGCAAUUUUAACGCUUUGGUAGAAGAGCGAAUGCAGCGUUGGGCGUUGGACAAAAAUAGAAGGUCCGAAACGUCGAUUCGUGGGACCAAUCCGCCCUUUGUAAUAUGUCUGAUAACGAUGCGUCUGCCAUGAAAGCUGAUGAUGCCGCUGCCCCUCUCAGGGAGUGCUCUCCAAAGGCAGAUUCUAUCCCGGCUAGGUAGAGGAGCCACUUGAUCCAUCUGGCCAGCAUGGUGGUCAAAACCGGGCCGUGCGGGUUAACAUAUGACACCAAUAGUUGUCGUGCUGUUGAUGGGCACAACGUUUCUGUUGCCGCCACAUAUGCCCGCAAAGUCUUAACCACACAAAGUUGAGGGUCUGAGUUGAAGAAAGGGUAGAAUACCGAUGACGAGUCGGAUUUAGUCCGUCGUGAGGUAUGGAAUGUGGAGAAAGCGUCUUUGUCAAACGCCUGGACGUCCGACACUCUCCGGAAUGAGACCAUGCACAAUAGGAAGGUGAACUUGGCCGUCAGUUGUUUCAGUGACAAUAGUUCGUUAGAGGGCCAUUCCUCCAGGAAAUGGAGGACGACGUCCACAUCCCAUAGAUGUUGGUACUUAGGCGUUGGGGGUCGUCUCAAUUUGAUGCCCCGUAGUCAACAUAUCAAAGGGUCUUGUCCGACCGCUCUCCCUUGGGCAGCACGUGGGCUGCCGAGAUAGCAGAUCUGAUAACAUUGAUGGUGCAAUACGAUUUGCCUUCCUCGAAGUUAACCGAGAGGAAAUUCAUGAUAUCUGAAACAGGGGCUGUAAAGGGAUCCAGGUCCCGUCCCAUGCACCAACUGGUCCAAGAUCGCUCUUUUGCGUUCCCGGGGCCCAGGAGUCCCAUUAGUUGUUGCCGAUAAGUCGUUGGUACACCAUGCUAUCCUGAAAGAGUCCAGGCCACCAAGGUUAGGCGGCUGUCAAACAGCAUUGGGUGUGGAUUCCCCGCUGGGUCCCUGAGUAGAUUGUCGUCAUUCGGCAAUAGAAUCGGGUUCUGGCAAGACAAUUCGAGAAGAUCUGGGAACCAGGGUUGGCUCAGCCAUAGAUAUGGUGUAGAACCCUCGCAAUCAAGGCAGAUGGGGGAAAGGCAUAGGCCCCUUGUGUUGGGUGAAAGCGUCCACCACCAGACAUUCCGGGUCUGGGAGCCAGCUGUAAAAUUGUGGUACCUGGUGGUUGUUGCGUGAAGCAAACAGAUCCAGUAUUAAAGGGCCUUUCUGUUUGUAUAGGUAGGCGAACACCUGUGGGUUCAAUUGCCAGUCGCUGGCGUCUCUCCAGUGUCAGGAGUAACAGUCUGCUGUAAGGUCCGACUCCCCUGGUAGAUGUUCUGCAGUAAUCGGAAAUCUCCUUUGUUAAAUUCACCAGCGUUUGUGAUCAGGUACCUCCCAAGUGAUUGAUGCAUCGUACUGCCGAUACGUUGUCCAUCUGUAGAAGUAUACAACAGUUGGACUGUCCUUUCGUCAGGCUGCGUAUAGCAAAGGACCCUGCUAGUAACUCCAGGCAAUUGAGAUGCAUCAAGAGUUCUUGGGUUGUCCACAUACCUCCUGGACGCUUCUCCAUCUGUGGCUCCCCAACCCAAUCGACUCGCGUCCGAUUCCAGGACGAAGUCCGGGUGGUUGCCGAAGAUGGCGCGACCAUUCGAGUUCUUGCCGUGCUUUGUCCAUCAGAGGGACUGGCUGGUUGUAUGUGGGGUUUCUUCACAGGAAGUGAGCUUUCAACCGUUGCAUGGCACGGUAAUGCAGAGGACCCGGAAAUAUGGCUUGUAUUGAUGAGGACAGUAGGCUGACGAUCCUUGCCAGUUGGCGAAGCGGGAUGGAGUCUAGUUUGAGUACUCUGUGGAUCUCCUUCUUGAUGGCCGUCACUGUGGUCGAUGGGAGGUGGAGUGUGCAAGACCUGGAGUCUAUCUCGAAGCCCAGGAAUUGGAUUUUCAUUGCAGAUUUGGCCUAAUAAUUGUACUGUAUAUUCGGUGUGUUGUACUGCCAGUUCUCUUGUUCUGCAGAAUAAGAGAAUGUCGUCCAGGUAAAUGAAUCAUCUGAUCCCGUGGGUCCUGAGGUGUGUGACUACUAGUUUUAACAUUUUUGUGAAGCACUAUGGUGCGGAACUCAGCCCGAACGGGAGGCACGUAAAUUGCCAUGGGGAGUCGUUCCAUAGGAACCGUAGGAAGGGACGGCUGUCCUUGUGAAUUGGAAUCGAUAGGUAUGCGCCUUUGAGGUCUAGACGUUUAAACCAAUCCUUUUCCUGCAGGAGGUCCCUCAGUAAGUGUAUGCCCUCCAUUUUGAAGUGGCGAUAGGUCACGUGGGUGUUCAAUUCCCUUAAAUUGAUCACCGGCCUGAAAUCCCCGGCUUUCUUGGAACGAGGAACAUAUUGCUGAACAAGCCUCCUCGUUCGUGUACGGGUUGUAUAGCGCCCUUCGCAAGUAGUUUGCGGAGCUCCACUUCUAUGAGGCGAGCAUCUGAGCUUGAGAGGUGUAAAGGACGAGGAUUGUGUCUUUGCAUGGGGGGUGUUCGUAGUUCGAUGUGGUACCCCUUGACCGUCUGUAGUAUCCAAGCAUCUGUGGACAGUUUUGCCCAAUUCUGGGAAAAAAGAGAAACACGGACUGCAAUCAAUGUUAGUUGAGGCAUUGAAAAAUAUUGGUUUCUUACCUCUUGGGAAUCUUGCGCGGGCACGUCUGCGAUCACCCUUCCUCUGUCUGUGACCCUUUGGUAGUAGGGAUAGUGUUGUCUAGAGUUGGUCUCCUGAUAACCUUGUUGCGGGAAGAAUUGUUGUGUGUCCCAUGCGAGGGCCUGAUGGCCAGAAUUGGCUGGUGGCACGGCCCCGCUGCCGACCAGCCCUGAUAAAACACCCCUUGUGGGGUUGCCUUGGAAGACUACGCAUGGAUGUGCGGGCUCUGUUGAGCGAGAUAAAUAUUUACAUGCUUAUUAAGCUCUUUCAUAAAGGCCUCGCCAAAGAGUUUGCCCUGUACCUGUGGGCCCAGUUCUUUAACACCCAGAUCAGCCAGUUUGGGGUCUAUACGGAACAGUGCUGCGCGGCGCCGCUCUGCAGAGAGGGCCGCAUUAGUAUUACCGAGAAAACAGAAACCCCUCUGGGUCCAUUCUCGGAUAUCAUGCGCCAAUUCGCGCACCAAGUCCGCUGUAAACGAGUCCGCUCUGGCGUAGGCUUUGUCCGCCAGAUACAUCACUCGGUCCAUUGGCCCCUUUAAAACUCUUUUCGGUGCCUCUGCGCGGGUCGCGUCCCCUUUGCUCCAUGAACGUCAGCAUGAGCUGAUCGAAUUCCGGGGUAAGGGCCACCUUGUCUGGCAGUGAAGGUCUGGGGCACUCCGCUCUCAUCCUCUUGCGUAUGUGUUUUUCCAGUGGUUUACGUAUCAAAAAAUGCAUAAACCUGAGUUUAUUCCCCGGAGCGGGGGUGUCGAAUGUUCCUGGAGUCAAACAUUCUCUGCCCCGUGGCGUCCAGGAAUAUUGUUCCUGCGUGGUGGCUGUGGUGAAGGAUUCCGCCUCUCCUUUACUGCGCUUCAGUGGCGCCUUGCCUUUGGUGGCGGCCUUUUUGGACUCUUCGCACUUCCAGUGGUGUUUUGCCGGGCGCUCUUUCUCCUUAGCGGAGUCUUCCGACUAAUCCAAGUCUUCCUUAUUUUGGCGCUAUUUGCCAGUCGGUUUGCUAGUGUCAAUGACCGCUGGUAUCACUUUCGCUAUUGCUUUUUCUAAAGACGCAGCUACCGCUGCAUUGAUCAUGGCUUGAAGGUCACUUGUAUUAAUUGUGUCCUCCAUUUUAGUUCGGGCACUAUUUUACAGGCACAGGUAUAGGUAUAAGAGGUGAGGGACUUGAAUAGGCCGUCGGCUGUGUUAGCAUGACUCGCUCAGUGGCAUGAAAUCGGACUCUUUCACACUGGGGCUCACCCAGGAGAUCGGAAACUGCUUGGACAGGUUCCGUUAGGCAGCACUUAGGGCAGUUCCCAAUGGGGGGCUCACCCCUUGCCAGGUUACUAGGAUAUACCUAACUGGCAGACCCACUCCCCAGGGAUAGUAACACCAACCUGUGUAGGUCCAACUCAGACUUCACCUCUGCUAUUUCGCUGGAAAUGCUUCCAAAACGAGAGCCUUAGCUUGCUGUGAUUUGUACUCCUGCUAAACUUCACCCACAAAAUAGCCGCCGCGGUUCUCUCGAGAGACCCUGGGUGGCUGACAGGGAAAAGCCAGCGAAAAAAGUCCUAAAUCGCAAUGUUCAGUGAAGCGUUCGGCAGAAAACUCCUGAACGGCCAUUUGUGAAUUUAACAAAACUGCCGAACGCCAAGGUAUUUAAAAGAAAACCGAAUGAAUAGGAAUCGUGUCAAUCCAGGCGAACGGUAAGCUUCAUUUAGCUGUCCGUUCACGCAGAAAGCCAAGAACCGUGCAGUCGCACUGUUUGCACUGUUAUUAGCGCGAACAGGCGUAAUUAGCCGAACGCAGGAUGCUGCGUCCGUUCAUGCCAAAGUGCACAUAUUUCAGUGGAAAGCCCGCUUCGUUCGCACAGAUGGCGGUGCAAACAGGGCGGGAAACAGUGCUGAAAGUGGCAAACGUAGCCCCUUGAGAGGACGGGGGGGGAGAGGGGAACGUUCCAGGUUUUUUAAAACGGUUAGAGAAACCACUGCCAUCCCCAGGAAAAAUGUAUAAUUACAAUAAAUCUUUACAUACAGUAAAAUCUAGCAUAAAGUCUAACAUGCAUAACCAUACAGUUAAGAAAUCAGUACUCUGACCUGACUUGUGAUGGAGCAGCAAAGAAAGAGGAAAUGAUUGGUCAUGCUUGGACUUAUAUACUCUUUGACGCACGCUGAUUGGUUCUUUCUUUUAACAGUUUUUUCUUUGCCGCUAUGGAGUUAGUAAAGAAAGUUAAUGCAAAUACUAUCAUGUUAUAAAAUUGAUCAGUGAGAUUUCAGAGGCAUAAUGUAUACACAGAAACUACUUCAUUAAAGGAACACUAUAGAGUCAGGAACACAAACCUGUAUUCCUGACCCUAUAGUGUGACAACCACCAUCUAGCCACCCCUGGCUCCUCCUUGCCUUUAUUCCAGUCUGCUGCAGGCAGCUCUGCCCCUGAUCUACCCUAACUGUUUGGUUGACAUCAGCAGAAGUGUUGCUUAAUACCAAUCACAAUGCUUUCUCAUAGGAGUCAGGGUCAGAGUCAGUACAAGCCAAACACAGUCCUGGCCAAACAGCAUCUUCUCAUAGAGAUGUAUUGAAUCAAUGCAACUCUAUGAGGAAAGUUCAGUGCCUCCAUGCAGAGGGUGGAUACACUGAAUGUUUUGUAUUCUAUCUGUUACUGCUUUCCUAUUGUUAUAACUUUUUACAAUUAUUAUUAGUUAUAUAGCGCCAGCAAAUUCCGUAGCGCUGUACAAUGGGUGGACUAACAGACACGUAAUUGUAAACAGACAAAUGGAUGCACAGGAACAGAGGGGUUGAGGGCCCCGCUCAAUGAGCUUACAUGCUAGAGUAUAAUAGCCUUUACUUUAGUGGACGUAUAUAGAAGCAGGCAUUGAGACUCUUAAGUAAGCCGAAUUUGCUCUGUCGUUAUGAAUCAUAUCUAGGGCUGUAGUCUAAGAGUAAGUGCAAACUAUAACACAUCUUAAUAGUGACACCUUUAGACUAUCUCCACAUAUUGGAGACAUUUACCUUUAAAGUUCAACAGAUAGUACUAUAUCUAUCUCCCCACUUCCUUGUAAUACUACAGUACUAUUAAUAUUUGCAAGACAUCUUUAACUUAAGUUUAACCCCCCCUAUUGGCAAUCACUAAUAAAGACAGCAAUUUAAGGGGUAUAUUUUGCUAAAUAUUUAAUUUAUUAGUCAUCGGCUAAGCCUAAGGGCUUUGGAACUUUUAACCUGACUCCUCCCAACAUCUUUUGGUUAAGUGUCUAUUCAAUAUUUUUAAUUAAAUAUCCAGUCAACACUUAACCAUAGGGGUUAAGCCCUGAGACACUACUGGAGUGUCUAUCUGGUGACUUCAUUCAGCAGGAGGGGUCCUUGCAAGUGCAGACCGCCCUAAGCUGAAUAUCGAUUAAUGGAUACACUUAAUGGUAGUGCAGCACUGCCCCAGGAAACACCUCUAGGAGCCAUAUGAGGAGUUGCCAGUGGAGUUAUCCCUAGGCUGUAAUGUAAACACUGCAUUUUCUCUAAAAAGACAAGGGUAUACUACAAAAAGCCUGAAGGGAAUGAUUCUACUCACCAGAACAAAUACAAUGAGCUGUAGUUAUUCUGGUGACUAUAGUGUCCCUUUAAGAUAAAUUGUUUUGGUAAAAGCAGAAAAUGCUGCAGGCAGAAAGAGCGCCUGAUUGGAAAAACUGUUGCAAAAUAGUGAGCUUUGUCUGGGGCUGGCAGUCUGACCCAACAUACAUAAAGAUGGCUGUCAGAAAUGGGAAAGUUAGAAAAUUAAUUUUUAUUUAAUAAAAUUUCAGUAUGCCUGUAAAAAAUAAAUAAGAGGUUGUGUAUUAACAUAAAGAUUAUAAAAGAUAUUAAAGCUUUUAUUAUGUAGUCCUUUUAACUUUUUGAGUUUUUGUUUUUGAAUCUUUUUGUUCUAAAACUGUGGUUGCCUUCUGUGUUGCUCUGUAUAUUCUCUGCCUCUGUGCAUUCUCUGCUUACUGGGUCAGUUUUAUCUAGGGGUUUCUUGUGGCUUGUUGUGCCCCAGUUAUGAGCAUUCCUGCAUUUCCCAGAGGGCCAUCAGUCAACCACUUUGACUCAUGUUAAACAGCCCAAGCAAGUGUGCGAGUGCUUUCCAUAGGAUGUGUGCUUUUUAACUUCCACCCAGCCGUGCCAAGAAUAGUGUUUAGUGCAGUGGUGUAGCAUGGGUUGCCAGCUCCCGGGGCAAAGCAAGUAUUACAUCCCCCAAGUCAUGGAUCAUUAGCACUCCCCACGUCCCUUAACGGGAGAUUAGAUCGCAUAACCCCUCCUUCUCUACCCGUCUUGUGUCCAUGAUGUUUGUGACACUGACAGUUGCGUAAUUUUUCAAAUCUACCUCAUGCAUUUAAAGUAAAGUUUAUAGUGUAAACAAAUUACUUUGGAUGUUAGGUGGAUUAAAAAAAAUACACAACACAACUAUCAGUGGCACACACAUUAUAGAGAUGAGGUGGAUAGUUAAGGAUGAGUGAGGCUAUCUAGACAACUGACGUACCGGUAUUAUAUCAUUUAAUCUUCAAAUGGUUAAAGGACCACUAUAGGCACCCAGACCACUUCAGCUCAACGAAGUGGUGUGGGUACCAGGUCCCUCUAGUUUUAACCCUGCAGCUGAAAACAUAGCUAGAGGUGCUUCCGCGAUUCUCACUGUGAAAAUCACAAUGAGAAGACGCUGGGCAUCCAUAGUUAAGCAUUGAGUAAUGCUUUCCUAUGGGCAGUUUGAAUGCGCGUGUGGCUCUUGCCGCGCAUGCGCAUUCGGAGCUGACGUCGGCAGAGGGUGGAGAGUUUUCCAGUGCCAAGGGAGCCUGACGUUGGAGAAAGGUAAGUGGCUGAAGAGGUUUUAACCCCUUCAGCCCAGCGGGAGGGGGGCCCUGAGGGUGGGGGGACCUAAUGACCCUAUAGUGCCAGGAAAAUGAGUUUGUUUUCCUGGCACUGUAGUACUCCUUUAAUCGUGCCGUUAAUAGGCAUUACAGACACUCCUCACUUACCAAUCAUGUUCCUUCUUACAACCCGGUCGUAAAACAAAUUGGUCGGUGAGGAUGCACUAGCGAGCAUGCGCAAGAGAGCAGGUCUACGUUCAGGAAAAUUACAUUACAUUUGCAAGCUUUUCGGCUACUGGUAAAAAUAUAUGGAUGGACUAUGUAGCGGAGAGCUGGUCUCCCACAGCCUAUUUCCGCUGGUAUCCUAGAAUGGCUCAGGAACAAGAAGUAAAUCCAAUAGGCCCAAUCAGCAAUAUAAUACAAGAAUAUCCCAUCACCUUUCCCAAUAACUUGACGACACACAGUAUCAGGAGCAGAAAUUAACUAACUUUUAAUCACACAACCCCUGCUUUUAUGCAAUGCUCCCGUGCAAGGGAGCCACCCACAAUAAUUAGUACAUUAACCAAUAAAGUACAAGGUACAACCCACACAUUUCCUCCCAUCAGCUUAUCUGCUAACAGAAUUAAAAUGUACAUAUUUUUCCCCAAGUUCUAGAUGUACCCCAAAUACAUAGGAUACACCCCUAUGAUAUCCCUUGAUAGCCCUGAUCUGGGUGAAUAACAUAUUAAAAAAUCACCCAGAUCGGACCAGGGGUUCGGGGAUUAUGGGCUAGUAAAGUUUUGACCGACCGCACAGACAACAGUAUCUGAAAAUAGUUCCAUAAGUUUUGGCCUUGCGGUUGGUCUCUGUUCGUGGAAUAAAAGUCCCGAAAGGCUUGCCAUCCAUGGCUAUGCUGGCAUUUGUGUGAAUCCCCAUGUUAGUAGCAGUGGUGUAUCCUGUUUUUGUGCUGCCCUAGGCAGGACAAAACUCAGGCGCCCCCCAACCCCCCCCCGUGCGCGACCCCCACCCAUCCCUUCCCCCCCGCGCGCGCGACCCCCACCCAUCCCUUCCCCCGCCUUCUAAAUACACACACACUCACUGACAGAUACGCGUACACUAGCUAACAGAAACACAAACUCACUGACACACACAGUCAAACACAUACACUCGCUAGCAGACACACUCACAGACACACACACACACUAACAGACAUACACACACACUCACUAACAGACACACACACACUAAUAGUCACACACAAACUCACACUCCCUAACAGACACACACUCUAACACACACUCACUAACAGACACACACACACACACUCACACUCACUAACAGACACACACACACUAACAGACGCACACACACACUCACACUCACUAACAGACACAUACACACUAACAGACACACACUCACAUUAACACAUGUACUUUUUAAACCCCCCCAGCCUCCUUACCUUUGGGAGUGCUGGGGAGGGAAGGGGUUCUCUAUCUCCCUGGUGGUCCAGUGGCUGCUGGGCGGGCGGCUGACGAGGGAGCUCUUCCUGUGAGCUGUCUGCUCAGCUCCCUCGCGCGACGCGGAGUGAUGCUGGGAGCCGGAAUAUGACGUCAUCUUCCGGCUCCCAGCCUCACUCUGUGGCGCGUGAGGGAGCUGAGCAGACAGCUCACAGGAAGAGCUCCCUCGCCAGCUGCCCGCCCGCCAAUGCCGCCCAGCGCCCCAGCAUGUCUCUUAGCCGCAAGGCUAACAAGACAUUUGCUUUGGGCAUUUGGGGGGCGGCUUUUUUUGCCGCCCCCUGAAAAAUGCCGCCUAAGGCAAAUGCCUUGUUUGCCUCGCGGCUAAAACGCCCCUGGUUAGUAGGAGUCUUUCUACCGAACGGCAGCUCGUUCGGUAGUUCCAGCCCAAAGAUAUGGUAGUCUGGAGGUCUCAACGGUAAUAAAACGAAUUGGGAGCCACACUUUGAUUGAAGCCACACUUUGUAUAAGGGUGGUCUGGUGUUCGGUAGAUUUAGUUCGUUUGACGAAUGCAGUGGGUCAAUACAGUUUUAUGGGGACAAUCAAACGAAUGCUUCAUACACUGAAGAUGUAUAUAGCAGCAAAGUACCGUAAGCAUUUUAAAACACACAGUUUUGCAGACAGCUCAAUGUCCUUUGCUGCAUAAGUUAUAUAGUCCGAAGUCUUUGCAAUAUUAUUGUUAUAUGUCCUUGGCUGGUUCUUAAAGGGCCAGUAGUGCCAUACAAAAUCCCGUUAAGCCCAUCCAUUGUACUUAAAGGGCUACAUCUUCCCGGGAUCAUAAUCACUGGGCAGGAGGCAGGCAAGCAGCUCCCUCCAAGAACUCAGGGCAAACUCCUUUAAAGUGGCGAGUUUGCUACAGACUACUUCUUUUUUGCUCAAAGAGAAAUAUGCUCUUGAUAAAUCACAGUAGCACUUUACAUGGACAAACAAGAUUGUAAAAUGUAAAUAAAGUUAAAUGUAUUCGUUCAUAAACUGAAUACUAUAUUAUGCGAAAAAAAUAAAUAAAAGAUGUGCAACAUGCUAUAAAUUGUGCUUAUAGAAAGAUUUAUUCCUGGUUGUCUUAUGUUUGAAGUAGUGCUACCAAGAAAACCUGUUUUGUUUUGUUUUGUUUUUUGCAUUAGGCUUAUCUGCUCCAUGUACAUUGAAUAAAAUUUGUACUGCCUGCAGAGACUAUAUAGUAGUUUGAGCUGUGCCUAAGGUUGGGCCAGAUGUGGCUAAACAAAUCUAUGCAUUCUGUAGAUGAGAAAUCUCAUAUUUCACAGGGAUGAUAUGUAUUAUGGGAAAAUAAGGGUGCUGACAAUUUCUUUGAAUUAUAGUGCUAGACCAUGAUCUCUACCUGUUAAAAAUAGCAGAAUGGUCUUGCUUUACACACAGUUAAACCAAAAUAGUUGUGUUGAUAAGUCAAUUAACUCCUUAAGCAUUUGACGAGAACGCUAAAUCACCAUAUUUGUAUCUGGGUUUGACACAUUUCUAGUUUUCUUUAUUUUUAUUCUCUGGGACUUUUUGCAGCAUAUCACACAAACUAAAACAUGCCAAAAUAACAGUGUGAAAGAUUGAGUGUGUGUGUGUGUGUGUGUGUGUGUGUGUAUAUAUAUAUAUAUAAUCAAUCAAUCAAUGAUUUUUCAUGUGAAUUUGAAUACACUGAAUUUAUUUUUUCUUUAUUUCAUUUCUAGUAUUGUUACAUAUUGAGCCCUGGGAAGCACCCUGGUCUGUUUAUGUGUUAACAUAUUUGAUUGGGCAGAUUGAGUGGCCGAUUUUUCAUAUAUAUAUAUAUAUAUAUCGUUUUAGUUGCAUGUGAAUGUUUGUAGUCGAGGCAUGUGAAUGAAGAUGGAUUUGGGUUUGUGAACGCAUUUAUACACAUAGGUGUACGUUAAAGGGACAUUAUAGUCACCCAGACCACUUCAGCUCAAUGAAGUGGUCUGGGUGCCAGGUCCCCCAGGUUUUAACCCUUCAGAUGUAAACAGAAAAGAGAAACUAUGUUUGCAUUGCAAGGUUAAUCCAACCUCUAGUGGCUGUCUACUUGACAGCCACUAGAGGCGCUUCUGCGACGCUGGAUGCGAAAAUCGCAUCCAGCGUGCAGAACGUCCAUAGGAAAGCAUUGUGAAAUGCUUUCCUAUGGACUGUUUGAAUGCGCGCUCCACUCGGGAGCUGACGUCGGCGGGGGAGGAGAGGUCACCAGCACCGAGGUAGCCUGGCACUGGAUUAACCCCUUCAGCGCCAAGGGAGGGGGACCCUGAGGGUGGGGGGUCCUAAGGAUGAUAUAGUGUCUGGAAAACAAAUUUGUUUUCCUGACACUAUAGUGAUCCUUUAAAAAACAUAGAGUGGCUCUGAGGAGGUUUGUCUGUAUGAUGUAUAAUUUAUUUUUUUACACUGACUCAAGUAUUUAUAGCCCAGUUAACAUCUGUCAGGUGGUUGUGUGUUAACCCCGUGAGCUCCGGACACAUAAGAGUUGGGGUAUAACUGCAAAUUUUGAAUUUGCAGAUGGGGACAUGGAUUUAAACUUAUGACUUCUCGUCAGAGGUGUUGGGAAUGAAGCUUGCAAGCACCUCAUUGUAUUCUCUUGCGGACCUUGCUCCCCAUCUACUGUCGGCAACAUGGGGCAAUAAGCAGAUUCAAAAGUGGAUGGACCCAGUGAAACAUACUGCACAUUGUUUAAGCUUAUCAGUAUUAUGCAGUUCCUGGCUGACUGGGACUAGUUAAAAGUAUCGGGCAGAAGCAACGACUCUUGUAGAACUUAUGUUAAAACGACCCUGCAAUGGUGACAGAAAUCUGGUCUCUAGUUGACAUUUUUGGGUCCCCAUAGUAAUCUUGCGCCUGUGAAUUGUUGAGCCCUGAUUUAAAUUAUUAUAAUGAUGUAUUCAGCAUUCCAGUACUGUGAUCAAUAUCUUUCUAGUGUUUAUGAGUAAUGCUGUGUCUACUUGAUAUGUUACUGGGCGGUGCCUCAGACUUUUGUAGUAGCAAUUAAAGUAAACUGACCAAGCAAUCCAAACAUGGCAGCAGAACAUCCCAAGCAAUCUUCUUCUUCACAGCCAAGAUAGAGGGAACUGGGCCAACAGACAUUCCUACUUAAGCCAUAAAAGAUAAUUCAAGAACCAUUUCUUGACACUGUCCUCAUAUGCAUUUCUAAUUUACCAUGAGGAUAUGUUUAAUGUGUCUGCAUACACAGACAUUUCAUGUACCGUUGUGUGUGGCACAAGCUAAGCAGCCAAGAGUGCAGUUCCCGUAAUUACUUCCAACAUUGACAUCAGUGAUUCCUUAUGAAUCAGCUGCUGUAAGCCACUGUGGUGUCUGACAUAAAGCGUAAGACAGAAGGCAGUGUGUAGUUUCAAGGAAACAAGGGACAUAAUUAGUAUCUCUUGUUCUUAUCAAAUAUUGUAAUGCUCAAGUUUCCUGUUAACAACAUAUAUGGUCAUUUCAAUGAUUUUUUUUUUCUGCUAAGUAUUUGCUAAUUUCUCACCCAUUUAAGUAAGUUUGUAAAUGACUGUGUGAGACAGGAAAAGGAUAAAUUGGGGGAAAUAAAAGAUUAUAUAUGAGACAGAGGCCAGCAUAGUAGAUAAGCUAGCCCAAAGUAACAUUUGGAACGCGGGGUGGAAUACAGCCUUCAGAAAUAAGAUUACAGUGAAAGAGAAUUAAAGUAUACAGAAUUAUGGGUAAUGAAGAACAGUUUAUAAUAACAAUUACUGUGUAUUCUUAUAACAAGUAUUACUAUUUAUUACUGUUAACAUUUCUCUUUCUCCUUUUCAUGAAGUAUUUUAGCAAAAGCCUAGUAAUAACCUCAAACAACUUACCCUGUUUGAGAUGACUCAAACAACUUACCCUGUCUUGCUGAAGUAUAAGAUCAACUGAGAAUGAAUCAUAUUCAAACAUAUUCAGAACUAUGUUCUGUGUAGUGUAUCAGUACUCAUGAUUUUUACAGCUUAUGUUUUAUGAAACUUAUAUUUGCUGUGGAAGAAAAUUGUAUUACUAUAAGUAAUUAAACUUGAAAUUAAAAACAGAGGAAUGAGCACUGGCAUUAAUAGUGACAUUUUAGAGAUAAGGCCAACCACACACAAAGUUAUACAUUAACAAAUUGAGCAUGACCUCCUUACUCUUUAUAUUAGGCACUGGUGGUAAGGGCCUGAUUAAAAUAUUAACUGAUGGUGAUGCAAUUUCUUUUUCUUUUUCUUUUUUACCACUCUUCACAUGUUCUUGCUUAAGUAUGGAAACUUAAGAUGGAUGUAGGGGAACAAAACUGGUGUGGACGGGCUGACCAUGAAAUUAGUUAAAGGAACACUGUAGGCACCGAGACUACUUCAGCUCAUUGAAGUGGUCUGGGUGCAAAGUCCCAUCACCCUUAACCCUAGAGUGGUAAUUAUUGCAGUUUUGAGCUAGCUCUUGCUGCUUCAGUCUCUCUAACACUGUAGCAUGUUCCAUUUCUUCUGCACUCACUACAUACACUUUUUCUCUGUCCCAGACUGUAUAACAGGAGCUUCUUCCUGCUAGUAAGGUUAGGAGAGGAGUGGACCAGCAAGUGCUAGGGGACAGUCCUUAGAAAGCGUAGAACUAGCGCAUCAUUAGAUGCAUUUUUGCCAAGCUCAGGGUGCUGUCUGCAUGGUAUGCCCUUGGUUGACCAUCCUGCAUGGUUGGCAGGCAGCCUGAUGUGCAUUCAUGCUUGGUGAUAUAAUGGUUUUUGGUUUUUCUGUCCAUAAGAUUCUGUAAUUAGGCCCAUCAUAACUGUCAGCAUGAGGCCCAAUGGGCUCCUAAUCCGGCCUUGCUGGUGGUAAAUAACAUUUGAAAUUUGUUCAGGAGACAUGAAAUAUGCUUUUGGGAGGUACACACUGGUAGGCACCACUAAUACAUAUUUUAUGGAUCUACCUUACUACUUUUAUUGUAACCCACAUCUUGGCAGUAUUUUGGAGACUAGCCAUUUCUAUAGUCCAUUAUCCAGUAUUGAAUAUUCUCAGUAAAUAAUUUGGGUUCAUGAAUCAAUGUACAAAAAAUUAAAAGAUCUACAAUACAAUAAUAAGAGAGAAACAUAGUGUGAUACUAUUGUAAAGAUUUAUAAAAUGAAGAAUUGAUAUAGUAGUUGCACUCACAAACCAAAAUUGAUUGUAGGCGUAUCAUCAAUAUGGUUGAAAACUCAAAAUUCACAGGACAUCAUGGCCAAUAUGGAGAAGGAAAGGAAAAUAAUAAUAGUGCAGAGUAUCUUAAUAAAGGUGAAUGUUUUAAUAUAAAAAUACACUUACAAAAUUGAAGUAAGAUACAGGCACAUCAUACAAUGUCAGUUCAAUCACAGGGUCCCAGUAGAAUGGAGCAUCAGAAAGAACAACAAUUAUAAUAAAAAAUAAAACAGAAUCAAAAUAAAAUUACAAAUAACUAAAUAAAAUAAUAAUAAAACUCUGCACUAAUGGAGAUAGCCCUACGCGUUUCGUUCAACUAAUUGAACAUCCUCAGGGGAAAAUAAAACCUCCUUCUAGCCAGCAUUAAUGUCCUUACACUCUGAGUCUUCUUUUAAACCUUCCAAAAGUCUUUCAAUUUUGGCGCGCCGGAUGGCCGAACCUAUCAGCGGUGGACUUCCGGGUUCAUCAUAAUGGAUACUCCCGGAUGUACUCACACUUCCGGAAAUGCGGUUCAAGCCUUGUUUUCAAAAUGAGGCCGGAGAUGAUGACGCAGUGAUAUGCGUUCCACUCGGCAACUUGCGUUCCACCAUAGACACGGAAAAGUCACAGAAGAAGUUAUUACAAAAACAUCUUUUCCCACAUCUCAGAAUUAAUUGUAUAUUCAUAGAGAUCCCAGCAAUAAGUUUUAUCUUGUCUCGACCUUCACCCAAACAAAAUAAUGACCCAAAAAUAACAUUAAUUAACCAUAAUAACAGAAUAUAAUAACACAUAAUAAUGUAAAAAAAGAUAAUAUUGUAAAAAAAUAAAUAAAAAUAAUAUUAAAAUAAAGAACAUAUCGGGGGCGGGGCCGGACCGCCGAGCUGGAUGGCAGCUCAGCUCCUACAAAUUAAUAACUAAAUAGCCACAAAAAGAACGUUUUUAACCAUACCAAGGACUGCCAGCGCCUGUCCUCAGUGUACAGGGGACACUGGAUCCAGGGUGAGGCUGGCUCCUCAAGCUACAGUCCCCAGGAGGAGAGACCCUUGAUACCCUAAUUUGGGCCUACUCCGGCGGUGAGUGGGGCGGACGGCCGCUGCUCCACUAUCCUGCCUAACAGACCCAACCAGAGGACGGCAGCCGGGUGGAUCUGGCCCUGUCCCCCCCCCCCUGGACCGGUGGGGGUGAUCCCGGUCUGCACCCUGGGACCCAGACCGAAGCAGCACAACCCGGGGGCCAACAGCACUGCCACCCAGCCUCGUGGCCCAAACGCCUCAAUUAAAAUGGCGGCGGACAGAAGGAGGGUAUGCCCUUUCCACGAUCCUGAGGGGAGCAAGGAGACCGCCGGGAACAAGCUGGUCCGACGUCUAUUAUGGCAGGCAACAAGUCACUACUACAGCAACCAAGCAAAAAAAAGGCUAACCACUCACAGCCACCCCUGGUGAGACCGCGCCACCAACUAACGACCAACCGACAUCUCGACUGCAAGAAACUCACAGGGGGCACCGUUAAUGCAGAGACUCAUAUGACCUUUAAGCGACAACGCUACUUCACCCUCUUACCAGCAUUGAGCCACAAAGCAAAAGUCUCUCCACCAAGCCGCAAAGCGGAACGGGCGGACAACAUCCACAAGGCUACAAGCGAAUGGGCACAACAAUGCUCCACAACCCACUGGAUGAUCCAACGUCCCCACUACUACUCCUACCGGAGCAACAGGUGGAACAUGAACAUGACUGCAACCUUGAACACUAGCGGCAAGCAUAAAAAAACUGUCUAAAUAUAAGAGACUGCCAACAUAAAGGGGGUUCUUCGUAACUCAGUCGUUUUUACCAGCUACCAGUCAGGAAUACCGGGAUCUGCACUUAACUAGCUAAUAAUGUUGUGUCUUUUUCUCGGGAGGUGGGAGGCAUAGCUAGUUAAUCUGGGUCCAGGGAAGUGCUUGUAACUAAACGCUUAAAUACUGAAGCACCACAUCUGGCAAGGCGCAAUUUUGAUGUAUAGGCUCCAUCACAUAUCAAUCGAGUUACAUGUUAAAACUAGCCUGAGGCAAUUACCGUUGACAGAACCCUAUUACUUUGUUUUUAUAUGCCAUGGCCUGGUUUAUUUUUCUCUUUCUCUUAAUUCAUCGACCGGUUGCUAUGCCCUAUAAUGAUGCCUGCCUAUUGUUUAUGUUAGGACACACACUAACUCGAUAAUAUUAUAUCUAACAAGCACUAGGACAGGAAAUGGACCUAAUAAUCUAAGUAUGAGCAAAACUGUAUUUCUGAUAUAUGUGUAACACUACUAGUCUAAGCUGGUUUCCCCUAAGUUUAAUAAUUGUUUAAGUCAAAUGAUUGCUAAAAUGUGCCGGGCAUAGAACAACAACCACCUGUUAAUAAGCAUAACUAUCAACAACUCGCCUUCAUUUAACAUGGAUCGCAUGUAUUCGUACGCAUACUUACUUAUAAAAAUGUGCAGCUUAAACCUGUCAUGACUAUGUUUACGUUGAUAUUCCUGUGACUGCUGUCGUGGCAUAACAGGCAUGUUUGUAACCCAUAAUGCACAACAAAAAUAAAGAAUAAAAAAAAAAUAAAGAACAUAUCAAAAACUUAUAUAAAGAAAACAAACUAAAUCAAAAUCGACAUUAAGUCCCUUUGGCUGCAUAGUUUGUAGAGUAUGAAUCCAAUAUCCCUCUAUCUUCCUCAACAGCAACCCAAGAUCGCCACCUCUCUCAUCUACAACUACCUGUUCAAUAACAGUACAUUGAAGAGUGUUAAAAUUAAAAGAAGGGCAUUUAUUACAGUGCACUGGCACUGAAUGAGUUAACAUAUGUUUUCUGAUGUUAUUUCGAUGCUCCUGAAAUCUAAUUUUAGCUUUUCUUCCAGUCCUCCCCACAUAUUGCAACCCACAUCCACAUGUCAGAAGGUAUACAAUAUGGGUGGAGGAACAGGAGACUAGACUUUUUAUUUUAAAUGUCUUUUUAGUUUGGGUGCUGCUGAAAUUAGUAACAGUUUUAUGUUGGUGAUUACAACUAACACAAUUCCCGCACGUAAGAAAACCUUCUUUGGUUUUGGCUGUUUUAUUCCCUGAUCGAAAGGUACUAGGUGCAAGAAUUUGUUUAAAAUUCACUCCCUUCCUAAAAAUAAUUUUAGGAACCUGGGGAAUCUGGGUGUUCAAGUAAUCAUCCUCAAUGAGCAACCCCCAAUGUUUCUUAAUGAUCUUUUGUAUGUCGAAAGCUCUGGAGCUAUAUUGGGUAUUGAAAGAGAAAUCGAACAUAGGAUUUUUAAUGUCCGUUUUGUUUUUGUCAACCAAAAGGUCAUCUCUAUUGAUAUUCCCUAAUCAUGCAAAGUAUUUUAUCACCUUUGUCUUUGUCCAUCAUGUUAAAAGUUAGUUUAACCAGCUCAGGCCCAUAUAUCUUUCCUGUUCCUUGUUUAAUGGUUUUAUUUCCCUACUUAAAUACCUCUGUCUUAUCUCUGUAAUUCUCAAUCUUUGCUUUUGUUUUUCCUUAAAUGACCUUAAAUCAAAUGUCCAUCUAUGCACCCCCCCAUCUCUUAGCCCAUCUGACCCUAAUAUACAUCUCUCUCCCACAGUCUGAUUUUUAAACAUACCCAGUCCAGCAUAGAACUCAGAGCUCCAUCAGCUGUUCCAUGGCCAUUUGAAACAGGUAGCCUUCUGGAAGACUGACUUUUCCCUCCCACCCUACCCCUCGCCCACCCACCCCAUGGUCAUUUUCUCAUUUGUAGAUAGUCUCCCACACAACUUUCAAUCUACUGAAAUGACAGGUGAACCAUUGAUCAGCACACCCUUUCAAUCUCUUAACCCUAUAGAACACAUACCCCCUGUCACUACAAAUAGAUAUAUCACACACCAAAACCAUAUACUUCUAUUUAAAAAAAAAAAAAAAUUUCUCUCACAAUUUGUUUCAUUUUCAACUACACACCUCAUACCACUAACAUGAAUCCUAAUAUAACCAUACUGUUAUUCUUAAUAACCCUUUUCUCAAUCCUAUUUUGUUCACACCACUACCAGCAUAAGCACACACCUCAAACUGGAACACAAAUUAUAAUACACCAUGGCCUGCUCUGUUCCUUUAACUUAUCUGCUGAGUGCUGGUGGAGAGUUAUACAAAAUAGCCCUCCUACCCCAAACUCACAAAAUUAUAAAUUAUCCCAUUCACUAUAUGGCCAAACAAAGAUGAUGUCCAAAUUCCUACUCCUUAUGUUACUUGCCCUUGCAAAUGAUGUGGAGUCUAACCCUGGUCCCCCAGCUAAUUCUAGUCCUAAUCUCCCCACUAAAAAAGGCCUCUCUUUUGUGCACUGCAACAUCCAUAGUUUACUCCCUAAACUGGAUGCACUGCAAGCCUGGUGUUCCCAUUACAAACCAAAAAUCAUUGUGCUCUCAGAAUCAUGGUUAACGUCUAAAAUACCGGGUUAUUCAUGUUUUAGAAAUGACAGAGCAAAGAGAGGAGGAGGCAUUGUUAUUUAUGUUGACAAUUCCAUAAAGUUUACCCCUUUACAAAACUUAGUCCUCCUGCCAUCUUUGAUUUCCUUUCUGGCACAAUUGAGAUCCCGUGCAGUAAAUCAAUCAUUGUUGCAGGAAUCUACCGCCAACCUAGCUCCCCUGUGCAUUCCCUUCCUUACAUAGCCCAUCUCCUUAGUGAAACCAUAGCUCAAAACCCAAAAAGUGAACUGUUGGUCUUUGGAGAUUUUAAUAUUGAUUGGCUGAACCCUAAAAAUAAUAGUUCUUGCACGCUGUUUAAGACUUUGCAGCUAACGCAAUUAAUCUCCUCCCCAACUCGCAUAAACAUUAAAAGCCAUAACCAUACCCUGCUAGAUUGGAUUCUCUCCACUUCUCCUGAUAGAAUCCAGGAGGUUGGUGUUCUCCCAAACACGUUCAGUGUUCACUGUUUAAUGUACUGCGUGCGCAAAAUAAAGGCUAUUAAAUCCUCUCCCAAGGUUAAAAUAACUAGGUCCUUCAAAAAAUGUAAUCUUGAAUCCUUUUUAAAUGACAUCAAGAAUCUCUCAUGGCACACAUUAAACAUUAUCCCAGAUCUAGACUGUGCUGUUGAAUAUUUUCAGUCUGAACUCUUACAAAUUUGGAAUUUGCAUGCCCCGCUGCAUAAGGUGAGGGUAAAAGGAGCACAUAUGAACUGGAUCACAGCUGACCUCAUCCAAAUGUACCAGUUCCGGGAUUCUUUGUGGUCAAAGUUUAAGCGUACUGGCUCUAUGAAUGAUCACGGUGCAUAUAGACAAUGGCGAAAUAUAUGCACAAAACAGACAAAACUGGCCAAGGUCCAAUAUUUCUAUGAAAAUCUGAACAGUAACAUCUCAAACCCUAGAAACUUUUGGAAAGUCAUAAAUAAACUACAAACUCCCCCAAUCCACUCCCAACCCUCCACUGUCAAAGUGGGUAACCAAACCCUGCAACUUCCCUUAGAUGUAGCAAAUGCCUUUAACAAUUAUUUUGUCGGAUGCUCUACUGCCCUGAUUGCCAAGCUAAUAAAUGACACGCAUCCUGAAACUACAAAUGUGGAUCAGGCCCCACUAAAUUUGCAAAGGCCCAAUAUAGAUAAGUUUAAUUUUAGACCUGUACCUGUUAGUGUCAUUAAAAAACAUCUUAAUAAUCUAAAAAUGAAAAACCAGUCCGGACCUGAUCAAAUCCCAGCAAUGCUGUUGAAGCUCAGUGCGCCGGCAAUUGCUAAACCCGUCUCAACUCUAAUUAACGAAUCCUUGGUGUCUGGAUACAUACCCAAACUUUGGAAGACUGCGAGAGUAGUGCCUAUCCAUAAAAGUGGUGACACUACUUUGGUUUCUAACUAUCGCCCAAUAUCAUUGCUCCCGGUAUUGUCAAAAAUCUUAGAAAAAUGUGUCCAUACGCAACUUUGUGAGUACUACCAACAAUUAAACUAUCUGACCCCUGAUCAAUCAGGCUUUCGCCAGAAUCACUCCACUACAACUGCCCUCCUAAAAGUUUGCAAUGAUAUCCAAACUGGCAUGGAACAAGGAGCCCUAACUGGAGCUAUUUUCCUUGAUUUUGCUAAGGCCUUUGACACAGUAGACCACGACAUUCUACUGCACAAACUCGAAAACUCAGGUAUUGGUGAUCAUUCUUUAAACUGGUUUCGAUCGUAUGUAUCGGAUCGCUUGCAAUAUGUGUCCAUUUCUGACAGUGACUCCCUCCCUCUCCCAGUCACGUGUGGUGUUCCCCAGGGUUCCAUUCUCGGCCCCCUACUAUUUACAUUAUUUAUAAAUGAUCUGCCUAAUGUCUGCCAAUCCUCAAAUGUACACAUGUACGCAGAUGACACAGUAAUCUAUGCGAGCAAAUCCAAUCUACCGCAACUUGAGGCUUUGCUCCAAGACCAGUUUACAGAGGUAGAAAAGUGGAUCGCAAAAAACAAACUCUUCCUGAACACUGACAAAACUGUCACAAUGAUCUUUGGAACAGUACCUAAAUUACACAAAUUACACAAUCCCCACCUAUCCAUCAAAACAAAUUCAAAUGGCACACUGACCGCAGUCCACUCUUUCAAAUACUUGGGUAUGAUAUUAGACCCCAAUCUAUCUUUUGGCCUGCACAUAGAAAAGCUUGCAUCUAAACUUUAUCCAAAAUUAGGUGCCCUGUACAGAAACAAAGCCUGCCUAAGCCCUACAGUAAAGGAAAAGAUUGUACAGCAAAUGCUGAUGCCAAUCAUUGAUUAUGGGGAUGUAGUAUAUGCGUCUGCAUCGCAAUCCCACAUUAAUAAACUCAACACAUUGUAUAACUCGUUCUGCCGAUUUGUGCUACAAUGUAAUUACAGGACCCAUCAUUGUGACAUGCUAAAGGAACUAAACUGGCUGUCGCUGGAAUCCAGACGCACCAUUCAUCUUUCCAGCCUUGUUUUUAAGAGCUUUUCUGGGAAACUCCCACCCUACCUGAACAAAAUGCUUUCCCCAGCUGUGACCACUUUCUAUAAGCUCCGAUCCAGUACAAGCACUUUACUUAGUCUACCUCAAUACAAAAAGAAAGCGGCCCGAUCCUCCUUCUCCUACAGAGCGCCGCAAUUGUGGAACGACCUCCCGCACAAUUUAAAAUCUUCCCUAAGCCUAAAGUCAUUUAAGAGAUCCCUCUCUACAUACCUCAAAACAGAAUGCACGUGUCAUGGUUGAUUAUAUAUUUCCUGCCUGUUCUAUGUUAACUUUUGUAUAUAUUGUGUAUUAAUAUUGUUUUUGUAUUUUGUUGUACCUAAUGUAACAAUGCAAUGAUUUGUGGACCCAGGACAUACUUGAAAACGAGAGAAAUCUCAAUGUAUCUUUCCUGGUAAAAUAUUUUAUAAAUAAAAUAAAAUAAAAUUAUCUCGGCAUCUAGAAGUUCCGGAUGGUAACCUUUUUCUAGAAACCGACUUUUCAAGAUGUUCGCUUGUGAAUAAAACAACUCCAAAUCACUACAGUUUCUACGCAUCCUGAUAAACUGGCUUUUAGGGACACCCCUAAGCCAGUUUGGAUGGUGUCCACUUGCAGUGUCAAUAAAGCUGUUCGUGUCGGUAGUCUUGAAAAAGGUUUUAGUCUUAAUGCCCCCAUUUUCAAUGAAAAUGGAUAAAUCGAGAAAAUCUAUAUUGGAGAUGCCCACCUGGGGGGUAAACACUAAGGAUAGAGAGUUGAGAUUAAUGUACUUGAACAUUUUUUCCAGUUCAUCCAGAAGACCGCGCCAAAUGACCAAAAUGUCGUCAAUAUAGCGCCUCCAGAGCACCAAGUUUGCACCAUAGGGAUUAUUGGACCAAAUUGACAAUCUCUCCCAGUAGUCCAUAAAUACAUUGGUGUAACUAGGUGCAAACUUGGUGUCCAUUGCUGUGCCCUUAGUUUGAAGGAAAAAUUCUUUAUCGAAGCUGAAAAAAUUGUGGGUUAAAAUAAAGCGAAUAGCAUCUUCUAAAAAGGUGCGGAAUAUGGGUGUAAGGUUGAUGUCAUUAUCUAAAUUGUUCUUAACCGCCUCAACACAGAGAUCAUGAUCGAUAACGGUGUAGAGAGAGGUUACAUCUAAGGUAACCCAAACAUAUCCAUCCACUUGAUUGAUUUUAAUUCUUGGAUCAGAUGUUUAGUGUCUCUAAGAUAUGACAUCGCUCCCUGAGCAUACUUUUGUAGAUGGAAAUCAAUAUACUCAGAGAGCUUCGAUGUCAGAGAGUCUAUGCCGCUAAUGAUCGGCCUACCAGGUGGUCUUUCUCUACACCUGUGGAUUUUCGGAAGAAAAUAUAGGGUGGGUACCUUGGGGAAUUCAGAAAAAAUAAAGGAGUAAGUGGGUUCGUCAGGGGCGCCUGACAAUUUAGCCUUAUUUAAAAGGAUCUUUAGUUCUUGAUUGAACUUAAAAUUCGGAUUAUAAGUUAACUUCUUAUAGGUGAGGUGGUCAUCAAGUAGUCUAUAAAUCUCGGUCACAUAAUAUUCAGUUGACAUAAUUACAAUGCCCCCUCCCUUAUCUGCACUCUUGAUGGUCAACUCCUUCCUGUGUUGGGUGCAUCAUUUAUACAACCUUCCUUAUUUUUCUUAAUAAAAAAUCUCUUAAUUGACAUUUUCCUAAUAAACUUCUGGGCAUCUAUAAAUAACUGAAAAAAAAUUGGGGGUUCUUCUGGAACAAACUUCAAACCCUUACUUAAAAGAAAAAUUUCCUGAGGGGUUAUGUCAAAUUUUGAAAUAUUAAAAACACCCAAUUUUUCUUCUAAUUGUCCCUCCACUCAAUCUCCUUCUUUUCCCCGGGGUAUUUCUCUCUCUUAGUGGCAUGAAUCGAUUGGUUAGGGGUAAUUCUUGAGACCUGGGGGGAAAGAACUCCGUUAUUUCUCCCUUUCUUCGGUCUCGCCCCUUCCCUAAAAAAUCCCUAUUAGAAUCAAUGUGCAAAUCUUUACCUUUUAUUGGAAUGACUGAUAAUAUGAGGUCUUCCAUAUGGUGGAGUCAAGCAUAGGUAGUGUGGUGGACUGCUUCCAAUAUAGGGGUAUGAGCCCUUUGGCCAUAUUAAGUGUCAGAAAAGUCAGGGAUAUUCUGUAUACUGACGAACUUGUUAGAAUACAAAAAAUGGUUCAGCAUUAAUCAACAGAAAAGGGCAGCAACCCUAAAAGGGGAAUCCCUCUAAACCUUUUAGAGAAUAUACAGAAAUAAAAAGAUUAUGCACCAAUAGAUUUUUGGAACAAACAAGAAAUAGGUCAAUGUGAUAGUCCUCACAAAUAAAAGUCUCUUGAUAGUAGACGUUUUAGUCUUUAGUACAGCAAGGACUUUUUUUUGGGUAGGGCAGCUGUCUUUAUUUUCUUGUUGAUGUAUAUUAAAAGACAAAAGCAGAAAGACUGUAAUUAGUGUAAAAGUGAUGUAUAUGAUAAUAAAUAGUUCGAAUAUACUCACAAAUAUAGAGCAGACUAACUGCUCUAUGAUGACUGUGUUGGUGGUUUGAUCCCCACCUAGGAUUGCUUUGGAGUAGAGCUAAAAUAUGCCAGGAACUAUGAAAAAAAUAUUAAAACUAAAUAAAAGAGGUAAUUGGCACAGCACAUAUGUGUAGUGACCAAAAUCCUUUAAUAGUUGAAAUACAAAGUAGUAACAUUUGGCUUUUUCAAAUAAAGUAAAAACAUACACCUGGCUAGAGAGGGUUUAUAUAGGCAUAAAACCAAUUAAAAUUGGAACCAAAAAGACAGUGUAUAUUUUUAUUACUGACGAACUUGUGUUGGUGUGGUGUAUUAACAUGUAGGCAGGUGUAAAAGGUGGCGGGUCACCUAAAAAAGGUUUUGAGAAUGUCCCACCAAAUAUGAAGAAAGGUCCACUACACUCCCUGAUAUAGCCAGCAUUGAUUCUUCUGUCUGGUAUCAAUUGUGUGCAAUAGGUGUGACAUUUUGUACCAAAGUGAUUUACUGGAAUUGGCACCGUGUAGUGUAAGAUCACAAAUCUUCUGCCAUUGCUUAGGUUUGAUGGAAAGCCCAAGGGUUUCCUACCAUUUUCCAAAAGAGUUUAAAUAAAGGGUCCCUAGCCUGGUGUUGGGCAGUAGCAAUGAAAAGCGUUAUCCCAUGGUCUAUGGGGUAAUAACCAGAGCAGAAUGCUUUGAACGAAGCUAAGUCGCAAAGCAGUAAAGGGUGUUGUGGUAAAGAGAUUAGUUGUCUAUCCCUGACCUGCAUCAUGAAGGAUUGGUCAGCCCCUCCCUUAGGGUAGAUAUAGGUUUUACCUGUCUGUCCUGUAUCAAGUGUCAUACCAGUGGCCGUCAUAAGAGUUGUUGAACAAUCUUAGCUUAAAGUGAUGGUGAAAAGGCUGAUUUGUGUAUUUUGGGAAGCAGAGGGGAAGGGAAAGACCUAAGCUCCCAUUUAAGUGCCACAGUCUGCCACACUUAUAGGGUGGCCUAUAAUAAUGAAUGUGGUACAGCUACUGUUUAACUAUGCUCUAGAUCCAUCCAGAUUAGUUCUGCCAUUGGCCUACCCAGCUACGGCUCCAACUUCUUUCCAUAGUUUAUAUACCCCCUCUUUGGCCCACUCCACAAUCCAUGAGUGUGUUGCCUGGUAGUAACAUUUUAAAGAUCACACACACACACAACGUUUUGGAAAAAGCCAGGGUCGUGUAGCUAAUGCUGGGUUGCUCUUCUGCCAAAUGUAUUUGGUGAUGAGUGGCCGAAGGGAUGUAAAAUAAAAGGUGUUAGAACUAUUGGCUUGAGGUUUGAAUGUGUGGAAAGCUUUAAAAGCGUGUUCUGGGUAAGAGGUCGAUCUAAUUGAGUCUGACCAUGCCAAACCAGGAGAGGGAUGGCAUUGACUCCUUUUUGAUUUUGGCCAAAUCUAUCAUGGAGUGGUUGGAAAUACAUCUCGUAUAAGUGGCAAAACUUCUUUGUCAAACACACCUCUAGAUAUUUAAUGGAAUGAUCUGACCACUGGAAUGGAAAGAUAUAGCACUGGGUUAGCCUGGGCUGUGGGUACAGAAUCAUUAAGAACCGUGAAUUUGGACUAAUUUAUGCGCAAAUUAGCUAUAGUACAUAUUUAUGGAACUCUAUAAUAUUGGAAUGGGUGAUUUCUGGGUUUGUUACAAAGAAGUAGAAGACAUCUGCAUAGGCAGUGACUUUGUGCUCUGUGUUACCUGCCAGGGGGCCUGAAAUGGUCGGGAUUUGUCUGAUUGCAUUCAAUAGGGUUUCAAGGGCAAAGCGCACCGGUGAAAUAUCAACUGCAGAUGUGGAAGGGUGCAAUGAAUCCAUUGCCACACAUCCGGGCUGUGUGUGUAGAAUAGAUGGGUCAGAUCCAGGUAAGCAUGUGUGGGUCCAAUCCUAUUUGUUUGGGUUUCUAAGAGGAACUCCCAGUCCACCAUGUCAAAGGUCUUUUGAGAGUAAGAGUAGACAGGCAAGAUUGAUGGAUAAGGAAGUAUGUUGUCUCUUGCCUCCUAUUUUGGAAUUGUAGGCAAUUUUGGAGUUGGUCCCUGAGUCAGGAAUGCCAUUUCUGUGCAAUUGGAUCUGUGAGUGAGUACAGUUUAGAAAAGUAAUCAUGAAGUGUGUCUGCAAUCUUAUCAGAAAAAUAAAGUAUGCACUGGUUUAUGUGAGUGUUUUGUGCAGCGUGUCAACACUACUUCCUGAAGAAGCUGCAUGAAUUAGGCCUUCCUGGCCUUCUUUAGCACCGUUGCCUUAUCAAUAAAAAAAAAAAAAUUACCGGCAUGACCCAUUGAUGUGUUUCCCAGAUGGAGAAUGGGGCAGCAUCACCAUUGUCAUUCUCAUGAAAGUAAUGGUUUAUUCUCGACUAAGUGUCUUGGAAGAGCAAGUCAACGGAUAGUGGACAUGUGUUAAAGUCUGCCAGCAGGGUAACAGGUGCAAGGUCUGACAUAAUCGCCGUGCCUAUGGUGGUUUGCCUCAAGUUGGCUAGAAAGUAAUGAGGAAGAAAGAAGUAGUCCAGUUUGGAGUAGGACAAAGUUAGGGUGGAUUAGAAGGCGUAGUCCCUUUCAUCUAAAUGUAGAGCCCUCCAACAGUCUACUAAUCGUUGGUCAUCCAGCACCACCUGUAAGAUGUACUUGAGGAUUGAGAAAGUGCUUACAGAGAUAUCCAGAGAAGGGUUUAGAGGUUCAUUAAAAUCGCCUCACGGGACUAGGUAUCUCUCAGAGUAACUAAAUGAGACCAGCAGUGCCACCUUUAAGAACUUAUCUUAAUGGCAAUUUGGGAUGUAGAGGUUCGCAAAUAAUAUAUAGGAUCUUACCCUUAACCAUGACCUAUCUUCCUUCCUGAUCCGCCAGAGUCACUUUGAAAAAAAAAUGGGAGUGAUUUUAUGGAAUAAAAUCGUGAUACCCUUGGAUUUCCCUGAGGGGUUAUUAAUGAAAUAGCCCUGAGAAUUGAUUGGUCAGUUUUGGGACCUGCCCCUCCUGGAAGUGAGUCUCUUGCAGUUAAACUAGGUGCACCCGUUGGUGUUGAAAUUUUCUGAGUAAUCGCUUUACAGAAAUGUUAAGGAUCUUGGCAUAGAGGGAGGUAAUGGUGGCAUGAAGACACAGAGGAAGUUUGUUAGGUGAAAUGGAACUAUUUGUAUACUAAGCUACUGUGCCGAAGAUUGAUAGACUUUCCAGUCAGCCACCUGAAUGGUGUUGAGCUGUGUGAUGUGAACAAAGCAAAACAAUUCGCAGUAUUAUGUAAUAUACUUAGUCUGCCUGUGUGUGUGACUGCCUCUAACUUUGUGCGUGACUGUCUGCUUGUAACUGUGUGAGUGUCUGCCUGUAACUGUGUGCGCGACCAUCUGUAACUGUGUGUUUGUGGUCAUUACACCACAUAGUUCUGUGAGGGUUUUUUGUUGCUGUGGAGCUCAGUGAUAAAUGGAUAAACAGUGCACUACUAGGAGUUUUUGUUCCAAAUAGGUCAAGGUAAAUAAGGAAAAUUUCCCUUUUGGCCUGCACUUCUCUUGACUGCAGACCAUGAGUAGCUGUCUUCCUAGCUCGGGCCUAUCUGAGUGUUGCAGCGAAUUACCACAGGAAAGCUCUGACACUGCAAAUGCCUGAGCUUGUGAGUUUUUCAUGGUUUGAACCACAGAGAGGCACAGAUCAGAUUCCCAGCACACUGGAACACCAGAGAUCAGCAUGCCUCUCUCUCUCAACAAGGUAACAGGGAAGGGAAAGUUAAUAUUUGUUCUUAAAUCAUUAAUUUAAUAAAUCCCCUAUACAAACACUUCACCCCUAUACACACAUACUAUACAUGGAUUGGGGGUGGGGACGGGGGGGCACUAUGAAGACUUUUAUUAUUUCGUAGUCAAGGAAAAAUGCAGAGAAAGAGCGUAAGUUGGUUGUGGUGUGCCGAAACAGACGUUCACGUAGGCCUGUAAAUAAGGAUUGCCCCACAUUUCUUUGUGUCAUUUUAAAUUUUAUAAAUGUGUGUUUGUGUGUGUAUGUUUGAUGGACCGCCUGGCACCCUGAGCACCAUAAGCACUGUACUGGAACACCAUAACCACAGUACAUCCCACAAACCGCCGCUGCUUGGUUGGGGUCUCGUCGUCGUCCACCCACCCUGGACCCAAGACCAGGAUCAAGAUUCCAGUGGGUAGACAUCUCUUAGUCCAGAGAGCGUAGCAGGAACAGCUCUGAUAAGAGCUAGUGAUUAUACUCAGGGGAGUAUUGUGAAAUAGCAAUCCCCAGAGUGAAUGUAGUUCUCCAGUCCCCCAAACAUGAGCCAAGACUUCAGGAAGGGGUAAACAAAUCUCUCUUUAAUGGGAGCCACACUGGCCUUUUUAAUGCAAGUUCCCAAGCAGGAUAUACGCCAACAUGGACCUUGUUGGGGACAGGGACACAAACUUACAAACCAAUAAUAACACAUUUACAAUGUAAGGCACUCCCAUAGCAUACAGUCUCUCCCCUCUGCCUGAGAGAUAAUUGAGUCAGAUAAUGUAUUAACCCAAUUAUCUCCAGGCAGAAAAAAAAACACAUAUAUUACAAAACCCCAAAAGUACACCAAAAACACAAAAAAUCCCCACAAAUAUUACAUCCCCUGAUAGCCCUGACCUGGGGGACCAACAUAUCCCAAAAUCACCCAGAUCAUACGCAUGGUUUCAUGCCAAAAACAGUUCCAGAGAAUUUGGCUGUGCGGCAUAAAAAUUGUUAGUCCAAUAAAAAAGGUAUCAUUGCAUACUUCAAUACUCUGUUAUGCUGGCAUCUUUUAUAUAUAUAUAUGUGUGUGUGUGUGUGUAUAUAUAUAUAUAUAUAUAUAUAUAUAUAUAUAUAUAUCCGAAGGAGGGGUUAUCAGCACUCCAGGGUUUUCCAAAUGUUAUUUUAUUGGAUGUGUGUCAACAUAUAGACCUAUGUUGACAGACUUCCAAUAAAAGACAAUUUGGAAAACCCUGGAGUGCUGAUACCCCCUUCUUCGGCUGUAUAUAAGAUUGUGCUAUCAAGCACCGGAUGAAAAUAUAAUAGUAAGUAGGAGUGCAAGACUGUCAGUAUUUUAUAUAUAUAUAUAUAUAUAUAUAUAAAACAAGAGGGGGUUGGCUGCACUCACCUUAACAUGCAUAAAUGGGGGUGCUGCUAUAUAUGUAUAUAUAUAUAUGUAUAUAUCUAAGUCCGGUUACCCCAACCCAUUUCUUCUUCUCCAAUGCAGCAUGGUCAAUCUGUAUAUAAGAAUAAUGCUUGGAACAUGCAAAGAUCCGUGAAUUGGUUAGCUCAAGGCACGCCAGAUCCCAUGCUGAGAAACCCAAAAGAAAACUUGCGUAGUCUCUCCUAUAGGCGAAUUUGGGAGCCUCCUGGCCUGGUGAUUUUUCCUCUCUCUUCUCCUUGGUCUCUGUGCAAAUGAGCGGUAGAAGUCAAGAGGGUCUGGGCAGAGCACAUUGAAUAGGAGUAGUUGUAGCCAAUUCCCCAUUUUUACUUAAAAUCUUGGUAGGACAGCAGAGCUUUUGGACCCUGUGGUAUUAAAAAAAACAUUAGCCUGAUAGGCAUCAUCCACUGUUACCUGAUCCUUUGCGUAACCAGCUCUCUCCUAUAAUACUCUCCUAUAAUCUAAGGUAACAGAGGAUAGAUCCGGGUACUGUUUUAGCACAUUCCCCUCAUACACCUGUUCCGGUGCUUCUCUUGCCGACCUGAGCAUAGCCUCCUUAAACAAAAAUUGGGCAAGGCAGCAGAUUACAGGUCAAGGCCAGCUGUCGGGCCACCCCACAUUUUUUCAUCCUUCGUCUAUGUAUGAAAUUGAAACAUCACUUCAUCUUCCAUCAAUAGGAAGAGUGAUGAGUAAGAGGAAACCAAUUCACAGGCGUGAACACAAGUUCUUUUCCACUGUUUAUAACCAUUUCCUUCAUUGAUGCUCAAGUCCAUUUCACUGCUCUGUAUUAGAGAUUAGAGAGCAUGAUAAUCUGUGCUAACAUUCUUGCACUCCUACUCACCAGUUUCCCAGUGCAGACCAGGAUAGGUUUAAGGGUCUCAACCAGUUUCUCGUUUCAAAAGCCUUUAGUUGUCAGUCGAAAUGUAUCUGAUACCCGGAAAAUCUAUAAAACGGGAAAAGUUAUUAACUUUAUUUUUGUCCCCUAAAUUUCUCUUUUAUACACUUGCAUAAGUGUUUUCCUUUACGUUUACUAGAAAAUUAACAGUUAAUUUUUUGUUGCAGCCUUCCUCUUUAUCCUUUUAAGAUUUAAAAAAAAAAAAUUUAAAUUAAUCAUUUAUCAACUGCAUUUCAUGGCGAUUUUGUUUACGUCACUCCUGCCACCAAGCUUGUUCAGUCUGCACUGCACCUUUUUUUCAACAUUACUUUUCUCUAGCUAUUUGAACUAGAAAUCAAACUUUUUGAUCUACUACAAGAAACUGCCAAAAAUGCAGAACUCAUCUCCUUACAUGGUGGUCUUAAUGUCUCAUAACUGUUUGCUGCUAUAAAAGAGCUUUCUUCCUACAAUUGACUCUUUCACUAGGAUCCAUUCUGCUUGUUUUUGUUUGGGUUUUUCCUUAAAGCGUCCCUUGUAGGGGCCCUCCUUUUAACUCAGCUGGAACUUUGGAAGUUUCUUUUGGAUCAGACAUCAUCUGCCUUUUGGAACUACUGCCUCACUUCUACAAGUUUGUCUUCUUUCUGCAUAAAACUAGGUGGCUGGUGGCCAGUUUCUAACACUUUAAGUGUUGACAGGUAUGGUGCUAUGGCUCAGCCGUGAUAUCUGUUAUAGGACAAGUGACUAUAGAUUUGAGGGCAAGCCCUUUUUUUUCUGCAUGACAUUUGUUAUUCAGAAUCUUCCAGACAGGAAAACAUACAUAUAGAUCUUCUGGCAAGAUGCUUCAUUUUUCCAAAGCUAACCUUUUUCUGUGUGACUUUUCCACAUAAAGCUUUUUUCCUUUUUUAUUUUCAUUAAACUAAGUUACUCAUACGUUUACCUUACAUCUACAUUUUAUUUUUCUUCUGCAUCUUUAAUGGUGAAGUCAAGCAAAAUACACAAGUCACAUUUUAGUUAACUCCAGGUAAAUAAUAAUGUUACCUAGAACAGGUUUUACAUUAGCACUUUAUUCGUAUAGGUAAUCUAAUAUACAAGCUAAUUGAAGAGCAGAAAGCACGUAUGAAAAAUACAUAAUUUGUGCAGGAUAAUUAUGAAUAUGAGAAUACCAAGGUGUAGUGGACUUUAACAGGAAGAAUUUCUUCCUCUAGAACCAGGACAACUUAUGUAUCCCCAAAUUAAGAAGAUAAGGGGAAAGAGAUGAUUGGUAAAUUCAGAUGUAUUGAUAGAAAAAUAAAUAAAUACACCCAUGUUCAGAUAACCCUUUUCAACCUCAGAUGAAGGCUUCCAGAGGCAUUUAAAACCAUCACUGUAAACAUUGCCAUUACUGCAGAACAGCAAUGUUUGCAGUUGCAGGGUUAAAGGAACAUUAUAAUGUUAGGAAUACAAAACAGUAUUCCUUACACUAAAGUGUUCCUCUCCCUCCCUGCGACUCUCUUUAACUCCCCUUAUUCCAGUGCUGAAGUCCCUCGUCACUGGCUCUGGUUACACCUCCUCUGACAUCCGUGCCAAGGGGAAACCUCCUUACUUGCAUUAUGCCUUCCCCAUAGAAAAGCAUUUAAUCAAUACUUUCCUAUGGGAAUUUUGAGGACACUGGACAUCGUCAUUCAUAGCCAGAGGACAUCCAGAUUUUUUUAAGAGUCAAACUAUGUGAAACUGCUGGAAGUGCCACUAGAGGCAGUUUUUACCCUGCACUAUAGGGCUGUAUGUUUCAUCUAGUUAUUGUCAGGACAGUACAGUGGCGCAACACGCGGGAUUAAGUCAAACACGGAUAAAAUAUAAACUAUGGAAAAACGUAUUACCAGGCCUUAGAAUUGCCGGAAUUAACAUAAAUAGAAUAGCCAGUAACAAGCCAAUGUCAGGAAUACAGAUAGGAGCAAACACGUAAAGUCAAAAGCCAAAGGGUUUGAAAAUUCCUCAAUUUGCACAAGUAGUAAUAAAUAAAAUAAAACAUUUUUUAAAUCAUGUUCAAUUAAAUGACAUGACAGUGGCUUUAUUUGAAGUCCGGUACCUUUGUUUAAGUUUCAAGCAGCAGUGGAAGAUGCGAACUCCUCUCCUCAUACGUAAAGUACACACCACUUCUGGUGCUGUGUUAUGUUAAUAAAUGGUUAAUUGAUUUCUGGUUUGUUUUUUCUUUUCUCUAUUAAAUGAUGAACCUCUUUUCUUUGACUUACUAUAGUGUGUAUAAAAAUGUAUUUUCCUAAUAUAUAUUUUUUUUCUUUAACAGCAACUCGAAUUGGUGGAACCAAGUGGAUGGAUACAUGUCCCUUUAACUGAUGCUCAUAAAAAACCAAUUCGUACCUUUAUGAUUCAGAUUGCAGUUUUGGCAAACCAUCAGAAUGGGAGAGAUACUCAUAUGAGACAGAUUAAAGUGUUUACACCAGUGGAAGAGAGUUCUAUAGGCAAAUUUCCCAGGUGCACAACCAUUGAUUUCAUGAUGCACCGCUUCAUCCGAUGAUAAUCAAGACCCAAUAAAUGUGUAAAAUACACGACCUUGACUUCUCAAAUAAGAACAUUUUUUACCAUCAUUAUUGCCUUUUGUUUUAAAUAUAUGUAAUGUAUAGUUUUACUGCAACUGAGACAGUUGCAAAUAUUUUUACUUUUCUGGCCGUUUUAAUUAUUGGAAUCUAAAGGCUGGAACUUUGUCAACAUUUAUUUGUAUCCUAGUAUAUGCUUCUUAGUGCUAAAUUUAAUGCAAUCUUUGUUCCAGUAAUGUUUUAAUUUUAGUUUUACUUUUUAAAUAAAAUUGUUGUGUUUACAUUUUUACCCAUGUCCACUUCUGUUUUCGUCAAAGCAUAGAUCCAACAUGAACAAUACACUGUUAACAAUGAGAAUGUUAAUGCUUUGGAAGUUUACCUGUGCUUCCAUUAUUAUUGUUUCUGAAUGAUUUUUGAUAUUAAUGCAUUGGCUAUGUUACAAAAUAUAUUAAUUGUUAUCAUCUCAUCCAAUUUAACAAAAAAAAUUAAGCUUGUUUAUUAUAUCUUUUGAAA